CUUUGGUGGUGGCGAGGCAUGUUGCAUUACAUCAUGCAGUCCUCUCCUGCAUAUUUGGGGGCUUCAAACGAGACACUAGAUGGCAACCACGUUGAGAGGGAGAGGCGGUGAGUGCGUGCGUGCGUGUGUGUGUGUUUGUGUGUGUGUGUCAGAGAGAGAGAGAAGGGGAGAGAGAGAGAGAAGGAGGAGGAGGAGGAGGGGGUGAAUUACGUCGGCGUGGGACAGUGGAGGGACGGUCUGCUCCUGGCUUGCAGCUGGAGGAGGGCUGCAGAGAGGGGAAACAACAGAGCAGCAGGGGAUGAGAUUAGCGCACAGGUAGAAAUUGGUCGAGCACAGUUGGAUGGGCGAGUUGUGAGUGAAAUUGUGUGAACUUGUAGAUUAGAUAAUUGAAACCAGGUGGGAUUAGCUCUGCAGUGGAGGGAAAAGCAGGAAAGAUGUGCUGCGUCCGUGGCGCCUCUCGUGCGCUUUCUGGGGACACAGUGAGCCACGCGCAGACACCCCGCUUUUAGAUGGCUCCAAUAUUUGGGGUGCAAAACAGGUGUCAGGGAAGUGUCGUCACGAACCCCGGAAGCCGGAGGAGGUGGGAACAUCAGAGGGAAAGAUGGCAGCGAAAUCCGAUGGUCGCGGGGUCGUCACCGGUUUCGCCCAGCUGCACAACCUGGACGAGGUGGUGGGGACGGGAGAGGACGACACGCGGGAUGGCAGCUCAUUCCACAUCUGCCAUUGCUGCAACACCUCGUCGUGCUACUGGGGCUGCCGGAGCGCGUGCCUGCAUUACCUCCGGGGGAAGGGGAAGGGGAAGGGGAGAGAUGCGGCGCGGCCACCGCAGGAGCAGCGCCUCUGGCUGGACUGCCUGUGGAUCAUCCUGGCGCUGCUGGUGUUUUUCUGGGACGUGGGGACAGAUCUGUGGCUGGCCGUCGACUAUUACCACAAGCAGGACUUCCUGUGGUCAGGCCUGACCCUGUUCUUCGUGCUGGUGCCCUCGGUGCUAGUCCAGAUCCUGAGCUUCAGGUGGUUUGUGCAGGAUUACACAGGGGGUGGACUGGGCUCCGUGGAGGGGCUGAGUAGUCGAAGAGCUACGGCCAGUCUGCAGAGGGAUAGGUGCUGCCGCCUGUCUGUCUGGGUCUGGCAGACCGUCAUACACAUCUUUCAGAUGGGACAAGUGUGGCGGUAAGACAAACUCAAAGUUUUCCCUUGAAAAGAAUCAGUUUAUUCCCUAAAGCGCGGCGCUCCCAGCGCCUCUCUCUCCCUCUCCCCCUCUCCAUUCACUCCUUCUCACCUCUCUCUGACUGUCACCUGGUAUAACCCGGUGUGUACAUGACCGGGGUGAGAAUCAGCACCAUGGUGAUGCCAUUACGCACUCACGCUCUCUUCUCUAAAUCUUUUCAAUGAACCUCCAUACAUUCAAAUCUUCUGCAACGAAUUUCUCAAUCUGAACCAAACAUGUCCACAAAAACUCAUCCAGCGGCUGCACACACAUCGCACUGUUGUGGUUAUUUCCUUACAGUGCGCCAUUGCGCUUGUGUGCGGUGGGAAGAGGACUAUUCGUUCAGAGACGGACAGGUAGUAGCCGAAAGCUUGUGUGUAUGUGUGUGCGAGUGUCUGAGUGUGUGUCAGACGCGCCGUUCACACCACCGUGCAUCACACACAGUCGCCUCAAUUCACCCCCUCUCUCUCUCCCUCCUUUUCUCACUCUCUCACCCUCCCCGCAUUAAAAUCUCCAACUCUGCAACCAGAGGCCAGACGAGCAUCUGUUUUCACGGCUCACAAAACUACAUCUUCCCCCCACAGACAUGAUGUCAUCGAUUCCUCUGCGACGCUCCACAUCUUUGGUCCCCAAAUCCGCUUUUUGGCCACACAAAUUGCUGCGUCUGGGGGAACGCGGGGCAGCUCAAGGUGUACAUCCCUCUGUGCGUAAUCUGUGAGAUGUAGCUGCCUCAGUUGUAGUGAAUGUGACACCGGUGCGCGCACAUUUGGUCCAUCGAGGCUGUUCGGGGUGAGCUUGAGAGCAGCGAGUUGUUUUGGUGCAGACAGACGCAGUGGCUGGCAUUUAAUGGGAAAAAAAAGUAACGCAUGACGGCUGCUGCGAGAGGACUGCCAGCGGCUGGAAAAAUGUAAAGCAGUACACUGAGAGCUCAGUGCGAAGGGUCAAAGAAUUUCAUCCGGACGUUUAGCUUUUUGUAGUGUUUUUGUGCAUCAGAUGCAGAACUUGAAACCUGAUUAUGUCACACUGUUUGUGUUUGACAGCUGCCUCCUCUCUUCAUCAGACGAUUUAAUUGUCUGAGCCAUGGCUGUGUUGUAAUCUCAUGCACGAGAACAUUUGUGCCACAGGCUGAAUUACUCACAUGCAGACUGGCAGUACAAUCUGAGUGGAAUCUCACUGACCUUUUCAGAAUUAGAUAUCGCCAAAAGCCUUAUAUUUAGCCAGUUUGGGCUGAAAACAAGCAGUGUUUCUCUUCUGUUAGGCUAAAAGAACAUAUUCACUUAUGUUCAAGUCUAAUUUAUUGUGUUGCACAUCUCCCUGUCAGGAUGGGUUUCCCAGAGAGAGACGGUCCACUCUGUAUUCCUCAUCAGACUCAUUUUGAGCUGCACCUGAAGCCUCUUGUAUUGAUUAGCUGCAGAUGUGUUGGCUUGAUUUUAUUUACUCCACCGGUACGCUUCAAUUGAUUAUGUUCUCAUACCUGUAGCAGAAUAGAAGAAACAGAGAUUCUUGGAACAAAGUCAGACAAAUUAUGAUCAAGAGUUAAGUGACUGAGACCUGUCAGUGGAAAGCGUUAACUGGACUUAGACUUGCGUUCUAGUCACAUGACAUGAAGGCUAACUGGCAUAUUGGACAUAUGGUCACAGCUCAUGCUAUCCUUGCACACUUUACUCAAAGUCUAUCUUUGUUUAAAAAAUGUGAAGAUUAAUGUAGUAUGGAGCUCAUACUACAUUAGCUUAGCAUCUGUAAAAUUUGUAGCUAACAGGUCUAAACACUGAGCAACCAUGAUAUGUCCCAAGACUACUGAAGGCUAACUGGCAUAUUGGACAUAUGGUCACAGCUCAUGCUAUCCUCACACACCAAUAGUACCUUAAACAUCCUUAACCCAUCGCAAGUCAAGAACAUGCGCCAUUUAAUCUCACUAGCUGCUGCUCAGCUAUCCCUGUUCAUCAAAUUAAAGACCUGCGAUGUAACUUCAGGUAGGCCAAAAGAAAGUUAGCAUUUUCCAAAGAGUUCAAAAAAAGAAUUUAGAAAAGUCCUCUGCAAUAUGUAAUACCAUAGAUUUUACACGCAAUACAAGUGUCUAUUUACAGCCAGCUCCCGUGAUAACUAGAUUACAUAACCUCAAAACGCCAAACUGCAGUUUUAGGUGCUGGUUCUUAUCAAAAUGACAAACUAUAACACAAUGAUUUAUGAGCUCUGGAAACCAGUAAAUGGAUUUUGUUAACUCUGGAAAUAGACAAACCAGCAAUCUCCACCUGUGCUAAGCUAACUAGCUGCUAUAGAAAAUUAAAUGUAUUUGGGAAACAAAUGGGGAGUUAUUUUUAAGACUUUUGGACACAUUUCUUUUCAUAUGGUAAAAUUGCUAUUGCAAGGUUAGCCAUGUGAAUCUCAAACACUUGUAACGGGGGUAAACAGCCAGCUAAGCUGUGUCUCAUAGCAUCAUUUGGAGCUCUGAUUUAGGUGUUUUGUAGCGACCUCAGACGACUUCAAAGACCAAAUAUAACAAAAUGCUGAGGUCCAGUUCCACGGCAAAAGUAUUUGGGAGACAGAAUGGUGGAUUUCUGAGAAAACUAACAGCUGAGUUAGUGUGUGACUUUCAAAGGUCCACUUCACAUGUUUUGUUUAGUUCAUUCUUUACACUUAAAUACGCUCACACUUUAACAAAAGGUAGAGUGUGUGUGAAGCUAUGUUAGUUAAUUUGCUUGCUUCGUUCUAAAGCUAGCUUUAACCCAUGUAACCCUAAAAUGGCACAUUGUUGUUUGGAUGUUUUUUGUUCUUAUUGAGCAAACAAACAAUGGUGUGUAAACUAUUUCUUUUAUCAAUAAUUUUGAGUUAUAUAGUUUUUAUAGAUGGUGUCAGUUCACUUGUAUCAGUUUCUAUGGUCAGAUGAGCUUCCAUGAGCACUGAAGAGGGUCCUAAAUUGCUUGUAAUGGUUUAAAAAGACAACAAUCUAAUCAGAAACUGUACGUUGAUCAUUAAAUAUUCACCUCUCACUUAAAUGUUUUGGUAAAGGAAAAGAAAAUAACCAAAAGAACACUUAUCCAGACUAAAAAAGUAAAAAACAAAACAAAAAGAAAAUUCAGUGAACACAAUGUGUUGGUGUCUGUGUUGUGACACCACAAAGCCUGAGGUAAAGGAUCUUUGUCAGGACACUGUUUCCUUUCAGACAUGUUCUGCCUGCCUGGCUGCUGGUUUUGGAGGGUCAGGGGUCAAAAGCUGCUCUUGUCAGCUUAGUGGGAGUUCACAACCCCAGACCCAUGGGACUAACACUUGGUAUGGAGAUGAUUUCCCAGCCUGAGAGGCUCAACUGUUAAUGGAUACCAUAUGCUGUAAUUUUCAACCCUGUACUUAGCUUAUUUUGGGUUUGAGUUCUUAAGGAUGAUGUAAUUUGAAGAUUAUAUCUUAGCUAAUAAUAUUCUAAUGUUUUGACACAACAGUUGGAGUAAAUGGUAAUUUUCAGUGACUGGUUUUCAAAGCAGCUAUCAAGACCAGCCUAAAUGAGAUGCUAAAGUAUCAGUUUGUGAAAUAUUUUGCCUUCAUUAAUGUGAGAAAAUGAGAUGAAAUGCUGACAGGAGUCAAAAACACCGCCUCAUCAUGUCUCAUUACUCAAUCUCAUUUUCAGCUCUGCUUUCAAUUAGCUGCUUUCCCUGCGAGCACCUGAGGACCGAGCUGAUGAGAGGAUCUGCGAGCCUGUUUUUUUUUUUUGUUAUCCCCUUGUUAAUCGUUGACUGAACAGUGAGGAUUCCUCUCCCACUGGCUCUUUCGUAUCAUCCUCCCGUGAAUCACCAACAGCAACGCCGCUGCCGGUUGGUCCCCUUAAGCUUCAGAGAUUCUGUUCACAUACGUUACGGCACACUGAGGAUCUCACUCUCUCAGUGGUCUUCUGGCUGUGCGAUGGACAGCUUAAUCAGUGUAAGCCCAAAUUAGCGUCCGACUGAGAAAGAACUGCAUCCAUCUUUGGCCUCCCAGAGGAAAUCCAUGCAGGAAGUUUUGGGAGCUCUUUGUAGUUAGAAAAUCCCAGCAGAGUUGGGUGUAGUGUAGUCCUUAUUUCCCCUUGAAAUACUCAUGUGAUGAAAAUAUCAGGCAAUGCACAAUUGCUGGUUGUUUCUCAGAAGCAGAGAAUUUUGUAAAGGGUGGGAUUGUGUCAGCCUGUAUGCAAGGAUUGGGGACCAUCUUUACAUGAAGAUGUAUCUGAGAGCCCCUCUAGACCCAUGUGAAUCGUCAGUGUAUGCAUAUAAAAGUGUUAUCAUACAGAGCUUGUUGAUUUACAGCUAUUCUCACUGAAAAGACUGCCAGUCUCAUGGGUUUUUACAGGAGCUGUCCAGUGCUGAACUCAAGCUCAGGUUUAAACUUGGCUUCAUUUUGCUACUUACACCAAGAUAAACUCAUGAGUGUUGCAGUGUGUAUGAGCAUACUAUAUUAUAUUGACUUAUACAGACUUGAUUGCUGUCAUACAGUCUUGUUUAACACUGCGUUGCACAGCACCCAAAUCUGUGCAGGGAGAUGUUUCAUGAGAUAUCCUGAGUGAUGUUGGAUGUUGUGUGAUGUUUGCUGCACAUUUGGAGUCUUGUGAAGUCUAGGUGGUGACUAUAGACUGUAUAUAGAAAGGCCGCCGUCUGCCUCCUCACUGGGUGAAGCCACUGUGAGAACAGCACCCUCUGGUGAUGGGCUGCAGUAUAGGUCAUAAAUCCCACCUCCUCUAGCAAUCUUUAUGGAGCUGUGAACAAACUUUAGAAAUGAAUCACCCAGAAUAUAAUUUUUUCUCCCCCCUGGUUGCAAUGUUGACAUGUAGUUAUUGUAAGACUGGUUUGUGCUCAAAUCCUCUUUUUUUCUGUGCAGCUCCAUUUUCAAAAGUUAUUAGGGGGUUCAUGUUUUCUAUGAUUCGAUACAACCUAUGGGCGUACAAAGAUUGUGUAGCUCCCCCGAGGAUAUGCUGUUUAAGUAGAGCAUCAUCACAGUGACUCUUGGCGACUCUCUUGCCGAAUGGGUAUAAUGCUAUUGGGCAAGUGAUGGAGUGCGUAAAACGCUACGGUGCAAUGUUGGUUUCAGAAAGUGGAGAAAAAAUGCGGAAAUACCUAGAGCAAUUAGGCUUCAACUUCAUACAAUGGCGAAAGGCGGAACCAAGUCGUCCAUAGUUUAUACAGUCUAUGGUGGUGACCAAUGGCAGGUGUGGAAAUGAAAUUAAUGCAGAAGUGCAAAAAACUGCAGUUCUUUGAGUGUCCACUAGAGGCUGGCUUUAACAACACAGGAAACGAUAUCAGGUCUUGUGUUAAAAUGUAGAACUUCACAGCAAAAACAAAGCCUGGUACAUAUAUAUAUAUAUAUAUAUAUAUAUAUAUAUAUAUAUAUAUUGGUCAGUGCAGCUCAAUUAUGCUCUUACACACCGCACAGGGGGUAAAAGACUGUUUUACCUCUGCCUUUGACUGCUUUCAUCAAAAGUUAGGCUGAGUCAGCAUUUUUCAUAUGGGUGCCACCAUUGUUGGGCGUCACAGCAUAUCCAUCCAUACUAAAGUCUAUGUUUGUAAAGAGCAAACGAAAGCAGGCUUCAGACUCUCAUUCCAGCCAUCAGCUGUAUUAAACUUGUUGUGCUGGUCUGAGUUUGUGUCUUCAAAGUAAGUAUGUCCUCUAAAAUGAAUGGAGUAGAUGGUUGGGUUUAAGUAGGGUUACAGAGGGAGAUGCAUGUUAAUGACUUUGUUUUUCAUUAUGUUGGACUGAGUGUGUGGGUUGUAUCAUCAUCUGUUUUACAGUGUUUAAACACAUAAUAUAUUCCAGAUCACUGCCAAAAGCCAGCUCACUUGAGACUCCUAAUUCCACUUUGGUAGGACUAAAACAAGAGUACACUGAGUAUGAUAAAUAUGCUGAUAGAGAACCAAAAUUGUAUAUUCAACUCCACUGUCAAGGAAUUCUCCACUCCAGCAGCAGCCCAAAAAUUGGGGACUCCCCCUUCUUCCUUUUGCAACUGUACAAAAUGUUUUAACACUGCAAAUCUGAUGCUUGGAUUACUCUUUAAUCCCAAACAAGAGUGCGCUCACCAGUGAGCAACACGAAGAAAUCGCCUCAUGGUUGACAUCUGCCUCUGUUCCCCAGCCUGGUAAAUAUUAAUACAGACUGGGAAAGGAGUCGACAAAAGCCUCUCUUGGCUGGCUGAGCUGCUUGUAGUUGCCAAAAAAGGUUUGUACACGCAGCGAAGCGAGACAUUGAGAUGAUACAAUGCAGCCAGCUGCCCUGUCAAGAGAAAAAAACAGCUGAAAGGGUGAAAGAGAGGAAAAAGAUGAAGACUCAGAUAAAUUGGUUACCAUCCAUGUAAUUAUGUAUUGAGAGUUUAAAAUGGCGAAAGAUGAGUACAUCUUGUUCCAGCUACAGAGGAGGCACUGGAGUAUUUUAGGAGUGAAGGAAAAGACUGACAGAUGACUGGCUUUAAUGGGCUGUCUUUCAACUUCUUUAUCAAUAAGUCUGGCAAUUUCAUGUGAAAAAUCAAAGUGUUUCCAUUUUUAUGGAAAUAUGAGGAGAAAUAUUUGUCUCUUUGUCCUUUUAUUUACAGAAAACGCAAGAAAACCAAAACAUUUUGAAGAAUAACAAAGAGCUCAGAUAAGAGGAGGGAAAGAAGAGCUAUCUUUAUUAAAGCACAUAUCUGACUGUGCUGUGUGUGUUAUUUACAGACAGAACAUUAAACUUCCAUUGCUGCGCUGGAACAUCUCUGUGUUACACUACUCAUUUUCUCAUUAGCACUGAUAACAGGGGACAGACCCUUUAAAGCAAGAGCUCCAAGGAAACCCACCAAUUAUGUGACAGAGGCUCCCGUCAAAACGCAGGAAAAAGCCCGCUCUCACAGCUGGAGGUAAAAGAGACAGAAAGCGUAAACAAGGCGGAAAUACGUGCUCCAGUAUUUGGAGAAGAAGAGGAAAAGAGAGGAAUCUAAAAAAAGGGGGUGAAUUGCUGUUUUGGUUCAAUGUCAUUGAGAUUUGAUUUCAAGCUGGGUUAUUGAAUUACAGCAUAUUGCUGGAAAAUGUUUGAUUUAGACUCUGAUUCAGCUGUGUUCUUUAAACCCCAAAAUGUUAAACCUCUUAAUAAAUACAUGAAUGUACUUUUAAAAAAUCUCCUCCUCCAGCAGAAUCCGCUCUUACCCGUGUAUAAAGAGGUAAAACCCAAAACAAAUCAGCCGCUAACAUGUGAACUGAUUGCAAUCCCAUUUCCAGUGCGGAUGACACUGGCUGUUUCUGCAGAGAGCUCUUAAGUUCAGAGCUGAGUGAAUGAAUAGGGAUAAAGAGCCUAUGAUGAUGCUUGAUUUAACCGCCUCAGGCUUGCCUCCUGAGCAAAACAAUAUUUUGUAGUAGAAGCCUGAAGGCUCUGGUGUUACAUACUUGCUGCUUCUUAAAAAAACCUGGUCACCAGACACAGACAGGCUGAGGCUGAUGGAGGAAUAACAAGCACACAGGCAGAUGGGUUACCAGACUGGGAUUUGUAUGCACAUCACAUACAUGAGUGUACAAGCACACAUGUAAAACCCCACCGCAGGGAUUUGACAGUAGCUCUUUUUUAUACACCUUCUUAUAUGCAGUCUCACAUCAUAGCUUCUCUUUUGCUCAAGGAUACACAGAACACACACCUUGGCAGAUUACUCAUUUCUAUGUCCUGUUUCUUUAGGCGCUUAGAUCAGAGAGAGGUAGCACCAUUUGUUGACAAUGAGCUCCUCCCAAGCACUGGCUCAAAAAAGCCUCCUCCUGCCUGAGCGCACUUAAAAACACAUCAGUGAGCCACACUGAUACACAGGUCAGCAUGUUUUUCUAUUAAAUUAACAGGCAGAAAGAUUAUUUAAAUUUAAUAUCAAAGAAAAAGGGGUCUCAACAGAGUUCCAAUUGUGUGGUCAUCUAAAACUGAAAGUAGUCACCAAUAUGACAGUUCUAUGUGACAAAUUUUUCUGGCUGAAAAAAAAACUGCCAAGGAGAGAAAACUGUAGUUCCUAAAGGAGAACUUAACAUAUUUGCAAAAAAAUCUUGGUCUUUAUAUUAUAUUUAGUACCUAAGGAUUUUACCAGGAAUUAGAGGAAUAUAAUAAUAAUAAUAAUAAUAAUAACAAUAAUAAUAAUAAUAAUAAUAAUAAUAAUAAUAAUAAUAAUAAUGUUUUUUAUUAUUAUUAUUAGUAGUAGUAGUAGUAGUAGUAGUAGUAGUAGUAGUAGAAGUAGUAGUAUUUUGAAUAUUGAGAACAGAGUCACAAGUUUUAAUGAAAAAGUCAACAUUUGUUGAGUGGAGGGGUCACUUUUGUUGCAGAUGUUUGUUGAUGUUUUUCUUCUUCUACUUCCAUUACUUCUUUGCUUGGAGGCAUACUAUCUAAUUCGUGAUUAAUUUUUUGUAACAAGGGAUAGACAAUAUAAGUUUGCUUCUUUCUGCCCCCUUUCAUUCAAGAGUUACAGUAUUGUCUUUUUUAUGAGUUUUAUAUCUUGUUUUUAUGCUUAAUAAAUGAAUGAAAAAAUCAAACUAAACUUAACUUUUCUGCAUGCAACAGUUUUUCUGGUAAGAUGUGAAGAUUAGAGGUCCUAAGCUACAAUAAUUAUAGUCAGCUAGACAUUUGAAAAUGACAAUACUAAUAGUCAUAGUAUGAUAUGCACAGUUGAGAUAGGGAAAAUAAUCUCAGAUAACACAGUUUAUGCUCACUUUUUCUCCCUCAGCUGAUAUGAUUCACUGUAUUCUCCUCAUGGGACCUUUAAGUACCAAAAUGACGAUCAACAACCAAUCAAUGAUACUGCAGCCAAGUUACUAUUGAUGCAGAACAUGAUAGAAAGAAGAAAGCUUAAAACAACAGUACAGUUUUAUCAGAACUAAAUGUUUCAGCAUCAGUAUGAACCAGUAGUUAAUGUGGGUGAUACAGUCAUUACUAAAGGGACGGUCCAUCACACUGUUGGUUUUGGCCAUCCAGAGCCAGCCUUAUCUUUUCAAUUUGACACGUGUUUUCUAGAUUCAGAUUAUUUGCUUCUGCCUUUGCCCACAUGUUUACACUCGCUGUUUCUGUCUGCUAUCACUGCAGCAUGCAUGCUUGCAGAACUUGGCUCCCGAUGAUGAUGAUAAUGUUGGAUUUAUUGACUAUGAAGGCAGCUGUUUGUUCAAUGUGGUGUGUGUGUGUGUGUGCGUGUGCCCAGUUCUGUUUGGCAAUUAUAUCGGCUGCAUGAGUUCAAUUCACCCUCCUCCCUACAGCUGACUGAUAUUUCCACUCUCCUCUGGACUAAAAGCUAAAUCUGUUCUGCUGCAACUUCCUCUCCUCUCUGCACAUCAAGAAGCCCUCACUACAAACACACAGUGCAUGUGGUGUGAUGUAUAUUUUUUCAUAUAACUCCACUCAGAGAGGAUCAUUACCUGGGCCCUGAGUGAGUUAAAAAGCUCACACAGAAAGGCCAUUUUUCAUCUGGAUUCCCCAGUCUAAUAGUUAGACUCCUAUGCUUAUAUAUUUAUGCUUCCCUUCCUCCUGAAAUAGGUGAGGCCUUCCCUCCCUGAUGUGCUCUUUGAGAUCAUCGUGUGUUCUCUCUGCACCGUCUCUCUAUCCAUUAGCGCUCCUCAUAUGCUCAAGCCACCACAUUACCGUCUGCCCUGCUUGGGAAGUUAACAUAUGUUUUUUUUAUUUUUAUCCCUCCCUAUCACUUACACCUAUUAAUGUUCUUAGGCUCCUCGUAAAGCCUUUUAUCCCCCUCCAUCCGUCCUGAAGGAGACACCACACUGUGCGUUCCUCUUAUCCUCUCAUUAUUUGAGUUUGAAGGAUUGCUCUUUCCACACUGUGAGCUAAAAUCCUGUGUCCCUCACCACAAGUUAAAGUCAUAAUGCCGCCUCCGUCCCCUCCAUCUUUUCUCUUUAUGUCUGUGCCUCUCUCCCUGUGUUGCCUUCACAUAAAGCUGCACUUGACCUCCAUUUCUGUCAAGGAAACUGGAGCAUCUGCCUCCUGCCCCAUUACAACUCAACUCCUCCUCCUCCUCCCUCCUUCCUUCCCUGGCUCCUUCAUCCUUGCCUUACCACCCAUCUCUUUCUCCCCACAGAGCCCAUUUUCAGAUCUCUGCACCUUUAGUUCUUCCUUUCUGCUCCAGCUCUCCCACAAAGCAUUUCAUUUCUGUGAGAAAAGAGCUACACGUCAGUUUAAGAGUCCACCUGUGGCUGCAUGGCUCUCUCUUCACACCACAUGCCAUUUCUUUGGAUUUGCAGCUUGUCACAGACGCUUGUUUAUGCUCUGCUGAAAAAACGACACGCAAUAGAGCAAAUCAAUACCAACAACUGCAAAAGGGAGAGGCUCUGGAUAACACUAUGAAGGGUCUUUAAAGGUGCAUUAAACCAGUUUCUGAGAUCACCCUGAAUCACUGGGAUACUGUGAAAAUGAUGCUAGCAGUGCUGAUCCCACUGAGAAUCAUCCCUCAGUGCAGCUUUCAGCCACUUUUUAGCUCAAGUGAAAACAAUGUUCACAUUCAGCCAGGAGAAGCUGCUCUCUGCCCAGGAGAUCAAAUCAGCUGGUUGUACACAACCUGCCAAGAGAGAAGCAGAAGAAAACAAGCAGCAGAGGAAGAAGUCUCACAUUAAGAAACCUCAAACAUCAAGUUUUGAUGAUUUGUAUGACAGCCUUUUCCUAAAAUUAUAAAAGAAAACACACAACGAAGCAAGAGACAAAAUCACAGAAACAAGCUGAGAGAUCACGACUAUGCAGCUUCAAAAAGGAAUCCAACAAGAUGGCAAACAUGCUUUGUUUGUUAGUUUACAAAGUGCUAAAAAUAUGAGACCUUUUUCCUUUUUUUUAGUCCAGAUCAAGCAGCACCUUCAAGAGCUGAAACAUGAAGCCAAUUGAAAAGUGCAAAGAGCUGCAGUUCUCUGAGUGUCCACUUGAGGCUUGCUUCAAAAGACAAGGAAUCCCCAUUAAAAUGUCUAACUUUGGUCGCUUUCACGCUAGCUUCAUUUGGUCCAGACUUUUCAGUGUGAUCCGAACCAAAUUUUCAUGUGUGAACACUCCUCUGGUCCAGACUUCUGUCGGACCAAAAAUAAGCAGACCAUGGUCCCCCAAAAAGUCGGGACUCUGUCCGGUUUGCUUCAGGUGAGAAUGUAACUGGUCUUUUAAUAGGACCAAAUACAGGAAGCAAACCAAAACAGCAGUGCAUCAUGGGUUGAAGUCGGAUGUAUGUUCCCAUCUAAGAGAAUAGGAAGCGGAGGGUCUGUGAAUAGAAGCCCACGUUGUAAUUUAUCACACCAAAACAUCGGAAACUACUGGCAAAAGGACUGGUUACGUCAGAAAUCAAUACUACAGUCGUUAAUGAUUCACAUCCCAUCCCUAGGUUGACUGGUUAGAAUUCACGUAAUGUUGAAAACAUAACUCACUCAUCUUCUGUGUGAUAAAUACACAGAAAACAUAUCAUAGGCGCCCGCCUUCUCCUUUGGUAACGUGUCCUCAGAAUCAUGUCAUACAGUCUACGGUCAUGACUCACAUGUCUCCAUCUGUCCUGGUUGCAGCACCAUAUCAAUAUAAUAGCUAUCAAAGCCAAUGCUACACGCUGCUGCUUCUCCAUUGUUGAUGGGGGGAAAAAAAAUGACAGAAGGUGAUUUGCAAAUUUUCUGACCAAUAGCUGAACGACUUGUAGACCACAUGUGAUUUGUUUACAAAAAAGUACAUUUUGACAAUUGACAACCGGACCAAAACUUAAUUGCAAUAAUGUAUAAUUUCUUCCCUCUGAUCCAGACCAUGGUCCGGGCUUUCACGUGUAAAAGCGACCUUAGACUGCAUGGCUGAGAUGACUAAGUAAGGCUUUGUAGCUUUUCCACCUCUUCGUUUUUUUCUUGAUUGGCUUGAGGUUAUGUUGAGUCAGCAUUUUUAAUAUGACUGCAGUCAUCGUUGGGGAUCAAAAUGUUUCCUAAAAGUCCAGUGGUUGUUGUCACAUUUUAUUGUCUAUGGUUGAUUUGAAGUUCACUCAUUAAAGACACUGUGUUUUCAUUUUUGAGUAUUUCUUUGGCAGAAUUUUUGGGGAACAUGUUUUCCAAGGGAGGACAAAAUAACAAUAGAUUUAUAAUUUUGAAACUGUGAUCAACUGUUAAAUGUUUGAUUAGCUUUUAAAGCUGCUAUAAGGAGUUUUUGCCCCAUCAUAGAAAAGACUGAAAUUAAUACUGAUGCUAUUUCACGUGCCAUAAAAGCAAAACAAGGGCUUUUUUGACUUUCAUUGACAGAUAGAGGACACCAGACAAAAGCAGGAAACAGGAGAGAGAGCGGGGAAUGACACGCCGGAAAGAGGCGACUGAGUGGGAUUGAACCCACGCUACCUGUGUAUGUAGGUCGAGUCUAGACCGCUGGCCAAUCUGCGUCAUGGGGUUAUCAGGCCCUAGACUCCACUCCUACAACUUUUGUUACCAUGGUAUCAGUAUGAGAAAUACUGUAUUUCCAGUCUUAUUUGGUGGCAUUUCUUUUGUUUUUAAGGGAAUUUUCUCUCUUUGGGUCAGAGUGAGUUUUUCUCACUUCCAAAAAAAAAAAAAGGUUUCAACAUUAAAAAAAGCUGAACUUUUCAAGUCUGGAAAGAGAUUGAUUAGAUCCUGAUUGUUUUUUUUAAAUGUUUAUAUUUUUACAUUUGUGAGAUUGUAUUAUUCUGUAUCCUGAUGAAAACCUCCCAUGGUGAAUGUUAAAUGGCAUAACACCUGGUCAGUAAGCCAGCAUCAGUGUAGACUUGCUGUAGGAGGGUCUAACGACCCACUCUCACUCCACAUUCAAAGGUUUUGGAUGACACUCAAUGUCGCAGACCCUCUGUGUGAAAGCGCAGAUAGAGGGGAAGUGUGAAGGGAGUGGGUGUAGGAGUGAUUUUGGAAAGUCCCAGAUCAACCACGGCAAAAGACUGACUAUUUUGAGGAGUUAUUUUUCAAGCCUGACACCUCUGUCGCACGGUAGUGGUCAGACAAAGUUCAAAAUAGCGCAAAAACUAUAUUAUGUUUUAUUAAGUCAUGUUUCUACAGGGGCUGGCUCUGCACUAGUGUAAACACUCCAUACAUUAGUUUGAAGUGUUCACACUCCUCUGCAAUGCACUGCUUAAAUGGCAGUGCAAGUCAUGUUGCCAAUUUCUGUUACAUGAUCUGGUUAUUAAUGCACAGGAAACCAUGAGUACAUCAUCUGACUGUAUUGUGUUGGAGAUGAUAAAUCUUGAGCAACAGUUGGAUGUACUGCAUUUACUGCAUGAGAAGAGACAGAGGAGGAGAUUGAAUAUAUGUAAAACAUAGAUGUUGCUCGCGCAGGAAAUAUGAUUCUACCCAAUCGAUGAGUCCACUUUGUUUUGAUGCAGUUAUUUAAGGAGAUGCAAGUCAGGCUACAUACUUAGACUUUGAUGCGGUGAUGUAUGCUAUUUCAUUUAAUUUUAAUUCAUAUGAUGUAAUUGUCCCUGUUUCCUACAGGACGUAAAGAAAUUUGUUGUGGACUCUCAGAUGGUCCGCAGUUUACAAAUAAAAGAACAGGAACAUUGAGUGAUUGCACCAGGUGACACACAUCACACAUGCAAGACAAGUACACAGCAGCAACAAGUAUCAGUUACCCAACAAAUGUCAAUCGAUCAAUUACCUGGACUGAUACAGUACACAGCAGCAUAAAUUAUCAAUCAAUCAAUCAAUCAAUCAAUCAAUCAAUCAUUCAAUCAAUCAAUCAAUUACCUAUACUGAUACAGUACACAGUAAACAACACAUAUCGAUCUGUUACCCAUACCGUCACAGCACACAGCAACAAUAAAUGGCAGUUGCCCAAACCAUAACAGUACACAGUGCUUUGUCACAGUACACACUAAACUACUUAUGUGCAUUAACAGAUGUUGGGAUAAAAGAAUGUUUGUAACGGUUCAACCUGCUCCAGGGAACUCUAAAUCUCCUCCCAGAAGGAAGCAGCUGGUACUCUGAAUGGAGAAUAUGAGAUUGAUCAGAGAGAAUUAUUCGUGGACGUCUCAAGGUGGAUAGUAUGUAAAUGGUUUGAAGGAAACAUGAUCUUUGAUGCCUGUAAUUUUCAUCGCAUGUUGUACCAGAAGAUUAAUUCGCGUCUUCAGUUGUACAGAUAGGUUGCCAUACGAGGCUGUAAUUCCAUACCUUAUAGUACUCUCCAGUACGGCAUGAUAAAACAACAACACUAACUUCUGCUCAACACCAAAAUCUCUUAAUCUGCACAGAAAGUUAAAUCUCUGUUGCAGUUUGGAGCAGAGACUCUCACAUGGGCCCCCCAGCUGAGUGUGUCAUCAGUGUAAACUCCCAAGUACUUAUAUGAAGAGACCUGAGCGAUGGGUUCAAUGUGGAUGACCACCGGCCUCAAGUCGUCCACAGCUUUAACAUUGAACACCAUCAAUUCUGUUUUCUUUACAGUUAGCAUCAGAUAAUUGGAGUCACACUACUGAAGAAAGGUACAGAUCUCAGAAUGGUAAGCUACUGGAUUGCCCUCUUUGUGAAACAACCCCAGAAUGGCAGUGUCAUCUGAAAAUUUGUGGAGUGAUACAGUAUAGAUUUGACGCAGAAACAUAAACCAGGAUAAAACUCCUCAUGUAGGUUUGUUAUUCAUCAUUAUGAAUUCUUAGUUCACUGACUCAGAUCCGGUCUAAUGUUUGGUUGCAGACUUGCAGUUGCUUUGAGAUAUUCACCCUUUGGAUAGGUAGAAAAUUCAGAAAAAGUCUGAGUAUCGUUCUAAUAAUUAUGCCAAAUCUACAAAUAGUGAUGUACUGUAUGUUGAGUAGCACUCAUGAAUAUUUGGUAGUAGUCUGCUCUCCUAAUGUGAUAACUGCACUCACAUGAACACACACAUACACACUUUCUUCUCAGCUCUUUUUGAUGGUGUCUGUAUCUUAUUCAUAUCUGGGCUGUCUCUUGAAAGCUGUCUCAGCAGAGCCCAGAGACGACCACCAUUGUUUGAGUCUAAUCAUGGUCGACGCUCCAGGCGUCAGCUUGAUAAACAGACAAUCUCUGCUUAUAAAUAAUUGAACAGGCCCGUUAGUUCUCCCGCUCUCACGGUGUCACACUUGCAGGGUUUCUCAGCCGUCUCGUCUCACUCUCAUAUUUGCAUGGUGAUACCCUGCUUAGUGAGCUGUUACGCUCACGGAGGAAUGAGCUGGAUGAAGGUGCGCUGCAUGCAAAGUCAAAAGAGCAAAAAUCCUUUCACCAAAUCGGAGCUGUUGUGCAGAGUGUGCGUUCUGUCACAGCUCACUAAGCAGGGGGGCGAAAAUAUGAUGACAGAAUCAUGCCUGGCUAUGACAGUGAGAGACAAAUACACACCCUUAAUGCACACUGAUAGUCUUUUUGGGAAUUUAUUCACAUGCAAACAUGAGAGAGUGAGCUGUAUCCAAGAGUUAUAAUUUUGAGAGUCAGCAGAUUAUCAGACAUGAACACAUUAUUAUUAAUGAUAAAAGUGCUGGUAUAAGCAUCUGUACACCUUUUCUCAUUCAUGAUUGUGAUAGUUUCUCUUAAAGGGAUAUUUCAGCGUUAAUUUAAGUUAUGGUCAAACACAUCGUAACACAGAGUUUUUUUGAAGACUUAAAAACAGGCAACUGGACUGUGUAGAGUUGAGAGUUCUUAUCCAAGAAGCUUCUUCAGUUCUAAAUUUUGCUAGUUAGGAACACCUGGAGAUGGGUUUGAGAUUGCUUGCAUUUCUAGUAUACCAACUUUCAGUCGUUGUCUAUACACAGCUGUCUACGUCUUCAUGUGCAAACCUCAACCAAAAAGCCACUCUAUAGCCACAAAUAAUGCUCUGAACAGCACCUAACUUCAUCAACAGUACAUAUAGGGUCCCAGCCAUAGUACUAGCCAUCAAACAUCUUUUUAACUUUGCCUGAUUUCCUUAGCAAAGAGACUAAACACAACUCACCCACUCUCCUCCAGCAGGCGCUUGUUCGUGGGGGAGCCCUGACGAGUCGAUCACAGAGUGCAGCAGAAUUUGGCAGCUCAAGGAAGAACAUUUCCAUGACGUAAAAAUCAUAAAUUUUCUGACAGUGUGUUUGACCAUAACUUAAAUUUACACAGGAAUAUCCCUUUAAUGAUCAUUUUGAUAUGUUUUUGCCCUUAUUGCCAGGUGUCUCAGACUGAUGUAAUAAAAGGUACAGUUGAGUAAAAUAAGUCUCCUUUUAAUGACUGACUUGCAAGAGUACAGUCAGACUUGCUCACCUAAUUUCAGAGACAUUUACUUUCAUGUCUAACAAAGUCAUUUCUGGUCCCAUAUUUAACUGCACUUUUAGUCAAGUAUGUAUUGAGACACCACCAAAGUUGCCUCAGUACAGCUUUAGUAACUGACAGUAAUUGCUGGCAAAGUGGUCUGAAAUUGAGCCUGUUUGCUCUGCAAGCUCAGAAAUGAUGUUAGUGUACACAGGCCCUUAAACUCUGACUUUAAAGGGAUUAAAAACCUGAAUAUACCACAGAACAACCUCUUCUGCCCCACAUAUUUUUGAGCCUUUUCAUAUUCAGGACGGCCCACAUUCAGGCCUCCUGUUCAGCGGUCCAUCACCUUCCUCUGUGUGUCCUUCCUCUCUUUUUCUCCUCCUCUUCACUGUGUUUGGGUGGCUUUUUCCUUACUUAAGGUGACCGCGGUGAGCCAGGAGAGCUAAAUUGGGUUCUUGACGGAAAACCUGAGAGCGACACAGCAAAGAGGUCAUCAGCUCAGGGGUCCAACAGUGAUGGGUUAGUUGUCUAACAUCAGCUCCUCUUCAGGCCUGAGAGGGAAUGGGUCUCCACCAAGUGUGCUUCAGAUGUUGAAAUUUAGACCCUUUUUCUUCACUUCCUUGUUAUUUUGUCUUUUUUUCUCUGCGGCUCUUUCACAUCUGAUGCCUCCCUAUCUGUUUGUCUGUUUCUAUUCGCUCCUUUCCGAAUGUUUAUUUCCCUCGCCUCCUCUCUUUUUGCCUCUAUCACCCUUUCUUUUUUCUUAUCUCUUGUUUUUUUCUCCACUGUGUCCUCACUCUGCUGCCUGUUUGCCCUCCAAGUAAGCACAUAGCAACAACAGCCUGUCUGCCUCCACCAUACAAGCCUUUUAAAUGUUGAAUAUACCUGUGUGUUCAGGCAAAACAAACUGUAGCUACCUGCUUGUUUUUCACCCUGUGUGCAUGUUAAUGUGUAUGUUAGCAUGUAAGUAUGCAAAUGCAGAGUCUGAGUGUGAGUUCAUGCACAGGAGGUGUGAAUGUUCUUCAGCCUUAUGUUACGAUGAGUGUAGAGAAGUUAGUGACACAUCUCAUAUGGCAUAGUGUAAAACAUCUGAUGCUUUGCAGUUAAAUUGGUCUCCGAUGAAAGAUGUAGUGGCAUGUUUAUUAGAUUUCUACACAGUUAGAUUCUUUUCAGCGGAGGCCAUUAGAAAAGGAUUGUGGAAGAAACAGCUCAUAGAGUCGGACAGUUGAAAGACAAACACCAAAGUGACCAGAGAAAACUGAAAAAAUCGGAACUUCCUACUUGUAUCAACUACACUUCUGGUUUGAUUCGUAUCAGAGCACACCAGCUUUGCCGUUUUUUUUUACACAAGAUGUUGCAUGAUAAAAGUCUGCAAACAAAUUCAUAUUUUUCACAAGUUCAACAGUGUUUUGGGUUAUUUUUUGAUGGACUCAGUCCUCUCCUACGCACCUGUCAUGUGAAUUUGUUGUAAACAGUAUUUUUCGUAUCUUUGGCAUAAAACUGUAAAAACCUUCAGUUCUCCAUGUGAGCAGGAUAACUGCCUUUAGUGAUUUAUUCCAGCAAAGUCUGCUCCUUUCAUUCAUAUUGAUGCGCACAUAGAUGUUAACACAGAUCCGUUUUUAUUUUUUUAUUUUGCUAAGGAUUAUCCUGUUGUGACCACUGCUCUUCCAGCUGUUUGUAUUAGAAUGAGGCAUAGAUUUAAUACCAUUAUUGGGCUGAUAUAUCUUUAUUUUUAUCCAUUUGUUUUGUUGUGCAGAUGGUAAAAGGAGAAUUGAACUAGAGAUGUGCAUGCUUGGUUGAUGAUCUGAUUUAAACACCAUCGCCCUUGAUGAAUGAGAGAAAAACUGACCACUGCCUCUUUUGGGUGAAAGAAAUCCAACCAAAUAAUAGCUAUAAAUGGGAAUUCUAGAGUCUUUGGAAAUUCAGUAGCCUAGAACAAGACAACUACUUUAUUUAAUAGCCAUUGAGAGGCCAAAUGUAGUGGACUGUAGGGCUAACAUAUUAAUCAUUACUUUUUUUUAAGAGAUCAGUGACAAAACUUCAGAGAACAGUUCAAAGUUUAAGGGUUUCCAUGAGUGUCUUUACAGUCUACCUCCAUCAAACAGGACAAACAAUAUAAUCCUGUUACCAGAGGUAUCAAUAGCAUAUCAUUCAUGUGUGUUUUUGACCGCUCAUCUGACUUGUUACUCAUCUAAAUCUGGCACCAUACUUACAUGUCAUAUAUUUCUUAUUGUAAAGAUGAGUAUCACACCAAUGGUUCCCACUUCAAAAUAACUUUACACCGGUGAUGUUUUAAAGCUAACAGUUCUUGAGCCAUUUGAAUAGAAAUUUAAUUCUGAUUAGCAUACCAGUAUAAAGGUAAGUCAGUAAACAGUCAAAAAUGAGCAUGAUUCAACUUGGCUUAUAACGGGAUCACAGAGUCUUCAAGUUAUGAAUGUCAAAUUGAAUGUGGCUGACAUGAGCAGAGCUAGCACAGCCAAGCAGCCUCAGACACAGCCCAUAAUGGCAUUUCAGGUCUACACUUCUAAAAUAAUUUAUUUCACUGUUUAGUAAUUCUGGUGCUGACUUGUAAGGCUGAUGACGUCUGCACACAUCCUUAGUGGGCACCAGAAAUCUAGCCAAACGUGUAAACACAGCCCUAUUUUUGUAUCAGUCAUAUGUCAAGUCUGAGCUGUCAUCACCAGCUGGAGCUGUAGCUCUAGUUCAUAGCUGCUGCUAUGAUGCUUUUCUACUAGGACUUAAACUGGCACAGACAAUAGUGUCUUCACUUUUUGAUCUUGAAAAUGGAGACUGAGUUGUAUGCAGUAAAUGUUUGGCUUAACUGGUAUACAGUUGCUUGAACAGAGCAAUAUGUCACCAGCCACAGGCAUGUGGACCGAUUAACCAACUGUUCCCAGAGGUUUUUUUUCGACCUUUAUAGUUAAGCUUGAUGACUAUGGUAACACAUACCUUUGCGGCCCAAACAGAGGUAACAGUGAAGUCUUAAAGGGAUAUUCUGGCGUAAAUUUAAGUUAUGGUCAAAGACACCGUAACACUGAGAUAGACACCCUCUCAAGAGAUGAUUGUUGCCAACUGCUUGCUUCUCUAAUUAUCUACUUCAGCAACAACUAUCAACUUCAGUAAAUGCAAUCAGACCGAGACGCUAAGGCAGAAGAACUUCCAUGUCUGCAGUGCACAUACAAGAUACACAAGAACUCUGAUUGCAUUUCCACAAGGAAGUAAUCAUAAAUUUUCUUCUUUGAGCAGCGAAAUUCCUCUACACUCAGUGAUCGACUCGUCAGGGCUCCCCCCUCAAACAAGCGGCUGCUGGAGGAGAGUGGGUGAGUUGUGUUUAGUCUUUUUGCUAAAGAAACCAGGCAAAGCUAAAAAGAUGUUUGAUGGCUAGUACUAUGGCUGGAACCCUAUGUGUACUGUAGAUGAAGUUAGGUGCUGUUCUGAGCAUUAUUUGUGGCUAUAGAGUGGCUUUUUAGUUGAGGUUUGCACAUGGAGAUGUAGACCACUGUGUAUUGCUAUUGUGCGGUCGUUACUAAAGUUGGUAUUACCAAAGAAACAAGCAGUCGGCAACAUUCAUCUCUCGAGGGGGAGUCUAACUCAGUGCUAUGGUGUGUUUGACCAUAACUUUAAUUACGGCCGUAAUAUUCCUUUAAAGAUCGGACAGAUAUCCCUGAUGUUGCAAUAUAAAGCAACAUCAGGAAUGUGCAGACAUGCCCAAGACAACACAUAAACAUAUAAACAGUAAAUAUCCUAUUGGAAGCAGCUUCCACAGUGAUAUGAUUAUGUACUGUAUGUAAAGCAACUGUGUAUAUUACCAGGAUUCAAACAUAUCUAAAAGUCAAAUAACUUGUCCUAUUUGGUCCAAAAAGUGUUGAAUGUUGUUCCACUUUACACUUCAUCUGCAGAGAGGUUUCAGAGUGAAAUGGAGCCAGUGAGAUAUUUUCAGCCACCGUGUCUGAGUGGAUUAGUCCAGUAUUCCUUUAAGGGACAAAACAGUUAAAAAACUGCUGCUGUUACUCCCUUUCCUCUGUAUGGAUUACAGGUUUGGGAGAAACAACAAAAAAUUCCCCCGUAAAUAUCUGCUUUUUUACAUCAUACAACAGCUGCAGAGCAUCCAAAAGGAAGCAAUGGUUUGCAUCAUGUCUUGAACUAAAAAAAGAUGAAGUACUCUAAUAUUUUUCCAGUACGUUCAUGGACAAAGACAAACAAAUCUAAUGAAACUGACUUAUUUUAAGCAUAUUUUCCCCCUUUUUCUCACCCACACACAGCUUCCCUAAUCAACCAUGAGGCUAGUUUUCGUGUUUCAACCCCAGCAAGCGUGGUGACAGGCAAACACAUUUUCUCACACUCCCCAUUUUAAUGAAGCUGACAUUUCUCACCUUAAAAUAGACGGCAUCCCCUCUUUCUAUGUUUGCCUCCUCUCACACAUUGCAAUAAAUGGAUUUAUGCUCUGUGGAGUUUUAUGUAGAACGGGCCAAGAUUAGCGGGAUGUUUAAUCACGGGGCCUUUUGAAAUAAGCUUAGAAUCCAUCAGAGUGCCAAUGCACUAAAAAAAGUGGCACAGGAAUUCUUUUUGUGUGUGCCGAGGAGAAGUAUCCCUGGGAACAUGAAAUCAAGCAACCAUGUUUCCCGCUUGAGUGUCUGUUUAUUGAUUUAUUUGGGACUUUUUUGAUAUCUUGUUCCCUGUGCAGAACUUUGAGGCUUUUCCCAAACCGUUUAGGCAGAAGAAAGAGAAGGUUGUUUAUUUAUUUUGUCCUGUCUGGCGUUUUUCCUUCACUGCCACCAGAGACUAUAAACUGGUCUUUGUCUUCUUUUUUGGCAUGGUUGAGCUCUCCUCUCUCUCACCUUCCCACGGGGCAUAAAUCUCCGCUCUUUGAAGACAAGUGAAUGCAACAAAACAUGAAGCCUUACGCAGCGCCGCCAUGCACCACAGGCUAUCAACAGACACCAAAUCUGCACUUUGAUGAGUUAAUGCUCUUAUGUGCAGUUUACACCUGGAGUAUUUUCACCCUGAAGUAAACAUCAGUUCAAGAUGCAUCUAUAGAAACAAAGCACAGGUUUAUUGAGCAUCCACCUCUGUCUCAACCAUAAACUGUGUAAAGAUAGACAGCAAAACAAGCCCCUGAAAGUGGAGCCAAAAUAUUAAGAGCUCUCCUUUUGGCUGGCUGCAGUACAGCUCCUAAACCCCCCUCCUCCUCUGUUGUCCAUAUUUAAAUACAGUCAAUGUUUCUAAUGAGUAAGUCGCCUCUUAAUGAAGGGCAGUAUUUGGCACUUAAAUACUAAUUUCCGUCAAGUCUUGACUUCUAAAUACUUUGGUGUAAUGAUCAACCAUUUGUUGUUCUGGAAAGAUCACAGUGACUUUAUCUGUAAGAUAUGGAAGCCCAUUUCCGCCAGUCAAAAAAAAAAAAAAGGCGAAAUUAUGAGAUAAAAAAGUCAAAAUUAUGAGAUAAAAAGUCAUAAUUAUGAGAUUAAAAAGUCAAAAUUAUGAGAUAAAAAGUCAAAAUUAUGAGAUUAAAAAGUCAAAAUUAUGAGAUUUUAAAGUCAAAAUUAUGAGAUUUUAAAGUCAUAAUUAUGAGAUAAAAAGUUGAAAUUAUGAGAUAAAAAGUCAAAAUUAUGAGAUUUUAAAGUCAUAAUUAUGAGAUAAAAAGUCGAAAUUAUGAGAUUAAAAAGUCAUAAUUAUGAGAUUAAAAAUCGGAAUUAUGUGAUAGUAAAUGCGCAUGUUUUAUGGCGCCGUCUUCAAGGUCUCACUUCACCUCACUGGACGCACCAUGCAAACGAUACUCAUCAGUAAAUUAGGAAAUUAUUAUAGGUGUCUUUGAUAGAUAUUAAAUAUUACUAUUCAUUUAAUCAGUCCGUCCGUGCUGCUAAACAAAUUACAACGUUAUUUUGACAAUAUCUUUCAGCUGUCAGUGAAUCAUUGUUUUGAAGUAACGUUUAUGCCACUAGAUGGUGACACUGAGACAGGAACAGUGUCCGUACUUUCUAUCUGUGAGUUGCAUUAUGUUACUUAGAGUCGGCUACAAAUGUCUCCACAAAGGUCUUUGUUAAGAGUUGGUAAGUGUUAUCAGAGCUAGUUUUACAUGUAACGCUGUGUUCUCCAGCAUGUUGAAAAGUCAUGCGAAAAUUGUACACUGUGCACUGAGUUGUCAUUUUCCAGUUUAGCUAACGAUUCUGAGAAAUGAUGCUAAUGCCAUAGGACUGUUGAGCACCUGUAUUGUAUCCUCAGUGCAACAGCUAGCAUGAAGAACUGCACGUCACUCUUAGUGCAAAUCUCAUAAUUAUGACUUUUUAUCUCAUAAUUAUGACUUUUAAAUCUCAUAAUUAUGACUUUUUAUCUCAUAAUUUCGACUUUUUUUUUUUUUUUUGACUGGCGGAAAUGGGCUUCCAUAGUGUAGCUUAUGGUAGGACUAUUUAAAUUUUCCCGGCGCUGCGUCCGGCCGGCACGAAAUGCAUUCUGGGUUAUUUAGUAUGCAUCUGUAUGUAAACGCUCGGGCAGCCGCGGCAUACUCAAAUCAUCUUUGAGUAGUCAGUAGGCAGUAGCUACUGCUUGAGUAGGUAAGUAGAUAGUAGGCAGUAUGCCAUUUCGGACACAGCCAUUGUCUUAUCCUCUGUUUUAGUGACAGAUUCUCUCUGUGCUCCUCAGAGUUCCGACCACAGACUGUAUAUACUAUGGACAACCUGGUUCCGCCUUCCACCAGUAUACAGAUUUGAAGCUCUUGGUAAUUCUGCGUUUUUCUCCACUUCCUGAAAGCAACAUUGCGCAGUAGCGUUGUAAGCACUCCACCACAGAGUCACCCAGAAUAGCUAAGAUGACGCUCAGCUCAAACGGCUGGGUGAGCUACGCAAUCUUCGUACACCUAUAAGCUGUAUCGAGUGUCAGUCAUAGAAAACAUGAACCCCCUAAUGACUUUUAAAAAUGGAGCUGUACAGAAAAAAGAGGACUUGAGCACAAACCAGUAUUACAGUAACUACAUGUCAACAUCGCAAGCAGGGGGAAAAAAAUGUAUAUUCUGUGUAAUAAAUCUCUAAAGUUUGUCCACAGUUCCAUAAGCUUUGCCGGAGGAGGUGGGAUUAAUGACCUAUACUGCAGCAUGUCACCAGAGGGUGCUGUUCUCGGAGUGGCCUCACCCAGCGAGAAGACAGACACUUUCCAUUUUGAUUUCCACUCCCCGUCGGGGAAUCGAACCCCGGUCUCCCACGUGACACGCGGGGAUACUCACCACUAUACUAACGAGGAGAAUGUGUUAUGAUAUGAUAUGAUACAAUAUAGAACAAUAUGAUACGAUAUGAUACUAUAUGACAUGAUGUGAUAUGAUAUGAUAUGGUGCAAUACCAUACUAUACGAUGCAAUAUGAUACAAUACUAUAUGAUAUGAUACUGUACAAUAUGAUACGAUAUUAUACUACAUAGGAUACAAUACAAUACAAUAUGGUAUUGCGACAGUGUUUAGCUAACCAUAUGUAAUUGACAUCCUGAAAAGCCUUAUUAAUGGCCUUUUACAGCGACAAAUGUAUCCCAUGCCCGCUUAGAAAAAACCAAAUCAGAGAGCAGACAGAAUGUAAAACUCAACAAUAAACACUUGCUUUCUUACUGCUUUGCGUCACUUUGAUGAGUGUAAUGCGGGGGAUGAGUAAAACUCAGUAUAUAGUAAAUCUACUACCCAUCAUGAAAGGUCUAUUUGAGCCACCCUUAGUCUGAUCCCUCUCUCAAGACCUGUUUGCCUUGGGUGACCAUACCAGAGGCAUAAUGCACCCGACAACUUAGCUCCUGAGAUAAUUGGGACACGCAAACCCCUCCACCACGGUAAGGUAGUGACUCGAGGAGGGGAAUUUUUUUUAUUUUAUUUUUUUUAAUAUUUUUUUAUUUUUAUUUUUUUUAAUAUGAAAGGGUAAAUGUUAGGAAUGAAGAGGGAGGAAGAGGAGCUAAUGUUCCGCAACAUCAGCCGAACAACCAGCUACCUCCUCCACCUGGGUGUCUCUGUUUUUCUUCUUUCUCAAAGUCCAGAGACCUUUUUUGACUCUCUUUUCCCCCCUGUCUUGGUUUUUGCUUUUCUCCUCUUCAUGUUCUCUUUCCUCUACUUCUUGUUCUCUUUGCUCUUCUUCUUGUUCUCUUUCCUCCUCUUUUUCUCUUUCUCUCAGCUGCCUUAAUUCCUUCUUCUUCUCUUUAAGUUGUUUUCGGAGGGUUUUCUCCUCCUCUGUCUCCUUUUUAAAGACUCUGGACAGGAAGCGUCUUUUCUUUAGAGAGACAAGAUGAGUCAGCUCCCUCUUCUCCUCCUCUAACUCUUGAAUUCUGUCUGUCAGAGUCUUUUCCUUCUCAAUCACUCUUUCUUUUGCCGUCUCGGCCUCUUCAACUCUGAGGGUCAGAGUCUCCUCCUUUCCCACCAGAUCUUUAUUCCUUUUCUCCAGCUCACUGACUCUGGUCUUCAGGAUCUGGUUCUCCUCCUCCAGGUCUUUCCUUUGUUUCUCGUUGUUUUGCAGCUGAGUUGUGGUCUCAAUGAGUCUUUGAGUGAGACCCUCUUUCUCCCUCCUCAGCUCCAUGAUGUGGUUGUCCCUCUGCUCAAGCUGCUGUUUUGUGAGCCUCAACAUUGUUUCAUUGUUCUUGCUCAGAGAAACAGCCUUCAGGUUCUCCUGAGACGCUUGAAAAAGCUGUUCUCGGAGCUCAUGAACUUUCUGUCUCUCCUCCUUAAGUUGAGCCCACAUCUUCUCUUCCUGCUCCUUCUGCAGGCGCUGGAUAAGCUCCACCUGCUCGUCUUUUAAUUUGAGGCUGCUGUUGAGACGUUGGAUCUCAGCCUCCAUCCUUUCAAUAGUCUGGACAUUAUUCUGGAGUUCUACCUUGAAUCCAUUUUCUCUGACGUCAAUGAGUCCCUCCAGACGGUUCACUUUGUACUUCCCGUUGUGAAUUCUGUAGCCCAGCUUUACCCUCUCACGCAGCCAUGCCUCCUGUUCACCACUUUGCUCGUUUCUAAGAUUUAUAAUCUCAGCGCGAGCACUGGCAAGCUCCUGUUGAAGUGGUGCCAUGGGCCGGCAGGCCAGCGGUCCCAGAAAUUCAGGUGCAAUUGCUCUGGACAUGGUUCUUCUGAUGAAAGUCUUCAGUCGACUGCUCUAAACUGUUGUUCGUCUCUGUAGUAGCUCCUACGUGACUCUUGCCAACAAGUGUGUGUGGCUGCCUUUAAUACCUCCUUCUACAUGUGAUGUCAUCGUGUGACAUCACAUCACAUUCCUUUGAAGAUCAAAGGAUCGAAGCUAGAAUGUGAUGUCAUCAUAUGUAGAAUGUGAUGUCAUCGUGUGACAUCUUGUUUCUCCAUCUUGCAGAAACUGGUGCAUGUGAGAGCCAGGGUGUGGACUGCAUGAUCACCAUCUGGUGUGAAAGGCAGUUCACUGUGGUCAGUCUUUGAGUUGUAGGAGGAAAUCAGUCCAGAGCAGCACCAGGUGUGUGAGUACCUGAUUGGCUUGAGUGAAGUCAGGUUUGGGAAGGUGAUACAAGUCCUUGAGCUCCAGUGCAGAGUGCUGAGUCAUUGGCUGUGUCCGAAAUGGCCUACUACUCCUACUACUCGUACUAAACCCGCCUCUGAAUUGAGUAGGCAGUGCGUUCACACUGUACAGUAUGCGAAUUUUGUGUAUGCGAGAAAUGCCCGGAUGUAUACUCAAUCGGCUUCGAUUUCUGAGUGUGGAAUGGAGCUUGCUUCAUGUACUGCUUCUGCCCCACAAUGCAUUGCGCACCUCAGCUGGUAAUAUGGACCUCUUUCCCGAGGCUGAAAAGAAAUAGAUGGCAUGUGAUUGCAAUAAUGAUUAUAUAUAUAUAUAUAAGUAGUCAGUAUACAUUACACAUUAUCAUAUUUUGAUCUUUUUACCAGAUUUAUUUGUAUUUUAAAUUAGGAUUAUGGGUAAUGUUUUUAACUAUUCGUAUGAAUUGACUUUAUUUAUUUAAGUGUCUAUUAAAGAUGUAUUUAUUACAUCAAGUUUGAGCAUCUUCUCAUCUCUGAAUGCAUCAUCAAAGUGGUCACUCAUAUUAAGCACAGACCUCUGAUUAAUAAAAAUUAUUAUUGGUAGAGAGCACAUGGUUCAGAAUAUACAAACGGGGGAGUUUCCAGUUGACAAUCUAUGUGAGCUUUACUAAUUCUUACUUGUGGUUGAAAAUCUGAUGGUUUCUGAAAUUAUCAUUGUACAUGAAAAGAAUGUAGUCGGGAAAUUAUGUAUUUGCCAAGGAAUAACCGAACGAGGUCAUAAUAAUUAUGUUGUGUGUUGGUCAUUUUGCAGCCCUCUGCUGCUCAUCACACGCCCAGCAGGUGGUGUAUAGCAUUAUCACCAUGGAUACACAGAUGUUUGUGUGAUUUUUUUCAUCCACUGCCGCCCGGUUUGUGUCGUGUAGAUGUUGAUUAUGAAAACACUUUGCAAUAAUUUGGAAACGUGCAGGGGGAGCUGCUGCUGCCCGGUGUUUACGAUAAAUAGACGCAAACACCCACCAAGCGGACGCUUCGGUCUCCGAAAACGCCGAGACAAAUUUACAAACAGCCACUAUUUCAAACAACUGGGCUCAUAAUCGUGAUGUAAACACUUACUCUCUCGCUAGAAAAAAUAUUAUUAUUGAAUGAAUUUAUAUAAUUUGUCUGGAAUGCAGUCGUUCUGUGUAGUAUGGAAGCCCAUUUCCGCCAGUCAAAAAAAAAAAAAAAAAGUCGAAAUUAUGAGAUAAAAAGUCAUAAUGAUGAGAUUAAAAAGUCAUAAUUAUGAGAUAAAAAGUCGAAAUUAUGAGAUAAAAAGUCAAAAUUAUGAGAUUAAAAAGUCGAAAUUAUGAGAUUAAAAAGUCAAAAUUAUGAGAUAAAAAAUUGAAAUUAUGUGAUAGUAAGUGCGCAUGUUUUAUGGCACCGUCUUCAAGGUCUCACUUCACCUCACUGGACGCACCAUGCAAACGAUACUCAUCAGUAAAUUAGGAAAUUAUUAUAGGUGUUUUUGAUAGUUAUUAAAUAUUACUAUUCAUUUAAUCAGUCCGUCCGUGCUGCUAAACAAAUUACAACGUUAUUUUGACAAUAUCUUUCAGCUGUCAGUGAAUCAUCGUUUUGAAGUAAUGUUUAUGGAGACAGGAACAGUGUCCGUACUUUCUAUCUGUGAGUUGCAUUAUGUUACUUAGAGUCGGCUACAAAUGUCUCCACAAAGGUCUUUGUUAAGAGUUGGUAAGUGUUAUCAGAGCUAGUUUUACAUGUAACGCUGUGUUCUCCAGCAUGUUGAAAAGUCAUGCGAAAAUUGUACACUGUGCACUGAGUUGUCAUUUUCCAGUUUAGCUAACGAUUCUGAGAAAUGAUGCUAAUGCCAUAGGACUGUUGAGCACCUGUAUUGUAUCCUCAGUGCAACAGCUAGCAUGAAGAACUGCACGUCACUCUUAGUGCAAAUCUCAUAAUUAUGACUUUUUAUCUCAUAAUUAUGACUUUUAAAUCUCAUAAUUAUGACUUUUUAUCUCAUAAUUUCGACUUUUUUUUUUUUUUUUGACUGGCGGAAAUGGGCUUCCAUAGUGUAGCUUAUGGUAGGACUAUUUAAAUUUUCCCGGCGCUGCGUCCGGCCGGCACGAAAUGCAUUCUGGGGUAUUUAGUAUGCAUCUGUAUGUAAACGCUCGGGCAGCCGCGGCAUACUCAAAUCAUCUUUGAGUAGUCAGUAGGCAGUAGCGACUGCUUGAGUAGGUAAGUAGAUAGUAGGCAGUAUGCCAUUUCGGACACAGCCAUUGUCUUAUCCUCUGUUUUAGUGACAGAUUCUCUCUGUGCUCCUCAGAGUUCCGACCACAGACUGUAUAUACUAUGGACAACCUGGUUCCGCCUUCCACCAGUAUACGGAUUUGAAGCUCUCGGUAAUUCUGCGUUUUUCUCCACUUCCUGAAAGCAACAUUGCGCAGUAGCGUUGUAAGCACUCCACCACAGAGUCACCCAGAGUCGCUAAGAUGACGCUCAGCUCAAACGGCUGGGUGAGCUACGCAAUCUUCGUACACCUAUAGGCUGUAUCGAGUGUCAGUCAUAGAAAACAUGAACCCCCUAAUGACUUUUAAAAAUGGAGCUGUACAGAAAAAAGAGGACUUGAGCACAAACCAGUAUUACAGUAACUACAUGUCAACAUCGCAAGUAGGGGGAAAAAAAUGUAUAUUCUGUGUAAUAAAUCUCUAAAGUUUGUCCACAGUUCCAUAAGCUUUGCCGGAGGAGGUGGGAUUAAUGACCUAUACUGCAGCAUGUCACCAGAGGGUGCUGUUCUCGGAGUGGCCUCACCCAGCGAGAAGACAGACACUUUCCAUUUUGAUUUCCACUCCCCGUCGGGGAAUCGAACCCCGGUCUCCCACGUGACACGCGGGGAUACUCACCACUAUACUAACGAGGAGAAUGUGUUAUGAUAUGAUAUGAUACAAUAUAGAACAAUAUGAUACGAUAUGAUACUAUAUGACAUGAUGUGAUAUGAUAUGAUAUGGUGCAAUACCAUACUAUACGAUACGAUGCAAUAUGAUACAAUACUAUAUGAUAUGAUACUGUACAAUAUGAUACGAUAUUAUACUACAUAGGAUACAAUACAAUACAAUAUGGUAUUGCGACAGUGUUUAGCUAACCAUAUGUAAUUGACAUCCUGAAAAGCCUUAUUAAUGGCCUUUUACAGCGACAAAUGUAUCCCAUGCCCGCUUAGAAAAAACCAAAUCAGAGAGCAGACAGAAUGUAAAACUCAACAAUAAACACUUGCUUUCUUACUGCUUUGCGUCACUUUGAUGAGUGUAAUGCGGGGGAUGAGUAAAACUCAGUAUAUAGUAAAUCUACUACCCAUCAUGAAAGGUCUAUUUGAGCCACCCUUAGUCUGAUCCCUCUCUCAAGACCUGUUUGCCUUGGGUGACCAUACCAGAGGCAUAAUGCACCCGACAACUUAGCUCCUGAGAUAAUUGGGACACGCAAACCCCUCCACCACGGUAAGGUAGUGACUCGAGGAGGGGAAUUUUUUUUUUUUUUUUUUUUUUUAAUAUUUUUUUAUUUUUAUUUUUUUUAAUAUGAAAGGGUAAAGGUUAGGAAUGAAGAGGGAGGAAGAGGAGCUAAUGUUCCGCAACAUCAGCCGAACAACCAGCUACCACCUCCACCUGGGUGUCUCUGUUUUUCUUCUUUCUCAAAGUCCAGAGACCUUUUUUGACUCUCUUUUCCCCCCUGUCUUGGUUUUUGCUUUUCUCCUCUUCAUGUUCUCUUUCCUCUACUUCUUGUUCUCUUUCCUCUUCUUCUUGUUCUCUUUGCUCUUCUUCUUGUUCUCUUUCCUCCUCUUUUUCUCUUUCUCUCAGCUGCCUUAAUUCCUUCUUCUUCUCUUUAAGUUGUUUUCGGAGGGUUUUCUCCUCCUCUGUCUCCUUUUUAAAGACUCUGGACAGGAAGCGUCUUUUCUUUAGAGAGACAAGAUGAGUCAGCUCCCUCUUCUCCUCCUCUAACUCUUGAAUUCUGUCUGUCAGAGUCUUUUCCUUCUCAAUCAUUUCUUUUGCCGUCUCAGCCUCUUCAACUCUGAGGGCCAGAGUCUCCUCCUUUUCCACCAGAUCUUUAUUCCUUUUCUCCAGCUCACUGACUCUGGUCUUCAGGAUCUGGUUCUCCUCCUCCAGGUCUUUCCUUUGUUUCUCGUUGUUUUGCAGCUGAGUUGUGGUCUCAAUGAGUCUUUGAGUGAGACCCUCUUUCUCCCUCCUCAGCUCCAUGAUGUGGUUGUCUCUCUGCUCAAGCUGCUGUUUUGUGAGCCUCAACAUUGUUUCAUUGUUCUUGCUCAGAGAAACAGCCUUCAGGUUCUCCUGAGACGCUUGAAAAAGCUGUUCUCGAAGCUCAUGAACUUUCUGUCUCUCCUCCUUAAGUUGAGCCCACAUCUUCUCUUCCUGCUCCUUCUGCAGGCGCUGGAUAAGCUCCACCUGCUCGUCUUUUAAUUUGAGGCUGCUGUUGAGACGUUGGAUCUCAGCCUCCAUCCUUUCAAUAGUCUGGACAUUAUUCUGGAGUUCUUCCUUGAAUCCAUUUUCUCUGAUGUCAAUGAGUCCCUCCAGACGGUUCACUUUGUACUUCCCGUUGUGAAUUCUGUAGCCCAGCUUUACCCUCUCACGCAGCCAUGCCUCCUGUUCACCACUUUGCUCGUUUCUAAGAUUUAUAAUCUCAGCGCGAGCACUGGCAAGCUCCUGUUGAAGUGGUGCCAUGGGCCGGCAGGCCAGCGGUCCCACAAAUUCAGGUGCAAUUGCUCUGGACAUGGUUCUUCUGAUGAAAGUCUUCAGUCGACUGCUCUAAACUGUUGUUCGUCUCUGUAGUAGCUCCUACGUGACUCUUGCCAACAAGAGUGUGCGGCUGCCUUUAAUACCUCCUUCUACAUGUGAUGUCAUCGUGUGACAUCACAUCACAUUCCUUUGAAGAUCAAAGGAUCGAAGCUAGAAUGUGAUGUCAUCAUAUGUAGAAUGUGAUGUCAUCGUGUGACACCACAUUCUACAUGUCAUUGUGAUGUCAGAGCCUCUCCAUCUCCAUCUUGUUUCUCCAUCUUGCAGAAACUGGUGCAUGUGAGAGCCAGGGUGUGGACUGCAUGAUCACCAUCUGGUGUGAAAGGCAGUUCACUGUGGUCAUUCUUUGAGUUGUAGGAGGAAAUCAGUCCAGAGCAGCACCAGGUGUGUGAGUACCUGAUUGGCUUGAGUGAAGUCAGGUUUGGGAAGGUGAUACAAGUCCUUGAGCUCCAGUGCAGAGUGCUGAGUCAUUGGCUGUGUCCGAAAUGGCCUACUACUCCUACUACUUGUACUAAACCCGCCUCUGAAUUGAGUAGGCAGUGCGUUCACACUGUACAGUAUGCGAAUUUUGUGUAUGCGAGAAAUGCCCGGAUGUAUACUCAAUCGGCUUCGAUUUCUGAGUGUGGAAUGGAGCUUGCUUCACGUACUGCUUCUGCCCCACAAUGCAUUGCGCACCUCAGCUGGUAAUAUGGACCUCUUUCCCGAGGCUGAAAAGAAAUAGAUGGCAUGUGAUUGCAAUAAUGAUUAUAUAUAUAUAUAUAUAUAGAUAAAUAUAUAUUUAGUCAGUAUACAUUACACAUUAUCAUAUUUUGAUCUUUUUACCAGAUUUAUUUGUAUUUUAAAUUAGGAUUAUAGGUAAUGUUUUUAACUAUUCGUAUGAAUUGACUUUAUUUAUUUAAGUGUCUAUUAAAGAUGUAUUUAUUACAUCAAGUCUGAGCAUCUUCUCGUCUCUGAAUGCAUCAUCAAAGUGGUCACUCAUAUUAAGCACAGACCUCUGAUUAAUAAAAAUUAUUAUUGGUAGAGAGCACAUGGUUCAGAAUAUACAAACGGGGGAGUUUCCAGUUGACAAUCUAUGUGAGCUUUACUAAUUCUUACUUGUGGUUGAAAAUCUGAUGGUUUCUGAAAUUAUCAUUGUACAUGAAAAGAAUGUAGUCGGGAAAUGAUGUAUUUGCCAAGGAAUAAACGAACGAGGUCAUAAUAAUUAUGUUGUGUGUUGGUCAUUUUGCAGCCCUCUGCUGCUCAUCACACGCCCAGCAGGUGGUGUAUAGCAUUAUCACCAUGGAUACACAGAUGUUUGUGUGAUUUUUUUCAUCCACUGCCGCCCGGUUUGUGUCGUGUAGAUGUUGAUUAUGAAAACACUUCGCAAUAAUUUGGAAACGUGCAGGGGGAGCUGCUGCUGCCCGGUGUUUGCGGUAAAUAGACGCAAACACCCACCAAGCGGACGCUUCGGUCUCCGAAAACACCGAGACAAAUUUACAAACAGCCACUAUUUCAAACAACUGGGCUCAUAAUCGUGAUGUAAACACUUACUUUCUCGCUAAAAAAAAUAUUAUUAUUGAAUGAAUUUAUAUAAUUUGUCCGGAAUGCAGUCGUUCUGUGUAGUAUGGAAGCCCAUUUCCGCCAGUCAAAAAAAAAAAAAAAAGUAGAAAUUAUGAGAUAAAAAGUCAUAAUUAUGAGAUUAAAAAGUCAUAAUUAUAGAUAAAAAGUCGAAAUUAUGAGAUAAAAAGUCAAAAUUAUGAGAUUAAAAAGUCAAAAUUAUGAGAUAAAAAGUCAAAAUUAUGAGAUAAAAAGUCAAAAUUAUGAGAUUUUAAAGUCAUAAUUAUGAGAUAAAAAGUUGAAAUUAUGAGAUAAAAAGUCAAAAUUAUGAGAUUAAAAAUCGAAAUUAUGUGAUAGUAAGUGCGCAUGUUUUAUGGCGCCGUCUUCAAGGUCUCACUUCAGCUCACUGGACGCACCAUGCAAACGAUACUCAUCAGUAAAUUAGGAAAUUAUUAUAGGUGUCUUUGAUAGAUAUUAAAUAUUACUAUUCAUUUAAUCAGUCCGUCCGUGCUGCUAAACAAAUUAUAACGUUAUUUUGACAAUAUCUUUCAGCUGUCAGUGAAUCAUCGUUUUGAUUUAUGGAGACAGGAACAGUGUCCGUACUUUCUACCUGUGAGUUGCAUUAUGUUACUUAGAGUCGGCUACAAAUGUCUCCACAAAGGUCUUUGUUAAGAGUUGGUAAGUGUUAUCAGAGCUAGUUUUACAUGUAACGCUGUGUUCUCCAGCAUGUUGAAAAGUCAUGCGAAAAUUGUACACUGUGCACUGAGUUGUCAUUUUCCAGUUUAGCUAACGAUUCUGAGAAAUGAUGCUAAUGCCAUAGGACUGUUGAGCACCUGUAUUGUAUCCUCAGUGCAACAGCUAGCAUGAAGAACUGCACGUCACUCUUAGUGCAAAUCUCAUAAUUAUGACUUUUUAUCUCAUAAUUAGGACUUUUAAAUCUCAUAAUUAUGACUUUUUAUCUCAUAAUUUCGACUUUUUUUUUUUUUUUUGACUGGCGGAAAUGGGCUUCCAUAGUGUAGCUUAUGGUAGGACUAUUUAAAUUUUCCCGGCGCUGCGUCCGGCCGGCACGAAAUGCAUUCUGGGGUAUUUAGUAUGCAUCUGUAUGUAAACGCUCGGGCAGCCGCGGCAUACUCAAAUCAUCUUUGAGUAGUCAGUAGGCAGUAGCGACUGCUUGAGUAGGUAAGUAGAUAGUAGGCAGUAUGCCAUUUCGGACACAGCCAUUGUCUUAUCCUCUGUUUUAGUGACAGAUUCUCUCUGUGCUCCUCAGAGUUCCGACCACAGACUGUAUAUACUAUGGACAACCUGGUUCCGCCUUCCACCAGUAUACGGAUUUGAAGCUCUCGGUAAUUCUGCGUUUUUCUCCACUUCCUGAAAGCAACAUUGCGCAGUAGCGUUGUAAGCACUCCACCACAGAGUCACCCAGAGUCGCUAAGAUGACGCUCAGCUCAAACGGCUGGGUGAGCUACGCAAUCUUCGUACACCUAUAGGCUGUAUCGAGUGUCAGUCAUAGAAAACAUGAACCCCCUAAUGACUUUUAAAAAUGGAGCUGUACAGAAAAAAGAGGACUUGAGCACAAACCAGUAUUACAGUAACUACAUGUCAACAUCGCAAGUAGGGGGAAAAAAAUGUAUAUUCUGUGUAAUAAAUCUCUAAAGUUUGUCCACAGUUCCAUAAGCUUUGCCGGAGGAGGUGGGAUUAAUGACCUAUACUGCAGCAUGUCACCAGAGGGUGCUGUUCUCGGAGUGGCCUCACCCAGCGAGAAGACAGACACUUUCCAUUUUGAUUUCCACUCCCCGUCGGGGAAUCGAACCCCGGUCUCCCACGUGACACGCGGGGAUACUCACCACUAUACUAACGAGGAGAAUGUGUUAUGAUAUGAUAUGAUACAAUAUAGAACAAUAUGAUACGAUAUGAUACUAUAUGACAUGAUGUGAUAUGAUAUGAUAUGGUGCAAUACCAUACUAUACGAUACGAUGCAAUAUGAUACAAUACUAUAUGAUAUGAUACUGUACAAUAUGAUACGAUAUUAUACUACAUAGGAUACAAUACAAUACAAUAUGGUAUUGCGACAGUGUUUAGCUAACCAUAUGUAAUUGACAUCCUGAAAAGCCUUAUUAAUGGCCUUUUACAGCGACAAAUGUAUCCCAUGCCCGCUUAGAAAAAACCAAAUCAGAGAGCAGACAGAAUGUAAAACUCAACAAUAAACACUUGCUUUCUUACUGCUUUGCGUCACUUUGAUGAGUGUAAUGCGGGGGAUGAGUAAAACUCAGUAUAUAGUAAAUCUACUACCCAUCAUGAAAGGUCUAUUUGAGCCACCCUUAGUCUGAUCCCUCUCUCAAGACCUGUUUGCCUUGGGUGACCAUACCAGAGGCAUAAUGCACCCGACAACUUAGCUCCUGAGAUAAUUGGGACACGCAAACCCCUCCACCACGGUAAGGUAGUGACUCGAGGAGGGGAAUUUUUUUUUUUUUUUUUUUUUUUUAAUAUUUUUUUAUUUUUAUUUUUUUUAAUAUGAAAGGGUAAAGGUUAGGAAUGAAGAGGGAGGAUGAGGAGCUAAUGUUCCGCAACAUCAGCCGAACAACCAGCUACCUCCUCCACCUGGGUGUCUCUGUUUUUCUUCUUUCUCAAAGUCCAGAGACCUUUUUUGACUCUCUUUUCCCCCCUGUCUUGGUUUUUGCUUUUCUCCUCUUCAUGUUCUCUUUCCUCUACUUCUUGUUCUCUUUCCUCUUCUUCUUGUUCUCUUUGCUCUUCUUCUUGUUCUCUUUCCUCCUCUUUUUCUCUUUCUCUCAGCUGCCUUAAUUCCUUCUUCUUGUCUUUAAGUUGUUUUCGGAGGGUUUUCUCCUCCUCUGUCUCCUUUUUAAAGACUCUGGACAGGAAGCGUCUUUUCUUUAGAGAGACAAGAUGAGUCAGCUCCCUCUUCUCCUCCUCUAACUCUUGAAUUCUGUCUGUCAGAGUCUUUUCCUUCUCAAUCACUCUUUCUUUUGCCGUCUCGGCCUCUUCAACUCUGAGGGUCAGGGUCUCCUCCUUUUCCACCAGAUCUUUAUUCGUUUUCUCCAGCUCACUGACUCUGGUCUUCAGGAUCUGGUUCUCCUCCUCCAGGUCUUUCCUUUGUUUCUCGUUGUUUUGCAGCUGAGUUGUGGUCUCAAUGAGUCUUUGAGUGAGACCCUCUUUCUCCCUCCUCAGCUCCAUGAUGUGGUUGUCCCUCUGCUCAAGCUGCUGUUUUGUGAGCCUCAACAUUGUUUCAUUGUUCUUGCUCAGAGAAACAGCCUUCAGGUUCUCCUGAGACGCUUGAAAAAGCUGUUCUCGGAGCUCAUGAACUUUCUGUCUCUCCUCCUUAAGUUGAGCCCACAUCUUCUCUUCCUGCUCCUUCUGCAGGCGCUGGAUAAGCUCCACCUGCUCGUCUUUUAAUUUGAGGCUGCUGUUGAGACGUUGGAUCUCAGCCUCCAUCCUUUCAAUAGUCUGGACAUUAUUCUGGAGUUCUACCUUGAAUCCAUUUUCUCUGACGUCAAUGAGUCCCUCCAGACGGUUCACUUUGUACUUCCCGUUGUGAAUUCUGUAGCCCAGCUUUACCCUCUCACGCAGCCAUGCCUCCUGUUCACCACUUUGCUCGUUUCUAAGAUUUAUAAUCUCAGCGCGAGCACUGGCAAGCUCCUGUUGAAGUGGUGCCAUGGGCCGGCAGGCCAGCGGUCCCAGAAAUUCAGGUGCAAUUGCUCUGGACAUGGUUCUUCUGAUGAAAGUCUUCAGUCGACUGCUCUAAACUGUUGUUCGUCUCUGUAGUAGCUCCUACGUGACUCUUGCCAACAAGUGUGUGUGGCUGCCUUUAAUACCUCCUUCUACAUGUGAUGUCAUCGUGUGACAUCACAUCACAUUCCUUUGAAGAUCAAAGGAUCGAAGCUAGAAUGUGAUGUCAUCAUAUGUAGAAUGUGAUGUCAUCGUGUGACACCACAUUCUACAUGUCAUUGUGAUGUCAGAGCCUCUCCAUCUCCAUCUUGUUUCUCCAUCUUGCAGAAACUGGUGCAUGUGAGAGCCAGGGUGUGGACUGCAUGAUCACCAUCUGGUGUGAAAGGCAGUUCACUGUGGUCAUUCUUUGAGUUGUAGGAGGAAAUCAGUCCAGAGCAGCACCAGGUGUGUGAGUACCUGAUUGGCUUGAGUGAAGUCAGGUUUGGGAAGGUGAUACAAGUCCUUGAGCUCCAGUGCAGAGUGCUGAGUCAUUGGCUGUGUCCGAAAUGGCCUACUACUCCUACUACUUGUACUAACCCCGCCUCUGAAUUGAGUAGGCAGUGCGUUCACACUGUACAGUAUGCUAAUUUUGUGUAUGCGAGAAAUGCCCGGAUGUAUACUCAAUCGGCUUCGAUUUCUGAGUGUGGAAUGGAGCUUGCUUCACGUACUGCUUCUGCCCCACAAUGCAUUGCGCACCUCAGCUGGUAAUAUGGACCUCUUUCCCGAGGCUGAAAAGAAAUAGAUGGCAUGUGAUUGCAAUAAUGAUUAUAUAUAUAUAUAUAUAUAUAUAUAUAUAUAUAUAUAUAUAUAAGUAGUCAGUAUACAUUACACAUUAUCAUAUUUUGAUCUUUUUACCAGAUUUAUUUGUAUUUUAAAUUAGGAUUAUAGAUAAUGUUUUUAACUAUUCGUAUGAAUUGACUUUAUUUAUUUAAGUGUCUAUUAAAGAUGUAUUUAUUACAUCAAGUUUGAGCAUCUUCUCAUCUCUGAAUGCAUCAUCAAAGUGGUCACUCAUAUUAAGCACAGACCUCUGAUUAAUAAAAAUUAUUAUUGGUAGAGAGCACAUGGUUCAGAAUAUACAAACGGGGGAGUUUCCAGUUGACAAUCUAUGUGAGCUUUACUAAUUCUUACUUGUGGUUGAAAAUCUGAUGGUUUCUGAAAUUAUCAUUGUACAUGAAAAGAAUGUAGUCGGGAAAUUAUGUAUUUGCCAAGGAAUAACCGAACGAGGUCAUAAUAAUUAUGUUGUGUGUUGGUCAUUUUGCAGCCCUCUGCUGCUCAUCACACGCCCAGCAGGUGGUGUAUAGCAUUAUCACCAUGGAUACACAGAUGUUUGUGUGAUUUUUUUCAUCCACUGCCGCCCGGUUUGUGUCGUGUAGAUGUUGAUUAUGAAAACACUUCGCAAUAAUUUGGAAACGUGCAGGGGGAGCUGCUGCUGCCCGGUGUUUGCGGUAAAUAGACGCAAACACCCACCAAGCGGACGCUUCGGUCUCCGAAAACACCGAGACAAAUUUACAAACAGCCACUAUUUCAAACAACUGGGCUCAUAAUCGUGAUGUAAACACUUACUUUCUCGCUAAAAAAAAUAUUAUUAUUGAAUGAAUUUAUAUAAUUUGUCCGGAAUGCAGUCGUUCUGUGUAGUAUGGAAGCCCAUUUCCGCCAGUCAAAAAAAAAAAAAAAAGUAGAAAUUAUGAGAUAAAAAGUCAUAAUUAUGAGAUUAAAAAGUCAUAAUUAUAGAUAAAAAGUCGAAAUUAUGAGAUAAAAAGUCAAAAUUAUGAGAUUAAAAAGUCAAAAUUAUGAGAUAAAAAGUCAAAAUUAUGAGAUAAAAAGUCAAAAUUAUGAGAUUUUAAAGUCAUAAUUAUGAGAUAAAAAGUUGAAAUUAUGAGAUAAAAAGUCAAAAUUAUGAGAUUAAAAAUCGAAAUUAUGUGAUAGUAAGUGCGCAUGUUUUAUGGCGCCGUCUUCAAGGUCUCACUUCAGCUCACUGGACGCACCAUGCAAACGAUACUCAUCAGUAAAUUAGGAAAUUAUUAUAGGUGUCUUUGAUAGAUAUUAAAUAUUACUAUUCAUUUAAUCAGUCCGUCCGUGCUGCUAAACAAAUUAUAACGUUAUUUUGACAAUAUCUUUCAGCUGUCAGUGAAUCAUCGUUUUGAAGUGACGUUUAUGGAGACAGGAACAGUGUCCGUACUUUCUACCUGUGAGUUGCAUUAUGUUACUUAGAGUCGGCUACAAAUGUCUCCACAAAGGUCUUUGUUAAGAGUUGGUAAGUGUUAUCAGAGCUAGUUUUACAUGUAACGCUGUGUUCUCCAGCAUGUUGAAAAGUCAUGCGAAAAUUGUACACUGUGCACUGAGUUGUCAUUUUCCAGUUUAGCUAACGAUUCUGAGAAAUGAUGCUAAUGCCAUAGGACUGUUGAGCACCUGUAUUGUAUCCUCAGUGCAACAGCUAGCAUGAAGAACUGCACGUCACUCUUAGUGCAAGUUAUCUCAUAAUUAUGACUUUUAAAUCUCAUAAUUUUGACUUUUUAUCUCAUAAUUAUGACUUUUAAAUCUCAUAAUUUUGACUUUUUAAUCUCAUAAUUCUGACUUUUUAUCUCAUAAUUUCGACUUUUUUUUUUUUUUUGACUGGCGGAAAUGGGCUUCCAUAGUAAGAAGAUAAAACUGAGAUUGAAAUCUUUUGGAGCAGGUGGACAAAUUCUUACUUUUCUUUUCAUUUCUGUGAUUCUGAGUAUCCUUCGGUGCUGUAACACCACAUGUGUCUGUCCACUAAGUCCAAAGUGACCCUGACCAUGCCCCAAAAAGUGAAUAUGAGCCAUCAAACCUAAGAUUCAGGGUCAAAAGUCAGUUUGAGGCCUCUGAAUAUGCUGUCUGGUGUUUGAACUGUUGUUUUGUCACAGUCACUUAUUUAUGUAUCUUCUUUUGGAUCUUGUAUCAAUCAAUGACGUCAUAUCUAAUCCAAUAUCAUUUUCAUCUUGACUUUUGCUUCAGUCAGUUUUCCAUUUGAAACUAUCACUUAGGAAUUAGUAUAAAAUAUAAAGCUAUGUCCCUUUAGGAGAAGAUUUGCUAAUAUUUGGCGAAGUUCUUCUGACCCAAGGGGCUGAUGCACUUCAGCAGGUGGAGCUUAGUUCUUAAAAAACCGAAGUUCAAACUUUACUUUUGUUUGACAGCUGCUCCAGAGAUGAGUGUUCUGCUGUCUUAGCGUCUGCAUCUAAUUGCAUUUCUAUGAGGUAAUGAUCAUGAAUGUUCUUGCUUGAGUUGAGACCUCCUAAACUGUUGGUAGAUGACUGCCACUACUGAAUGAGCCACAGAACACUUCAUAUUGACCUCAUGUUUCACUAACAGAAGGUUCAUUGGUCUCUUUUGUUUCAAUCAAAUUACCAGGAGUGGGGUUCGAACCCACGAGGGCUGAUGCCCAUUGGAUCUUAAGUCCAACGCCUUAACCACUCGGCCAUCCUGGUGCUGCUUCAACUGCAAACUGCUAGAACAAUACACAAAUGCGAACCAUCUUUGCAAUCAGACCGAAAUGCUAAGGCAGAAAAACUGCAGUGCACAUACAAGAUACACAAGAACUCUGAUUGUAUUUCCAUGAAGUAAUGUUAAAGAAUGUUCUUCCUUGAGCUGUGAAACUCCUCUACACUUGGUGAUCGACUCGUCAGGGCUCCCCCUACAAACAAGCAGCUGCUGGAGGACAGUGGGUGAGUUGUGUUUAGUCUCUUUACUAAAGAAACCAGGCAAAGCUAAAAAGAUGCUUGAUGGCUAGUACUAUGGCUGGGACCCUAUAUGUACUGUUGAUGAAGUUAGGUGCUGUUAGCAUUAUUUGUGGCUAUAGAGUGGCUUUUUGGUUGAGGUUUGCACGACGUAGACUGCUGUGUAUUGCUAUCGUGCCAUCUUUGCUUAAGUUGGUAUAACUAGAGAGGCAAGCAAUCCGCAACAUUCGUCCAUUGAGGGGGUGUUUAACUCAGUGUUAUGGUGUGUAUGACCAUAACUUGAAUUAACGCUGGAAUAUCCCUUUAAUAUAAAGGAAUGUUCAACUAUUUUUAGCUGAUAUUAAAGGACAUAAAACAUAAUGAUUUAAAACCAGAUAAAAAAUUAUAUAUUGUUCUUGUAUUUUGAUAUAUGGCUAGCGAACUCUCACAUCCAACAAAAGAUGAACAUUGUGCACUCUCCUAAAGUCUCUGUAGAUUUUUGUACAUCUGCAGUUUAACUUAUCAAAGCUCACAUCAAAUAAAAACCUUGAUUUAACAGCUAAAACUGAUGUUUUGCUAAUCAAACUGCUCACUUUUGAAGCCUGUGAGCACACUUCAACUGAGAAUCAUUUUAAACAUUUAAGUUAACUUGCAAUCGAAUCAUUACAUUACAUAACUGUGUGCAUCAUUACAUGACUGCGGCUCAUCACCUGAAUAUUAAUGAGUGUAAUCAGUGUGCGCUGACUCCACCAUAUGCAUAGCAGCACAUAACUGCUACAAGAAUCUAUACCAUGAAAGCCAAACACUGUUAACCCUGUACAGUCAUUUUCACACUUCAGCUGACUAUGUGUGUGUGUGUCUGUCUGUGUGUGCAUGCUGGCGUGUGUGUUUGAGUGUCCCCCUCCUGGAUUUGGGUUGUUGAUGAUGAUUUGAAGUGUCAGGUUUCAUUUACACCUGUCCUUGCCAGAGACUCUGUGAAAUUAAUUGAGCCAAACAUUAAUUUGCCUAAGGUUUUUCAAAAUGUCCGUCCUGUCAUUAACAUGCCUCACAUCAAAGCUUGUGGAGUUUUCUUUUUUCUCUUUUCCAGAGUACUGUAAAAUAUCUGUGCGUGACUAUGUGAGAUUAAAAGAGAGAGACAGAGACGGAUGUUUAAACUCAUCCCCGGAAAGUGCUGCAGUAGUUGAUUACGAGGUUUCUAAAGAGGUCUGUAUGCUGCUUUGAGGGGGGAAUGGUUUGUUCUGUUGUGAGGAUUAUUAAAUAGUCCAUCUGACAGUACAGUAAUAAAGCAAUUAAUUAUUUGCUGCUGCACUCCCUGUACAAUACUAAUUAGCUCUUUGCACAGCAUCUGCCCAUCAGAAUUACUACAAUAAAAUCUGGCACUUCAUUUUCCAAGUGUCACAGUUGCUGGGGGAUUUAUCAUCAGUGUUGGAGGAAAGCAUAUGAUCUGUAAAUAAAGAAUCUGGAUUUUAAGACAUAUUGGACGGAUUCAUUCAUUUGGAAAUGGAUGAAUCUACAGGCUUACAGUUUGUUAGCUCGGGCAUGUGCCUAUACAGAUUUUUGUCUAACAUGGUGGAAGUUGUGUUAAUCAGCAGGAGUGAGAGACUACAUCAGUUCAGCAAUGGGUCUUCAAUUAUUUUACUCCCUGUGCCAAAAAAAUAUUUCAAUUUAAAAGUAGUGAUCUCUCCGAACUCAUUUCACUCCCGGCUCCACUCACCACAUCCUUACUUCAUGACUCCUCAAGAUGGUGCUAUUCAAAUCAAUCCUAAAUGUUACUUUAUAGGGGUAUUUUGUAUUCCUGAAUGAAUCUGACACCAUGGGGUAUCAUUGUAUUAUUGUCUUAUCAUUUGAAUACUACUCCUGACUAACCGUAUUGAUGUUGCGGACAGCGUAUCUACUAUUGUAACAUCCACUAGUGUAUUGUAUCCUAUCGUAUCAUGCAGUGUUGUAUUGUAUCUUAUCAUUUUUUAUCACUGGUAUUAUAUACUAUUGUAUUGUUACAGACUAAAUCAAUUAUAUUGAAUCAUAUCUUGUUGUAUCUAUUGAACUGUACUGUAUUAAAUCAUAGCACAUAUCUAUCAUAUCGCACUGUUUUGCAUUGUAUCAUUCUGUAUCAUAUCGUAUUGAAACAUCUCACAACAUAACAUAACACAACACAAUAUAACAUGACAUGACAUAACAUUUCAUAUUGAUUAUAUUGUUCUGUAUCAUAUCAUAUCAUAUGUAUUAAUUGCACUGUUUCAUAUCGCUUCAUAUUGAUUGUAUCGUAUUGUGUAUAUUGUAUUGUAUCAUAUAACAUCAUAUGUAUUGAUUGUACCCAUAGACUGGGCAUAGAGUGGACAUCAUCUGCCUCCUUCCUGGGUGAAGCCUCUGCAAGAACAGCACCCCCUGGUGAUUGGUUGCAGUAUGGGUCAUAAACCCAGCCUCCUCCAGCAAAACAGAGGGAGCUGCAGGCAUAAUUAAAACAUCAUAUUUUCUAAGAUUGACGCUUGAUACAGUCAAAGGGGCGUAUGGAGAUUGCAUAGGAUAUCCAGGAUCUCUGCUGUUUAAGCAAAGCGUCAUCAAAACGUUCUCCCGCUGAAUGCUACUAUGCAAAUGCCAGUUUCAGAAAAUGUAAAAAAUUCCCAGAAAUACUAGGAGCAAUACGGCUUCUAGAUGGAGGUGGAAUAAAGUUGUCCAUACUGCAUACAGUCUAUGAUUGUACCAUACUGUAGGAUGACAAGAUGUCUUCUAUUUUCAAGGACAGUCCCAGUUUUCAAUGACCCUUCCCCAGCUAAAGCUGUCCCCUGAAAUGUCCCCUAUUUUAGCUUGUCACAAAUGAGAAAAAUGAGAAAAAGUAGCACAGGAAUGAGUAAAAAAAUGCGUAUAGACUAGAUAGCUGGGCAGGUAGGAAGCACAAGAGAGCAUGUAGCACGCAGUCCUCUCUGAAUCGAUGACUUAAUGUUGUAAAGAUGGUUCGCAUUUCCGUUUUGCUUUAGCAAUAUGAAGCCAAUAAAGCAACAGGAUGGCCAAGUGGUUAAGGUGUUGGACUUAAGAUCCAAUGGACAUCAGUCCUUGUGGGUUCAAACCCCAUUCCUGGUAAUUUCAUGAUAACAGAGAGAACAAUAAUCCUGGUAGUGAACCAGAGUCAGUUGGCCUGGACACCUGUGGCUGAUUCACUGGUGUCAGUCAUCUCCCAAACAAAAGGUUGAGAGAUUAAUGCCAAAAACUACCCAGUGGUUUUGAUUGCUUGUUGCUUUAUAUAUAUAUAUAUAUAUAUAUAUAUAUAUAUAUAUAUAUAUAUAUAUAUAUAUAUAUAUAUAUAUAUUUGAUAAAUAACACUGUAGACAUCAACAUGUACAGCACAUGUCAAUCCUCCACCCGAAGUUGUCUUUGGAACCAAAGGAGUUGAAGGCUGGAGAAAAUUGUUUUUAAAAAAAAAAAAUAUAUAUAUAUAUAUAUAUAUAUAUAUAUAUAUAUGUUUGUUUGUUUUUUCAAACACAGUACACUGAUGUACAAUUUUUGUAUUUUCUUGUGAGUUUCAACCUCCUGGGCUUGAAAAACAGCAGUCCCUCAAGCAUCAGCUUGGGGCUUGCUCUAAAAACCAAGGUAACUCUACUCUGUCUUAUAUUAAAGUGCUUAUUUUUACAACAGUGAUAAAGAUGUUUGCAGCCUGGUAAACAGGCUGCAAUCUUCUGUUUAUACACAGUGUCCAGAAGUAGUUUUCCAUAUACCCCCUACACAUAACAAGGACUGACAGUUUCCCUCCGCUGUUUAUGGCUGGUCAAAUAAGUCAUGGAAAAACAGUAAUAUUUCAGAAUAAUUCAGUCAUGGAGAAAAAUGUUCAUUUCUGUCUAACUAUGUUUUGACACAGAUACUUUUCUGUGUGUGGCCAGUGGUCACAGAGCUGUGUGUAUCCAGAACUGUUAAUGAGGUAAUGCCCCACUGCAAACUGUGACCUAGAUUUAUAGUCUAGUCCAGUACUGACCUGUCACACCAUUACAGCUUUCACCCUGGCUCUUCCCAAGCUGAGAAAAAGUAAAGAAUAAAAAGAUCGAACCCUCUGUCUGCCCAACUUUUUAUUACAGUUUGAUUCAAUAGGGAAAAACAAGGAGUUGGGAGUUUUAUAAUGAGAUGGAGCAGGAAAGGAUGUGAUUAAAAACAAGAACCUCUUUGAUGUUUCUCUGCAGACUUUCUGGAUGGUGAUGAAUGAGUUAAAGACACGAUGACAUGCGUAGAACUGCAUCAAAAGCCAGAUUGAUAUGAGAGCAUAAUCAGCUAGAUAUACCAUAAUAUUUUGUUGAUGUAAUGCCUGAAACUGCUGUCACAGGGUGAGUGACAGAUGAAUUGAAGAAUUACAUGCUGCCAAACAGUUUUAGUUAAUAUUGUCCGAAGCAGAAAUACUCCAUGAGUAUGGUUUCAACCUAUGGAGAGAUUGUUGACACCUAAUCCCUGUUUAUUUCAUUGAACAGAGACUAAAUGCUGCUGUUUAUUUCACAUAAAUUAACCUCAAAGGUAUACAGAGCAACACCAGACUCCAUGAUCAUGUAACUACAUGCCAGCAUGUGUUCACAUUCACUCGUUCCAUCCAUUAACCAUAUAACCGUUUAGCGCCCUCGAAUCUUGGUUACAGUGUAUGAAUGUUGAAUUAAGUUCAGGCAGGCAGAAGUGUUGUAGAAAAUGCAUAUCAAUGACUAAAGUACAAAACUUGCCUCAAAUAGUCUCUGAGGCAGGGAGGAAGACACAGAGGUGAGAGCUCAUAACAAGCCAGACUCAGGUCAUGUAGAGCUAUUUAUAGCUGUAUUCUAGACAUGAUAAUUUUAUUGCAAAAGGCAUUUAUCUUAAGUAAAAAAAUAAAUAAUCAUAAUGUGUUCCCAGCUGCUAAAGAGGAUGAAUAUCCUCAUGAAUGUAUGUAAAUCUAAAAAUGCUAAUUGUGUGAGCAGGGAGCACAUGUAAGUCUGUUUUCAGACUAAUAUGUGAUUUAUGACAGUUUUGCUUUACUUACAUAUCAGUCAUUCUUGUUUUUUUAUGAAUACCAGUCAAAAUCCUGCCUCAUGUCACCCUUUUACGCAGCAUAGUGGAUCAUUGAGUGCACUGUCACACCUCUGAUUGACAACAAUUCUGCUAUGCACAAGUACUUCAAUCUAACUGCACACAUUUGUAACGCAAAGAUCAGACCACACAGUCUUUUUGUCUUUUACUGGGUGAUCACAGAGCCUUAAAUUUGUGCAGUGACUUGACUGACUGAAAUAACAGACUACAGAGUGGUACGCAACCGAUCAUCAUGACUGACAUGAUGACACUGGGCUAGGAAUGCCUGUGAUUGUUGAAGUGUAUCUGCAGUGUUUCUCUCUCCAGCAUUUGUCUCUUGUCAGGCCGAUGUGAUCGUUCUUUGACGAUUGUAAAGAGAGCUUGAUCAACUUUUCCUCUCUUUCAUAGUCACAUCUUACAUCACCAACUUUGUCAUUUCUCUUUCUGUCCUAAGGUCAUCAGGCAACCCAGAUGUGGUCUUGAAUGCCUUUCACUGUGACACACUUCACGGGCUAUUAUCAUGUUUUUAGUGCAUAACUUGUUGGUAUAUAAGUUAUUGAAUUGCUAGUUAUUCAAAAAGAUAUAAAUGGUACCCGUUUGUACUCAGGGGAUGUGAAACUUGUCACAAACCAAAAGUUUCUCACAGGAGCUUUAAUGUCAAAACUUGUGAAUGCAAGAGACUUUGCAAGUAUGGGAUCAUAAAAGAGUAGGUCAAGAUUUAUAAAGGAAAUAAGUGAACUUUAUCAAACUUAUUGCCUUAAUUCUAGGCUGAGUGCUGGAUAUGAAUCACUGAGUAUCUGAUUAAGCAUUUGGUCAGUCCACAGAAUCAAAUUAAAGAAGCAACAAAACUACCAUCUUGGCUUAAAAACUGAUCAAAGUACAUGAAAAUACCCUUUAAAGAACUAUCCCUGCUACCUGGGUUGUACUUCUUACAAAACCAGAGAACGUUUUUGAACAAAAUUUUGAAGAGAAAGAGAAAGUGAGUUUUCAAAUUUGGGUGACAGAGGAUGAAUUGUGGAUGAAGACAACAAGAUGAAUGUGGUCAUCUCUUAGUGAAUAUGUCCUACAUGAUGCUCUGUGGUAGGGGCACUAAUAUGCGCCCUGUUUUGCCCAGGAAGAAAAUAUUGUUUGCCCUCAGACAUCCACCUGUCUGACCUGCUGACCAUGAUGCUACAUUGGCAGCCGUGUCAGAGCCUGACCUUGGUGACUUCCACCAGCCUGAGCAGUCCGCCUCUGCAACCCACAGACAUAAGUUUUGUCUCACUGAGCUUGUCUGCCAUCCUUCUGCUCACCCUCACCACACUCAGUUGUCUUCACAUUUUGCUGCUUUCACUCCCCCAGGGCGUCUUAUGUUUUUUUUUAUUCUUUACAGCUUUGCUGUUUUUUUUUCUCACAUUGCUGCUCAGACAGUCAUGUCUUUCCUUCACUCCAGCUCCUAUUCCUCUGCUGCUUUUUGCAGACUUACCCCGGUGGGCCUCGGCGGGCAGCAGGCGAUGACAGUUGUAUUAGCAGUCGAUUGUGAGGUCACUUUGGCUCAGCCCCACUGAGACUCAACAGCACUGUGUGAGCCACAGAAACAAAGAGAGAGGGGUGGCAAAUGGAAAAGAUUGAAAAACAUAAAGAGAAAGGUAAAAACUGUAUAUUGAUAGCAAUAAACUACAGUCUCAUCACUGUAUACAGAGCAGAAAGAGAGAAAAAAUGAUGAAAAUUGAGCUGAGAUGAAACAGAGGUAUGAGUGGAAUCAAAUCCGGAGAAGGCAUCAGAGGUAAAAUAAGGUGAAUACAUUAACUUCAAGAGCACUAAAUGUUUGAUUUCCUGCUGUUUAAAAGGAAAGUAAAAAUCAAACCCUUGCAGCUUGGAUGAUUUUCAUGACAUGAUCACUGAACUCCACCUACGCAUGUUUAUGUUUAUUUGCUGACGUCCUUUCAGCUUGUCUAAGGGUAGCGAGAGACUGAGUGUGGGUGUUGAAAUCUAAUAGAGAGGACCCCUCGAUGUCUUGAUUGACAUUUAAUCGUCAUGGCAACUAGUGGGCUGAGAGUGACUGCUCCCCUGAGAGCUUUUAGUCGCCUGGUCGUAAGAAAGAAAAAGAAGGGGACUGAGGAGUUUCUAAUUGAAGCUCCUCGUCUGUCGUGUUCACAGUUUGUUUCGUCUGAGUCUGGAGGAAAAAUGAACCUCCUCAACUCUCAUGUAGAUACUCAACUGCCAGCUGCAGACUGCUAUCCAAAUGCUGCAGUGAUUUAAUCGGUCUGUUUCAGUGCUUGUAUCUCCUACUGCCUUGUUGUUAUAACAACAAACAACCUUGCAGUAACAGUUUUUAUGUGACUGUGAAGACUUUCUAAAUUUCUCCUUUGUUUUACUUUCUAUGAAUCACUUUUAACCUCUCCCCUUGGUGCCUUUGUUCAUUCUCUCUGUGUAAAGCGCAUGUAUAUUUUAUAUUUUUGGUCGUUAAUUAUUGUAAUCUACUUUAUUACUCAAAGUCUUUGUUUACUUCCCACAGUGUUUUAAAUAUCUGUCCCCACCUGCUCCUACACUGAUUUCAUUUUGCUUCAUGGUUAUGAUUUCUGCAACCUAUUCAAACUUUCUGAUAAAUUAAGAAGUGAGUGUAAGGAGCUUGAGCCUGCAGUUAAAUGAUCCAUGAGGUUUAUUUUCCCUGUGUAUCAAACAGAUUAAACCAUGAUCAAUCACAGAAAGGUCCCAGAGUUACAGAAGUUUUCCCUUUCUGACUAAAAGCUGAUGAAAACUAUGGAUGACAUGACAGCUCUGAAUGAAAGAAGCCAAUAAUAUAAGGAACUGGCACUGGUGGUGACUGGCUUUUGUAUAGAUCCAUUGACUGUAUAUAGAAUGGACUCUGUCUGCCUCCUCACUGGGUGAAGCCACCACGAGAACAGCACCCUCUGGUGACGGACUGCAGUAUAGGUCAUAAAUUCCGCCUCCUCCAGCAAUCCCUAUGGAGCUGUGGACGAACUUUGCAGAAAUGUGUAGAAUUAGAGAGUGGCUAAUUUGACUGACAGUCAGGAGUACUUAGCUGUUUGCCAGGGAGCUCGGUUAGGUUGAUUUAAAGUUAGGUUAAUUAGCUUUUCUAACAUGAUGACUGCCAUCGUUUGGCUCCAUGACAGUCUUCAGAGAGUCUUUAUGAAACUGAGACUACAUCCAGUCUCUGGUCAGUGCCUGUGCAGAUACAAUGUCAAGUUACAGCUGAUACCAGAGCAAGUUUCUGUGGUAGAUGUCGGGUUCAAAGCAGCAACACGUUGUAUUCACACCCUCUGUCUCCCAGAUGGUGUUUGUCUCUGUGUUGUGAUCUUGUUUGGUACAGUGUUGACUCAUAUCACUGUCUCCUUUCGCCUGUACUUUACCUCUGUCCCACUUUAAGUCUGCCUCUUCUUUGUUUCAGUCCCCGCUCUCUGACACCCGUCUCCUCGUGAGCUCCCCACAAAGUGUGGGAUCCACGUGAAUUGUUGAGCAAACAGCGAUACGAGCAGCAGCUCUUGUGUUUGUGGAAGAAGAGGGGAAGGCGGACGGGUGGGCGGACGGGGAAUCCCUAAGAAUCAGAGCUGUAAGGCAGUGUUUGUUUUCUACAUCUGCUGUGUGUGCACCAGCAUUUCUUACACAUCCUCCUCCAGUUUCAUCUGAUCUGCAGGUAUCACUGAAUGCUGGUGUCAGAAAACUCACACAAGAGUCACAUCCAGUAACCAUAGCACCCAUUGGUAAGCUCAAAUCCCCCUGCUGGGGUCCAAGUGUGGGGGCGUAUCGAGCCCUCUGCAGAUGGUGUCAUUCCAAAGCGCCACUCGGCAGGGGUCCACUCAACUUAUUGGAUUCGGGGUGGGUGGAUUUCACGGUUUGCACAAGAUGUUUUGUCUUAGUGCGCUUAUUCUGAAGGGUGAUGAAAGGAAAGAGCCUCCUGCUAAGCUGCACCGUCCUCCGCUCGAGGGACAGAUCUGCUCUGCAAAAUAAUGUCAUGUAGCUUUUACAGAUUUCUUUUAUUUUUAUUCAAAACACUGUGUGAUAUUCUGUAUACUUCAUUUUUUACAGACAAGACCUUAACAGGUUAGAAAAGUCAAUAUUAAAUGCAUUAAUUCUUGCACUCGGUUUCUCUCACUACAGCUGGAUUUUGAGGAGGAUUUCAGGGAGAGUCAAAUUCACAAGUUAUAAUGCAGGCUGGUUUUGGUGUCGUUUUUGGCAUUUUUAGAGGAGAUGAUGGCCUCCUAAUGAUGCUCCCUCUCUGGAUCAAUGUGCGGAGGUUGGCAGGCUGUAUUAAUGACCUACAUAACACAUCCCUGCAGCUUAGUCUUAUUUCAUUUUUUCUUAAGUAUACCACAACUAUAUCAUCAGAGUGGAGAGUGCGUGUGAAUAUCUUACGACUGGACACUUACUUUUUGGCUCCACCCAUCAUUACAUGGCCUCUUUUCUUCUUCUUGGCUGUCAGGUAUCAUUCUGGUUACUGGCAGCUCCUCUGAGAAUUGAGGGAAAGAGCUGUGCGUAAGGCCCUGAGGCGGAGACGUUACUGAGCCAGUUCUCCUCUCCUGCCAGGAAAUUAUAGUUUCUCUACGAGCGUCUCAGUCGAACACAGUCUCCUGGAGACAGAGGAAAUUGACAAAAGCAGAGGGAGCACAAGUUAAAGAGAUAAUAGUGGACUUAUGACGCAUUGUUUGGGUCCAGCACAUGCCAACCUCAUCUUACAAUGAUGCAGCACUUUUGGUGAAGUUGUUGGUCUGUCCACCAUGUUUUUAAAAACCCUUACAGCCCUUAACAAAAAUGAGUUGACCCUUUGCAAGGAGUAGUAUCAUCAAAGUUUAUUUUAUUAGGUAUGCUUGAGUAUAAGUAUAUCAAGCAUACUACCGACCAUGUACUUUUGGUGUAUUACAAUGUAUACUAGUAUCAUACUUUUCCAGACUAAAUUGGAACAUUUUAAGUUUUUCAAGAGUAGUAGAUAUUUGUAUACUUGAAGUACUCUUGACCUUUACUACUCUUGAGUAAACUCUUAAAAAGAUACAUGGAAGUAUUCAAUGACGAAGUAUACUUAUACCCAAGCCACAUACUUAUGUAUAUCUUGAACAAAAGUUUAUGUCUAAGUACAGGUUAAAUAUAUUUAGAGUUUUAGUAUAAUUCUUAAAACAAGCCAAAUAUAUAACAUUAACUUUGUUAAGUAUAUCUCUGAAAAGUCCACAAAAAGUAAACUGAGAGCAUACUCAGUUUAAAAACAGUAUACUUGACGUACACUUAAACAUACAUCUUUUUGUUAAGGGGAAAGCAAACUUUAAGGGCUGGUAUGAAUACUGUGAGUCUCAAAACUAAACUGGCUUUUAACUUGACGAUUUCGUAACUGACUGCCAAAGUAAGCAUGGAGGAUAGAGGCCGGUGCUUUCAGUUACUGUGAGGAAAAAAAGGCCUCUGAUGUGGGCUGCUGUUUCUCUAUUCAACAGGAAUUUACUCAAAGUAGGAUCUGCCUUCACCAGAUCCUCUUAUGUUUGAAGAGCUAAUUAAUAAUGACUCAGUGGUGGAAGAAGAGCCUUUUGUGUAUACGAAGAGAUGCAAUUUUUGUCUGGCCUCAUAAUGACUGUAUUAUAUGGAUUCAAAAUGUACCUCAAAAGACAGGGUUGUGCUUUUCUCGGUAUAUUCACGAUUUACCAGACUCAUAAAAACCUGGGUAACAGUUAAAGACUGUUUGCUCUUUCAAAUGGUUGUCAUGAGUCUUAACUAUCAAUUGAGUGUGCUGUUUAUGUUAAAAGGAAGACUUUUUUCAAAUUAUGCAAAACAUCACGGGAAGUCGAGGAACAAAGCAGUUGUUGCCACACUGCGAGUGCGUCUUUUUUUGUGUCUUUUAUAAAAGCUUUGACAACAUUAGGUAAAAAGACAGAAGGAGAAAAGAUGAGAACAAAAGGAAAGUACAGAUAUUUGAAGGGGGGAAAUAGAAAACUGGGAGCAGAGAGUGGAAGGAAAAGAAAUAAAACAGUGGAGGUAAUAACACAGAUGGGUUCAGAGCAGGUCACAAGCAGAGGAGCCAUGAAAGAGACUCUGUAAAGCGUCUCUGCCCAUGCUUUACGCAAAGGGGUUUUGAUCUCUGUCUGCAGGCCUCAUGAAUGACUACUGAUCUUGCUGUGAGUUUUUACUUUUAAAGCUUGCUUCCACAUCUUUUUACAAUGUCUACACAGCAAGACUUGACCUGGUUAAAGCCGUCCCUGUCUGUGUUGUAAAAUGAGGUAUUUAUUGAUUUAUUUAGACACUACAUGUCUAGCCUUGAGGAUUGUAAGUCCUUAAUAUUGGCAGUGUUAUUACAAGAUAAGAUAGUACUGUAAAUCCACUGCUGGUGGAGGAUGACUAGACAAUUUUUUACAUGGAUGCUUCUGUAGUUACAAGCUGAUCUUUUAAAUUUUUUAAAAUGCUGAUCUAUUAAAAGGAAAGUUGAAGUACUUAAAAUUUUUUAACCAAACUAGCCAUGUUUAGAUGUACAAAAUUUCUUGAUCUGAUUAAAAAUUUGAGGGAUUGGGAAAUCUGAAUCCACUCUUUAUAUGGGUGUAAAAUCUAACAUGAUCAUGACGUGCAUAAAACAACUGCAGAAGAAAAGUUGCAUUGAUGCCUGUGCUAUCAACAAACCAACAAAUGCAGUGGUGGCUCACUUCAUCCAAUUCAAGACUUUUCCCCCUGCUAACUGUUGUCACUAGACGGUCCCUUACUUAUUUUACUGUUCUGUCAAAGGUUGUACUGUGCGUGCAGAUAUGACAUCCUUACGCUGUAUGUACGCCUUGUUAUGUUAAUGGAGGAGCAGGCGCAGCACUCCGGCAUGAGUGUUAAUAAUAAAACCUCUUGUACUGGCCUCAACACAUAAGCCACAGGCUAAAGAAUGAAGACCAAGUCAGGUUACUUUUACCCAUACACUGUAAAUACUAUGGACAACUUGGUUCCGCCUUCCGUCAGUGUACAAAACCGAAUUUCUCUCCACUUCCUGAAACCAACCAACAUUGCACAGUAGUGUUAUACACUCUACCACUUGCGCAGUAGCAUUGUAUGCAUUUGGCGGGAGAGUUGCAGAGAGUCGCUGUGACGACACUCUGCUUAAAUAGCAUAUCCCCCGGGUGACCUACACAAUCUUCAUACACCCAUAGGCUGUAUCAAGUGUUAAUCAUAGAAAACAUAAACCCCCUAAUAACUUUGCCUGUCACAAGUGGGUGCUGUUCUCGUGGUGGCUGUACCCAGUGAGGAGGCACAUGGUGUCCGUUCUAUAGUCCAUAGUUUUACCCAAACAGAGAGUCAUGAUCAAAGUAAGUGUUUACAUGGACGUGUUUUGGAAUAAUGAUCGGCAUAAACCCCCCCACUCGAUCGGAAUACAAAUUGUUUCCAAUUGAGCCAAAUGGAUCAGAGUUUUCUGAUCAACAUGUUUAUAUGACGCUUUUUUAUUCCGAUCAGGCCUUUAUUCUGAUUAUUUGUGCCCAUGUAAACGUAGCAGUUUGCAAAGUAAAAAUUUACUGUCCUCUGUAUCUUUGUCUCAUUCCCUUUUGCAAGAGUUGGCGACAAAAAGGCCUACUUUUUUUUUUACUUUAGUACUGUAUUUAGAGACAUUUGCAGUUUCUAAAAUCAUAAAUGGCAAGUGCUCCAGUCCAUAAAGUAACCUUUCUUAGCAGCUGCUUAUGCAGAGUUUGGCCAAAAAUAGCUCAUCCCAAACCCUCAACUUGCAGCGAUACUGUAAACCACAGAUUCAUGCACACAGAGGGGUUGAAAAUAUCUUUCCAGCUUAUAUCCUCAGAGACAUCUCUUGUUCCUGUGUGUCCUGUGGAUGAGAUAAGGUUUGAACUGGGCGGACCCUGGUCUAACUCAGGGUCACUGCACAGUCUCACAAGGUGAGCAACUGGCAUUAAAGCCUCUGCUAACGACUUAUUGACUGUGUGGCUCUGAGCAUGCUCCAUCCAGAGGGCUUCAAAGGUAGAGCUGGCAACGCUGUGAUGUGUUGUUCGAUGGGACAAGACUGUUUGAAGUCAACUCUGCCUUGUCUUGCACUUCGACACUGUGGAGCUAAGAGUAAAAAUAGAAAGGGCAAGAAAACACAAGCCUGUGAAGUUGUACAGAAACCUUUGAGCUGCACAUCCUGUCAUAGAGAGGGUGUAUAGGAGAAAUUCUCUGUCAAAAAAGCUAUAUGCUGUGAGCCACAUAUAUAUUUAACCUUGUACUGUGCUCUGUGUGUCUCUUUUUUUCAGAGUUCACUCCACUUCCUGCAGUGUGUUUGUGCGUGCCCAUAUUUGUGGACCAUAGUGUGUGCUUUAUAGUACUGCUUUCUUUAAGGAAGCAACCCAACCAUAACAUAUUGAGCCUUUCUGAGGGCAUUUCGCUCUCUUGUGCGCCUCCUUUGAUGGAAGUGUGUCACAGACUUGAAAUGCAGCCUUUUGAUGUGGUUGGAUGUGAACUGAGGAGGCCACCUGGGUACACUGAUAAACAUGCGCACACAAACUUGCUAAUUAUCCACUCCCAGAUGUUUAGUUUUGGGAUGUGUUGCAACCCUGGCACUGAGGGAGUACAUCCAUUGGGACGACGUCAACAAAAUCAGGUUACAUGAAUUAGCUUUUUCAUUAGCUGGGACCCACUUAGGCUCCCAUUUCCUCUCCUGUCUGUGAGGUUUACGCAGAGUAUCAUCAGGCUCUGGUCAGAUGUUUAAGAAGUUUAAGGCAGGAAUAUGAUAAGCGAAAAAGAAAUGUUGGUUUAGGUCAGGAAAAGGCCAAGAUCAUAAAAAAGAGCAGGACAGACUGAAAGCUGGUCAUCAUACCUGAUAUCAAGUCAAUCCAAAAUAAGCUUUUAAUACAAUUAGCUUGUAUUGUACUCUUUCAGGGACCCUGUUUGCCAAUCUUCAAAAUCCUUGGUGAUUUGUUUGCUGAUGGUUGACUCUUUGAAACAAAAUGUCAAUAUGUUUGGGCCUUGAGUUACAAAUGCACCAUUUAUCGUAGAAUUGUUGUCUCAGUUUAUAAGCAGGUAUUUGAUUAGAUAGAUGGAUCAAAAGCUACAUUUCCAUUGGCGGGUUCCAGGGUUUCUUUACAAAGUAGGCUUUCACUAUUUGCACCCUGAAGAGUGUUUUCCUUCUUACAACUGAGACCUGAUCUCAUGUGACAGCUUUUCUUAGACACAGGUAAGGCUCCAAGGAAAAAAGGUUAGGAACCACAGGUCUAGAUGUCCUAAAAUUUGCCCUUCUUUUGCAGCUAGAAAACCUCUCUCGUUUAUUGUGUUUGAGGAUAUCAGUGAUUCUCCUCUUUAGGUCAGAAAAUAAAAAAAAAUAAAAAACUUUCCUCUUUUGCCUCACCCUGGUUGGGGUGUGGCAGGGUUAAGGAAAGAUCAGAAGACUGUAUUUACUAAGGACAACUUGGUUCCGCCUUCCGUCAUUAUACAAAUUUAAAGCCAAAUCGCUCUCAGCAUUUCUGGGAUUUUUUAACUUCUUGGAACAACCACUUGUGUAGCAGCAUUGUACGCAUUCAGCGAGAGAGUCGCCUAAGAAUCAUUGCGAUGACCCUCAGCUCAAACAGCAUAUCCCCCGGGUGAGCUACACAAUUUUCGUACGCCCAUAGGCUGUAUCAAGUGUCAAUCAUCGAAAACAUGAACCCCCUAACAACUUUUAAAAAUGGAGCUGCACAGAAAAAAAGAGGACUUGAGCACAAACCAGUCUUACAGUAACUACAUGUCAACAUCACAAGCAGGGGAGAGAAAAAUUUAUAUUCUGUUUAAUCAUUUCUAAAGUUUGUCCAUAGCUCCAUAAGGAUUGCUGGAGGAGGCGGGAUUUAUGACUAAUGCUGCAGCCCGUCACCAGAGGGUGCUGUUCUUAUGGUGGCUUCACCCACCAAGGAGGCAGACGGCGUCCAUUCUAUAUACAGCUUAUGGUUCAAACUGAACCAAGUUUAACAACUAGGACAAAUCGGCACUUACAGCCCGUCGUAAAAGGGUGGGAUGUAAUUCCUGUGGCUUCAUAUUUUUCCUAAGUUCUUCUUCUUCUUCUUCUUCUUCACUCAGAUCACUUCUGUGCAUACCUCGGCGAUAAUAGCACAAUAUAUUAGCAGCACAAUAUAAUAGCAACCAUAAAGGUGGUAUAUUAGCUUCACUUUUCACAGUGGGAGGAGAUGAGCACAAGAUAUCUACUAAUUUGGCUUUUAAAAAAAAGUCCUUGUGAAUAAAUUACAGUACACAACUUCUUAACAGUGUCUGACUGGUACCAGCAGUUGUCUGAAAUAUAACAGAUGGCUGUAAUGAUGACACAGUUGCGUGUAGUUAACACUUGCUGGGGCAUGUAAAACAACAAGGUUUGUGGAUGUUGAUUUAAUCUGUUAGCUGUGAGUGUUUUUCUCUCUUGGUAGGAGCAGAAUCCUUGAAAUACAGCCAUGUCUCAAACUUUAACUUGUUUCUCUCUCCAAACACUUCAAAUACAGUGUGAUGGAAGCUCAAAGAGGAGAGUUUUGUGGGGAUUUCACCUCUGAAGGCCUCCUGAGUAAGACACCCCAUCACUUCUGCUUUAGCUGUCCACUUUAGAUAUAGAUCGACAUUCCCCGUGUCAGGGACAAGCACCUGAGCCCAUGGUGGAGACAAAGAUGUCAACGCUUCCUCACUCUUCCCUUUUCUCUGUCUGUGUCUCUCACUCUGUCACUGUCUGUCCCUCUGUAAGUUCCAUGUGCUUCCAGAGUGUGCUGAUAUUGACAGCUUGUUUUCCUCACAAAGUGCUGAAUUUUCAAGAGACUGUCGCUUCCCAUUUGCUAUUUAAUAUUUCAGUGUGUCGUGUUUCUGAGUGUUGUUGCAACAGGGAUUGAGGCGUCUGUGACUUGCAUUAAAGGAGUUUGUUUGCUGUAUGUGGAGGCUGAAGUGAAAAGUUUGAAUAAAAAUUUAGUUUAUUUUGGAAAACUCUGUAUUUUAUUCCUCUGGAAAUAUAUCUUAUUAUUACUGAAAUUCAAGCUAGCAGUUUUAGGGUUGGCAGCACGCAUGGUGUUUCAGCCCCGCCCCUCUGAGUGAACCUGAUAUCUUCAUGAAGCUUCAGACAAUCAAAUUUGUGAUUUUUGUAAUAAGUUUUAUUUUAAUCAGAGGUACUCAAGUGUAGGCUCCUGAAAUGUGGUGAGCAGACAGUGUGGCGAGACUUAAAGCCAAGGUUUGUGGCUGGGAGUUGAACCAGCUACCCCUGCGACAAAGACUGCAUUUGGAUAAAGGCACCGAAAGUACACAUUUGGCAGCUUGCAAGAAGUGGUGCUAAAAGAGUAAGGCCAUGGGCAGUUUGGCUAGCGGUCACAUAAGCUGACACCUAGGUCUAUGAAGCGUGCAAUCCCGGUUCAGUUCCAGUGAGGGGUGGACUGGGUUGGUAAUAAGGGCUGGGUGUUGGACUCCACCCCAGGUUGCUCUGUCCACAUGAACCAUUUACUGUUCUCUUUUAGCUCUACAUUUUUACAUUUAGUUAAAACAGUUGCCACCAUGGUAUAAUAACUCAAAUGUUCCUUCAUCUGUUUCGAUAUUGCACUCCAGAGAAAUAUACCAAUUAAGAGUAAGUACAACACAAGCAAAGAUCUAGGGAGAAGAAAACAAUAUGAGUAAGUGCCACAAACUGCUAUAAAGUGCAACUUUACAAUGCGCUUUUUUGUUAUACUGUAUCAUCCUCAUCAUCACCUUAUCAACUAAAACAAACCAUCAGUCAUGUAAAGUCACAAUGACACAGUAAUCAUCAUCAUCCUUUGUGGUGGCAGAGUACACCAUGCAAAAGUCUUUCACUGGUACAGUGGCCAGGAGGAAAGACCUGCUUAUAGGCCAGCAGGUAGGUAGGUAGGUGCAGCUUUGUAAAAAAGUUAGGUUUUAUAUUUGAUGUGUGCUGCUACUGGAAGCCGGUGAAGAGAGAUGAACAGUAAAGCGACACGUGCCGUUUUGGGUUUGUUGAAAACCAGAUGGGUUGCUGCGUUCUGGGUCAUCUGCAGAGGUUUGUCUGUGCGUGACAGGAGGCCUGCCAGUAAGGAGUUGCAUGGCGUGACUAUAUUCUGAAUCCCCAAAAAGAGGACACUACUGAGCGGGUCAGAGUCACAGAUUUGUCUGUAGUAAAUUUUUAGGGUUUUUCGGGUCGGGUUAAGUUUUUUUCUAUGCACUUCUAAGCCAUUUAGUCCACACUACACAAACUCAAAACUUCCAUACACAACGCUGGACAUUUGAAGGAUUUUGCCUACUCCUCAAGAUAGGCCAGACUAAAAAGGACAUGUCCAGGUAAAAGAGGACAUAUGGUCACCCUAGAGUUGCAGUAGUCGAUGCAAGCCAUUGUUUGACAGUUUCCACUUUAAGCAAAAGUCCUUUUACUCCAGCUAGUUAAGAGUCACCUCAUGGCUAUGAAAUUCCAAGAAUAACCUUAAAAGAGUGAAGCUAAAACUGGUAGAAAAGUAAGCUUCCUAGCUUGCGGACAAUGCAUACCUGAAGUAUUAGCAAAUACCAUUGUUGUUGUGUUUUAGUUCAAGAACAAGAAAUUAUGUAACUUUAAGCCAAAAUAACUGAGUAGUCUGACUUGGAUGUUUGAUUGUAUUCACAGGGUGCACACUUUAAACAUAAGUGCUCCUCAAAUAUUUUUUGUGUGUGUUUGGGAUGUUGACAGGAAGGAUAAAAAACUUUUACACUUUUACUUAAAAAAGUAACUUUGUGUGAAUUAGCAGAACUGGUUUCAUCAUUUCUAAAUAAGUCACAACUCACACAUUCAUAAUAAAGUCAGGCGGGAAAAUACUGUUUAUCUGAAGCGCUGCUCUUCUUCUCCUGGGGGCCUUUGUGGUUUCGAAAUCCUUGCUUGCUGUUAAAGCAUGAGUAGGGUUUUUGCCUGCCCUCCCUGAGAGAGCACUGGAGUAAUAGCAGCUGCUCAGUCCUGAUUAGAGCCACUGUCCUCACAGACCCAGGCCCACACAUCUCUGUCCUACUUUUCUUCCUCUCCUCCUCCUUCUCCUGAUCUUUCUCUACGCCUAGUUCGCCACCAACUCCUAAAGUCAUCCUCCAAGCUGCUGCUUAAGAGUCACAAAUUCACACUGCAUAUCAUUUUUUUCUUGUUGAUCCCGAGUCCUUUUUUCUCAGACCCCUGUGGGCUGUGAAUCAACCCAUAACUUCUUAUCCUAUAAGAAAAUCUGUGGCAUUUUAAGCUGGCAUGAGGAAUUUAACAUGGAUCCUCACGUACAUGUACACAUGCCAGCAUAUGGAAAAUCCAAGGACAGACAUUUCCUUUCCAAACAACUCGCCUACGUGUCUCUAGAUUCCUCAUAUAAAAUACACCCUCAGCAGGCAAGAGACAGUGUUUGGUGUCAGGUGCAUUCUGGUUUAAUUAGUCUGAGUAUCAUCCUGCAGCGUCUCUCAGGGCGUUGGUUGCAUGAAGGGAAAACAUGCAGAGAGCUGAAGAAUCUAAAUUCAUAUGAUAUGAUGCAAUGCCAGACACAGACUGACUAUCUCGUGACAAUGUUUCAGCUUUUUAUUUAUCUGUUAUAGAAGCCUUAAGGUUAUACUAAGUCAGUAAACACCCUAAGGGAUGUUCAGACAUGACUCAUUUUAGCAGAAACUUAAAUUCAAAGUAUUAAAAGGUUAAAAAAAACAAUCAAUCAAAAUCAACCCUUUUACAGUUAAUGUAUCACAGUUGGUUUUCUGACUUUCUGUGUCAGAGGCUAACACACUUUAUUUGCUGUUCUGCAGAAACUGAUCAUUUUAAAGUUUGGCCGAUAGCUAAUGCCAGGAUCACAGCAAGAUAAGCUUCUUGAACUGGAUAUUUUUUGAUGAAGCUUUUUUUUGUUUUUUUGUUUGUUUGUUUGUUUUUUGCAAAUCUAUGAAAGCUGACUUCUGCCCAACACUAAUUGAUAAUAGAAACUUAGCAUUAAUGAAAUACAUUUCAGUUGUUAAUUCAGUAUUAUUAAAUAAAAAGACAAAAUAGCGAGGUGAAAAAGUCAACAGUCUGAGUUAAAGUGAUGUAAUUUUGACAAAAACGUUAGUAUUAUGACAGGAAGUCAAAGUUAUGAGAAAAUAAUAGAAUAAACUUUAGGAUAAUAUAUCUAAAUUAUAAGAUAGUCAAAACUAUAAGAAGAAAUGUCAUUAUUAUGAUGAGCGAUAGUAGAUUUAAAUUAUGGCAUUAGAAGCCAAAAUGAUGAAAACGCCAUCAGCAAUUCAGGAAACUAUGCCUAAAUUUCAGCAAAAGCAGUCAAAUUUAAGAAAAAAAAAGUCAACAUAAGGAAAAGAAAGAUAAAAUUUUGGCAUCAGGAGUCAAAAUUCCAAAAUAGAAUCAACAUCACAGAGAAAAUGUCAGAAUUAUGAUAUCAGAAGCCAAAGUUACGAGAAAUAAGUCAACAUAAUCAGGCCAAAGGUUUGGAAGCAAGAUCAGAUUUGUACAAAAAAGAUAAUAGUUUUAUGUAUAUAAUUUGCAACACAAUAAACAUGACUAUUGUGUAAAGAGGAACUUAUUAGAAGACAUUUUAACUAUAAUUAUUAGGUAUUUGAGUUAUUGUUGCUUAGACUUUGCUUUCUUUAAAGUUAACUCCUCUGGCUUUAACAACAGCUUGGCAUAUACCAGGCAUUUGUUCCACACGUUUUUAAGGUCUGUUCCAGGGAUUGCAUUCCAAGCUUUCUUAAGUUCAUCAAAAAAAGACUGCUGAUUCGGGGGACGAGUUUUUCUGACUGAUCGAUCCAAUUCAUCCCGCACAAGCUCUAUUGGAGAAAGGUCUGGAGACUGAGGGGGCCAAACCAUCUUUUGAAGAACACCUUCCUCUUCUUUUUUGUCUAGGUAACCCUGACAGAGCUUGGCAGAGUGCUUAGGGUCAUUGUCUUGCUGCAAAACAAACUGAGCCACAAGUCUGAGUCCAGAUGGAACAGCAUGGUGCUGGAGGAUGGAGUGAUACUGUUCCUUCUUCAUGAUACUCUUAACUUCAAAUAAAUCUCCUACUUCAUCACCUGCAAAACAUCCCCAUACCAUGGAACUACCACCUCCAUGCUGAAUUGUGGGUGUAACACAUGGUGCUUUCAGAUGUUCACAAGUUUGUCUGCGGACAUAGACUCUGCGUUUUGAACCAAACAGUGCAAACUUGUUUCUAGUCAUCAUAAGUCCAAUUUUUGUGAGCUUUUGCCCACUCAUAUCUCUUUUUCUUGUUCUGUGGAUGAAGUAGUGUGUUUUUUUGCAGAUACACAACCCUUCAGACCAGCCUUUCUCAAACGUCAUUUCACGUAUACCAGAGAUAUGGGUUUCGACCUUGUCAUGUUGAUUUCCUCCCUUAUUUUUGGUGCUGUCUUUCUCCGAUCUCACUUACUGUUGACAAUUCUAUGUUUAUCCUCUGCUUUUGUAGUAACUCUCUUUCGUCCAGGUCUUUUUCUAUCAUCAUAACUUCCAGGUUCCUCUAGUCUCUUCAGAGUGUAGUGGACUCCUUUGUUAAACACCUUAAGGCAUUUUGCAGUUUCUCUUUCUGUGUAUCCUUCUUUCCUCAAUGUACAAACCUGUACUUUUGUUUCUUUACUCAGUUGCUUCUUUCUAGCCAUUUUUGCGGUAGUUUGAACGCAGUUGAGAUUCAUUAGGAUUUUUGUAUGCAGACUCUCAAAAGCCAAAAAGUUGAAGUGAAUAAUCCAACUGUGAUUUGUUUUUUUGCUUUUGCACUGAAGUUGUGACUCUUGCAAAUGUUUUCAACCCUAAAACUAAGCCCUUAUUAUUUUUUGCUGACAUAUAUUUAGCAAUGGUCUGUUAACAUUAAUGUAUAUCUAAAGGUAAAUGGAGUAAAAUGUAUAUAUACAGUGCAUCCAGAAAGUAUUCAUACCACUUCACUUUUUCCACAUUUUGUUAUGUUACAGCCUUAUUCCAAAAUGGAUUAAAUUCCUUUUUUCCCUCAAAAAUUCUACACAAAAUACCCCGUAAUGACAAAGCGAAAAACUUUUUUUAGAACAUUUUGCACAUUUUUUAAAAAUAAGACACUCAAAUGUUGCGUAAACAUAAGUAUUCACACCCUUUGCUAUAAAACUCAAAAUUGAGCUCAGGUGCAUCCUGUUUCCACUGAUCAGCCUUGAAAUGUUCCUCCAACUUGAUUGCAGUCCACCUGUGGCAAAUUCAGCUGAUUGGACAUGAUUUGGAAAGCCACACCUGUCUAUAUGAGAUCCCACAGCUGACAGAGCACGUCAAAGCACAAACCAAGCCAUGAAAUCAAAAGAAUUGUCUGUAGACCUCAGAAACAGGGUUGUAUCGGCGCACAGAUCUGGGGGAGGUUACAGAAUAAUAUCUGCUGCAUUGAAGAUCCCAAAAAGCACAGUGGUCUCCAUCAUUAAGAAAUGGAAGAAGUUUGGAACCACCAGGAGUCUUCCUAGAGCUGGCCGCCCAGCCAAAAUGAGCAAGCGGGGGAGAAGGUCCUUGGUCAGGGAGGUGACCAAGAACCCGAUGGUCACUCUGACAGAGCUCCAGCGUUCCUCUGAGGAGAUGGGAGAACCCCACAGAAGGACCACCAUCUCUGCAGCACUCCACCAGGCAUUUAUGGUAGAGUGGCCAGACAGAAGCCACUCCUCAGUAAAAAGCACAUGACAGCCUGCUUGGACUUUGCUAGAAGGCACCUGAAGGACUCACAGACCAGGAGAAACAAAAUUCUCUGGUCUGAUGAAACGAAGAUCGAACUCUUUGGCCUGAAUGCCAAGCGUCAUGUCUGGAGGAAACCAGGCACCGCUCACAACCUUGCCAAUACUAUCCCUACAGUGAAGCAUGGUGGUGGCAGCAUCAUACGGUGGGGAUGAUCAUACUGAGUGGCCCAACCAGAGCCCAGACUUGAACCCGCUUGAACAUCUUUGGAAAGACCUGAAAGUAGCUGUGCACCGACGCUGUCCAUCCAACCUCACUGAGCUUGAGGGGAUGUGCAAGGAAGAAUGGGAGAAACUCCCCAAAUCCAGGUGUGCCAAGCUUGUUUCAUCAUACACAAGAAGACUGGAGGCUGUAAUCGCUACCAAAGGUGCUUCAACCAAGUACUGAGUAAAGGGUGUGAAUACUUAUGUAUAUGCAACAAUUGAGUGUUCUUAUUUUUAAUAAAUUUGCAAAAUGUUCUAAAAAAGUUUUUUGCUUUGUCAUUAUGGGGUAUUUUGUGUAGAAUUUUUGAGGGAAAAAGGGAAUUUAAUCCAUUUUGGAAUAAGGCUGUAACAUAACAAAAUGUGGAAAAAGUGAAGUGGUAUGAAUACUUUCCGGAUGCACUGUAUAUAUAUAUUAUUACUGUCAGAAAUGGACAUCCAUACAAAACACAUCAUAAGCCAUUUGAAAACUCUGUCCUGAGCUUUCACACUAUUUCAUGAAUCACCAUCACAUACCCUUAAGCAUUUUGCUGAUUCCAGUUAAUGUCAGGCUUAAUGUAUUCAAAGAGGGCUGCAUUUAGUCUGAGAGAGGAACAGAGGUCUUGGGGAUCAAAUUGUAGUUUUGGGUCCCCUUAUGCUGCCACAUUUCUCUGCAUUUUGCUGUCUUCCUUGACAAACUGAUGAGCACAGUGGCUGCAGGAGCUCAGAUUACAGCAGGGUCAGAUUGAGUUUAGCAGUUGCAUGUGGAAUGCUUUUUAUGAAAAAUUUAAAACCAUAUUUUUUUCUCUUUUUUUUAAGUGAGUCCUCUGCAAUUUAAGUGAAAAUCAAUACUGACACUCAGACCUCUGUAAUUUGGUGCAGUUAAUUUGAAUAGUUUCACUUUCAGCUGAGACAGACGAGGCCAGACAAAUCAUGAGUAGGUUCACUUGAUUGAAAAAGGAUGAAAUUCAUGCAUGAUAAAAAGAAGAGAAAAGCUUAUUUAGAAAACAAAAAUUGAAGAAAUCAUAGGAGCGACAGAGGAUGAUCAAAGUGAGCAGGGAGGAGGAACAAGAGAAGCUUCCUGUGGUUUCCCGCGGGCUGGGUAUGAGCAGGUUGUUCAGCCUGAAGUUGGACAUGCUCAGGGGUUUUGUGAAUGAAAUGGACGCCUUGGCAGCGUGCCCGUACAUUACACAGCUAGAUUUUCUCCUGUCUUCCUUCCCAGCCGUCCUCCCCUGCCCUCUCUCCUUCCUAUUCAUCAGGAGGCUUCCCAGACAGCAACAUGUUGGAGUCCAGUUACCAUCACUUAGCAACUCCCCUGAGUCAACAGCUCUCUCUGAUGCUCUUUUACUCUCCCUCACUGCCUUUCUCUUUGUCUUAGUACAGCUCAGACAAGCUUAACUUAGGUACAGUUUGCUGAAGCAGUGUACCACAUGUUAUUUUGCAUGUUGAAUGUUUUCCUAGUGCAGUUUUUUUGUUUUUCCUAGUGCAGACAAGCUUAACUUAGGUACAGUUUGCUGAAGCAGUGUACCACAUGUUAUUUUGCAUGUUGAAUGUUUUCCUAGUGCAGUUUUUUUGUUGUAUUUGGGGCUACAAAAAUAGAAAAUCAAUUUCUUCUAACGUGCACCGUCUCACUCUGACCAUUGCUUACAGCUUCAUCCACUUACUCAGCCCACAUUUACAGGCAAACAAGCUCUCAAACAAACACUCGUAACCUUAUUUAAACUCUUCUCCAAAUAACCACAGACCAUCUCUUUCUCCCUGCUGCUCUCUCUCUCUCUCCUUCUUGCUCUGUCCACCUGCUGAACUUUAAGUGCUCUGUAGCGGUAAUAGCCGAUCUGUGUUUCCCUCUGUCACAUGACAAGUGGAACAAGCUGUAAUGGAGAGACACACCGAACCAUUCAAUGGUACGUGCACCAGACUAUUUUUGACUCCAAGAAAUGUAUGAAUACAAAUUUUUGACUUUCAAUUAAUCCUCGCUUAUGAUUGGUCAGGAGUGAUUUGAGGAUAUUCUUAAACAAACAGCCAAAAACAAAAGGCAGAAGACUGUGCACAAAGGUGGACGGUACACAGAAAGUGAAGCCAAAACAUUUGAGUUCCCCGACUGACUGACUGACUGAAGAAUGAGUCAUAAAGCUCACCUCCUCCUUGUUAACACAUGGGACAUGAGUCAGAUUAUGAAAUCAAAAUACACUUCAAGUUUUCUUUUCUAAAACAUGCUUUCUGAUGUUAGUUUUUAUGAUACUUAUUUAACUGCAAGGAUUCUUUUUUUUUUUAAGUUUGCCAUUUAUUUACUUUUCUGAUGUCAAAAAGAAGGAAUGUGAUGCCACAAUGAACUGCUCUGUUGGCAAAUUUGGCUCCUAGUUGUAACUGGAUGAGCAGAAGGGAGGAGGAACAGCCAACUUUUCAUAACACAAGGAUUAACACACUGUAAGGCGCUGUACCCACCUGAGGGAUCUUUGAUGUUUCAGCCCUUAUCCCUAAUGUGCUUUUUGGUCAGCAGACGGGUUUGAUGUCAGUUUUAUGGCUCCACCAGCCAGAUUGCUUCUUGCUUCAUUGGCUGGAAUCUUUUAAUCACCUUGCUCUUGAUAAGUGCUACAACUUGUUCAAGCAAAAGGUUUCAAAUCCACCCUCCACAGUGACUGUGGAGAGUCCCAGGCCUCGACAUGGUGCCAUUUUUCAUGCUGCAUCAUACUGGCUCAGCUUAAAGCUCCUAUGAGGAGUUUUUUGACAUUUAUAAAAUAGACUAAAAGUUAAUACUUCAUCUCGCUGAUUUCCUUUUAAGAGUCGAUAUUUUACUGUCGUAUAUAUAGCUAUCUUUACAUAACCGGACUCUGUCACAUAUCCAUGGUUUAGGAUAUACCCUAGCGAUUGUGUUUGAAAAGAAUUUUGUUUUCAUUACAGGCCAAGAGCACUAGAUCAUACAACUUGUGCCCCAAUUUUUCAAUUUUGUUUUGAAAUUAGGGAAAUUAGAUCUAACACCCUGUGAAUCUCAUUUAUUUUAAGACUGAUGUACUUCUGUAAAUUUGAUUUGUUUGCUUUGUAGAGGAUGAUUUUGCUGUCUUUAAAGGACAGCAAAAAGAGGAGUAUGAAACAAGUCCAAAUGUAAUGACUCCCAGUGACAAAAGACUGUCUAUAGCUACAGCCUCUUCUCUUCAAAUUAUGCUGAUUGGUACUUUAUCCGAACAGGGAGAUGUGCAUCAACCUUAGCUUUUAAAGACAGAUCUCCCCUCUAAUGACAGACUUUAAAUCUGGCCAAUCCAUCUACUUUGCAAGGUUAUCUUAAUAUCUUCAUAAUAUGAACAUCAUAAUCAGGUAUCUCAAAUACAACAGCUUUGAAUGGAGUUGUUGCUCCUGCAAUUCAUCACAUUUCAAAUUGUAUCUGUCAGAGUAUUUCUGACAUCCUGAGGAGAGUGCACUCUUUUUUUACACAAUCCCAUCAAAAUAAACACACCCCACUGUCAGAUUGUCUAUACAUGUGAGAUACUUCACUAUUUUCACUUCCUUUUUUCCCAGAGGCACGACAGUACAUCAUAUCCCAGCCCUUUCCUCUUUCACCCCGAGGCACAUACAAGGAGAUAUAGCAGCUAUCAUACACACGCUGCUUUUAUUGAUAGGACAGGCUCUCCUGCAUGAGGAAUGUCUGCGUCUGACCUAACAGCCAAUCAUUUUCUCCCAGCUCUGAUGAGGUGGAGAGGGGGGGCUGGAUCGGGUGUCCAAAGGGGGUCUUUGCCCUGUCAGCAUCCGAUCCUCAUUGCACAGAUUCAUGGAAGAAAAGGAAGAGAUCCCAGGAUACCUCUAUCGAUCUGAUCUCCUCCCAUCCCCCAUGUCUCUUCUUUUCCCUCCACUAUCUUCCAUCUAACCAUCCCCCAGCCUGGAAAGGUGGAGCAGGAGAUCUCAUCCUGACUACAUGUGUUGUGUCUGCUGCUCAGCGUGUGUGUGACUCUGUGUGACUGUGUGACUGUGUGACUGUGUGUGUGUGCGUAUUUUUCAGAGCUGGAAAAGCUGACACCAUGAAUCCAGGCGACUGUCUCGAAGGAUUUAUAUCACAUUGUGCUAGCUGGUGUUUGGGUGAUGAAAGAAAGCUGUUUGUGGGGAUGAAAAUGUUGAAACGGACCAAAAAGAGAGAGAGAGAGAGUGCAUGUGUGCAUGUACCUCAAGGAAACUAUGAUGACUCUUAAUUUUUUUCCCCCUUAUUGUCAGUAACUUUAUCUCACUGAGUCUGCUGUGCAGUCCAGACUGCACCGCUGCCUGUCUGUGACCUUAAAGUACCCUGCAUAGCUACAGCACCUCAGUUCAGUUUUUAUGGUCGCCACUUAAUGUGCUUUCUCUCCCUCUCGCUCUCUUUCUCUCUGCCUGCUUCUUUCUCUUCUUCACUGCGCCUGCCAGGCUGAUAUUUUGAUCUGUCACAACAGGUUUUGCUCAGCGGGCCUGUCAGAGACUAACAGUUUGGGGCUCACACAUAUGCUUUGUGUCAUCAGAUCCCUUCAGGUUGGCAUGAGGCUCAGGGCUUUCCCUCAGUGACACUGUCUGAUGGUGUGAAGUGCGGUAUAUGAAUGUGAUUGUGUGUGUUCUUGCAUCUGUCUGUGUCAGGGUUGUUACUUAAGUGAUCGAGAUGUACGUCUGCGAGUGUUGAUGCUUUAGGAAAAGACGUGCUCUUCCCAGCUACAGUCCAAUUUAGAUGGUUUGUAUAUUUUGAAUAAAUGUGUUUGUGUGUGUUUUAGAGUGAUGGAAUACAAUAUGUCACCACUCGAGUCGUGCCUAGCUCCAGGUAUCAACAUUUUAUGGAGAACAUGUUAUUGUAAACAUGUCCUUUUCAAUUUGACCCACCAUGUCCUGACGUAAGGACCCCUGAAAUGCUGCAAACCAACAGACUUUUUUACUCUGAUGCUAUUGCCGACUGUCUGUCAAGUCCUUCAUUUGCUGAUCACUAAAAACCAACAAAGACCAAGCAUUGCGACAGUAAACGGAAUAGGACUGUAGUGAUCUCCAUACAUAAUGAAAGACUGGACAAAUGAUCCCACAGAAAACACACUCAGUGAGCAUGUAGGUCCCUUAUUUUAACUAAUAAUCCAACAUUCAUGAUAUGUCUGUAACAAUCAAACUCUGUUUGGAUAGCAUAAAUAUAUUGUUAAAGUUUGUAAGGUGCUGACUACAGAGAUAAACAUGUUUAGAUUUUCGUUCUCACAGUGUUUUCCAGGAAACCUUUUUCGAUUUUGAUUUUUGAGUUUAUUUGUGGAGAAUUGGCACAAAGCAGCUCUGCAGCAUGACGGCUGGUAGUUUGUUUCCCCCCUUGGUGCAAACACAAUGUGAAAUUUUCUAGUUUGCUGACUGUAUUUAUUGCCUGGACUGCAGGAUCUUUUGCUCCUUUUUUGGUCUAUCUUUAUUUUGGUUUAAGCCUAGUAUCUCCACAAACUGCUCUCCCAUAUUGGGGUUUCAAGUUUCCUAUUUUUGUAUUGUACAUGUUAACGUCAUACGGUGUUCAUGUUAUCAGCUGAUCUCAGAAACUUUAAGCUCUGGUCCCAGUUCAGAAAAAACAAAUUUAGCAAAAUUUGCCCCUGUCUACAACCCCCCCAAAAUGAGAAACUUCUAUCCUCUCCCUCUCUUGCUUGUUCCACCUUUCAGAAAAUGUCUGCACAAACGGGCUGAUUGAAAGUAUCGCCUUUCAUGACGUCAUUGACAGCGAUAACUCCUCCCCUCCAGGCUGGUGACCCUUCCCAAAAUGUUUGUUCUGCUCUCCAAAAAUUUCCACUCAGACACUAUUUUUCUCCCUCACAAACGCUGGUUCGAAACGGGCUAGUAGGCUAGGCUCGGCUAGUAGUUGGGGUUAGUAACAGUCCUCUGACGACAAAUCUUUUUCAGAAGACUGCAAGAACAUGGUCACGAGAGAUAACUACACUUACAGUAUUGUGCAUUCACCAAAAGAGCUCCAAGUAAUGAGAAGACAGCAGAGAUAUAACCGUUGGCCAGAGCUAAUAUUACCUAGCUACAUGUAAGUCACUGUGUACCAACACACUAAUAAAGUAAAAAGAAAAAUAUGGAGACACAUAAUAUUUGUAACUAACCAUUCAGAAACAUCCUGCUGCAGCCGCAGAAUUGGAAUUUCUUGGCACUAGCAUUCUGGGUUGGCACUAGAACUCUGUGUUAACAUUAGCACAUGGAACCGUAGCGCAACCCAUGCCCCCUCUUCCAGAACGACAGGGAGGGGCGUGGCUUGCACUGAAGGAGGCGUGGACUGGAACAGCAAACAGAAACAGCAUGUUCUCGGUUUUCAAGCUGGCUGAAGUCCAGGAAAAAACUGUGUUUUUAGACAAAAACCUUCAAAUGGACUGUUCUGGGACCUCUGAGACCUAUGUGAACCUGCUGAAAAGGAGCAAAAUGUGGUCCCUCAAAAGAACUAGGCCAUGUAGACGCCUUGCCCUUGUUUCUGACAGGUAAGACAAUUAUCUGAGCGCUAAUUUGAUUAUCUAACAAACAUGUCAACAAAAGCAUCUCACCAAUGGAACAAACAUACAGUGAGUUUUGUCUUUGGGUGAUUAAAGAAUUGAAUAUAAUUGGAAGUUUAGAUGGAAGAAAACACUAAAAUACAGAGUUUAAAGUGUAAAUGCCACAACUGGUCAAAGGUAGCAUCUGGCUUCUAAUCAGGAUCCCCAAGUCUAAACACACUCAUUGUACAAUGGCUGCUGAUGGGUUACAGGAUUGUACCACAGCUGAUGCAUUUUGCUAAACACACAGACUGUUUUUCUGCAUUCAGCCAGAGCUUGCUAAAUGAUGGAGGACAAUCAUGCCCAUACUAUAAAAAGAAAUCAAAGCACCAAAAUCUGACCCCAUGAGUGCAGAUUUGCCUUUUUAAAAAAAGGAUCUGUUAAUGGAGAUCUGCCCACAGGCCAUCCAUUAAAUAGGUCUGCUACACGUUCAUCCUCAAGCCUUUUCUAAGUGUGUUUGUGUCCCUUUAAGCUUUGGCAGCAGCAGCAGUGUCACUUAUGAUGGAUGAGGUGACAUAUACUGCAUGUCAAUAAUGAGCUAGCUCGCUUUCACUCUCAUAUAUUCUCACUUCGCUCUCAGAAAGGAGCUCCUAUCUUUCAAAUUAGCGCGCUCUGCCACUAAUCUUCCUCUCCAGUCUGUGAAAAUAGGCCACUUUUCAGUCUACUGUGUGUGGGAGCUCUCUGCGUGUUCCCCAGGGUAAAUCCCUAAAGAGGAAGAUUAAUAUAUCAAUGGAUGACUUGAUCGUAGUCAAACAUACACAUGUGCUUGAAUGUGUGUGAGUGUGAGUCUGUGAGUGAGAGCGUGCACACAGUUCUGGGGAGCCGCCUCCUUUAUUUGCAUGUCUGGAGUGAACAUCUAUCAUCAUCAUCAAGGCGCUGCAAAACAGCAAGGCAGGCAGGCGCAGCCGACGCUGCUCUCGAGAGGGAGACAGAACACACUUUCAAACCUUUACCGCAGCGAUAUCAAACGUUUCCUAAAUGCCUUCACCUCAGGGCAAAGGCACACACAGAGAUGCAAAAAGACAGAUUUUUCUGUAGCUGUAUUCUCCCAUAAUUGACUUUGUCAAACAUAAACCUCAUCACAAAGACAAGUGUGAGAGCACCUGAAGAAAAACACCCUCAAACAUGAAAUAAUUACAAUCUAAGGAGACACAAUUCAGCUCCUUUCCAUCAUAUUGUUUCAACACUGAUGGUCAGAGUGGCUCGAUCCAUUUCAGGGGAGCCAGAGGGGAUUACUGGGCAGUACCAAACCGGAGAGGGGCUAGCUGAAAUGGUACAACCUGAUAGAUAGAAGAGCAAGAGACAGUGUGUGUGAGCAGAAUAGUAAAAAGAGCCCCCGAGACGAGGGGUGGAGGGGGGGUGGUAGAGAGGGAGGAAAGAGAGCUAGAGCGAAAGAGAGAGGAGUAUGGUGGAGUGGAGGCACAGAGCCAGAAAAUUGCAUUGCGUGCUCGGUGAUUAGUUUACCUCCUGGGUCUCAUUCUGUCUCACUCCCCUCCUCUCACUCCCCAGGUUUCUCCUCCACCUCUAGUAGCCUCCUUUUUCUCGCCUUGUGUCUUUGUCUCGCCACUUUCGUCUCCUUCUUCCACUUCCUCUGUCACUACAUCACAAUGUCACUUCUCUCUAUUCUCUUCUCCUCUUCGCCACUUUCUUGGCGGUUAUCGCCACCGCCUCCCCUUUCCAUCUCUCCCUCCCUCCCUCCUUCCCCCCCUUCCUCCCUUCUUGUGUGCUGACUUGGCUCUCACUUCCAUUUGUGAGUUAUCUGCACAGGUUGAUAAAUGCAUAAUGCCAACUAACCUGCAGGCAAACCCAUCAAAUCUUGGGAAAAAAAAGGGACGGGGAAGUUACGGUUUUUCAUGUUACAUGAUGCUUUAAACUCACAGGCACAGAGGAGAUUUACUUGGAGAACUUUCAAUCAGUCAGCCAGUCAGGGAAGCGUUUAAACCCCAUAAGCCAACCCUGCUAAUUAUAGUCUUAACAGUAAUAAACAUGAGCUUUGAGUGUCGUGUGCACAGAACAACAGAAGUGCUGACACUGGAUAGAAGCCAGCCAGCAUCCACACGCUCCUUCUUUUGGUUUGCUGCUCUUUGAAAAAGCAAGUGGGUCAAGCUUUUUCUUCUUAAUCCUGACAUAAUCUGGCCCUUCCUCUAUUGAAGAGCAGCCACAAAAACAGUAAAAGGAGGAGGAGGAGGAGGAGGCGAGACGGAGGGCAGACAGAGAGUGAUAGACAGACAACGGGAAAAGAAGAGAGAAAAGAGGAUUUUACCUCAGGCUGUCAGGGUUUUUCUCUCUAAACAGAAAAAAAACAUUUCAAGGUAGCAGAAGGCCACAGAGGAACAAAUUGUCUCCGUAAUAACCACCUGUCCUCAUAUUUAAGCUCAUUCUGUCAUUUUUUCCCACCUUGCAGUCAUACAGCUGCAUGUUUUUUGUGUGUAUGUGCCUCUGAAAAAUUUCUAUUAAGAGCUGUGAAACCAGCUGUGUGUGCCGUGUGUGAGAGAAGGUAAUUUAGAAAUAUCACCACACCUGACACUUUAACCUUUAAAAAGUCCAAACAACAAAUCAAAAAGAUAUUGCAAGCUGUGUCCUCCAAAAACUCCAAUCAAAAAAAAUAAAAAUCGGGCACAGCAUUUGGUAGAACAUUAGCGCAGGCUUUUUAAGCUCUAAGAUACCUGUUUUUUUUUGUUUUUUUUUUGUAUUAUUCACUUUGUUGUUAUUGUUAUUGAAGAAGCAGAUUCACACAUGUGUUUCAGGAUGAUUUGCCCCUGACACUGCCAAUCUCAAACAGUGUAUUGUUGUCAACAUGAUAAUGGACAAAGCAGUAGUGUGAUAAAGAUCAAUAAACUAUUAUUUUGUUUUUUUUUGUUUUUUGCCCUCAAAGUUAAUUAAAUAGGUUUGUAAUGGUUAACUACGAAAGCAGGGACAUUUCUUUAGUCAUUGUAACAUAAUUGGUUUAUAGUUUUUUAUUUGUCAGUAUGUGUUCAUGACAGCUCUUCCUGGGGGAUUCUAAGAGUGUACUCUUCAGGUUUUUCAAUGUGAUUGUGCUCUAAGGGUUGAAACAGAUUUAAUCGUUGUCACCUUCAUUAAAGGGAUAUUCCAGCAUAAAUUUAAGUUACGGUCAAACACACCGUAACACUGAGUUAGACACCCCCUCCAGAUAUAAAUUUUGCCGACUGCUUGCUUCUCUAGUUAUACCAACUUCAGCAAUGACCACACAAUAACAACACACCGCAGUCUACACCACUCUCCUCCAGCAGCCACUGGUUUGUGGGGGAGCCCUGAUGAGUUGAUCACUGAGUUUCGCAGCUCAAGGAAGGACAUUUAUGAUCAUUACUUCAUGGAAAUGCAAUCAGACUGAGACACUAAGGCAGAAGAACUACUGCUUCUGCAGUGCAAAAUGAUUAAUAUGGUGAUUAUUACUUCAUGGAAAUGAUCUGCUGCACUCAGUGAUCGACUCGUCAGGGCUCCCCCACAAACAAGUAGCUGCUGGAGGAGAGUGGGUGAGUUGUGUUUAGUCUCUUUGCUAAAGAAAUCAGGCAAAGCUAAAAAGAUGUUUGAUGGCUAGUACUAUGGCUGGGAACCUAUAUGUACUGUUGAUCAAGUUAGGUGCUGUUCUGAGCAUUAUUUGUGACUAUAGAGUGGCUUUUUGGUGGAGGUUUGUGUGUAGAUCCAUAGACCGCUGUGUAUUACUAUCAUGCGGUCGUUACUAAAGUUGGUAUAACCAAAGAAGCAAGCAGUCGGCAACAUUCAACUCUCGAGGGGGUGUCUAACUCGGUGUUACGGUCUGUUUGACCAUAACUUCAAUUUAUGCCGGAAUAUCCCUUUAAGCCCAAGUGUGUCCAAACAAUGGUCAAAGCAUUUUUUUCUUUGGUCCAGGUUACUCAGUACAAUGUUUGAGCAAAUUCUUCUGCGACCUCCAAUUCUUUUAUUCAUCCUGUUACUGUUGUUCUUCUCUUGUCAUUAUCCCACCUGCUCAAUAAUGGCACAAUUCCCCAUACAUUUUUCUCUGGGCUUACACCACCUUCACACAUUAAUAUUAUAAGUGGCCUGGCAGGGAAAAUUGCAGAUCAUGUAAGGUCAAAAUUUCAGCUGUUUGUGUUCACACAUACAUCUCACCCUGAAAACUCAAAUAGUUUUGUUCAUGUGUGAAUACAUCGCUAGACUAGCAGUUGAACAACAGUGGUUUCAGGUCGAUCAAUGAUAGCAGUAUCUGACUAUCUGUUCAAGACUGAAAAACAACUUUCGUCUGCUGUCAUAGGGAAUUCAAGAAAGAAAAAAGUGUUCAGAGGUAGAAAGAUGAAGAAAGUUUAAAAUGUAGGAAAGUUCUUGAGGUGUUUUACAACCCCAGAGUUUCAGAGUUCAGUCUAAGGUGACUGCAGGUUUGAUGUGUACUUUCAGAUUCUGUGAAUGACGUAGUUUUGACGUGAUCUGUUAAAUCAAACAAAUCAACAUAAGUCUGACCUGCUGAUGCUCCAAUGGAUUGAUCAGAAGUAUUGUGUAUGUAGAAGGCACAGCAGCAGCAUCACUCCUCUUUAGCACUGAUAUAGAAUCUACACCUCCCUAUCUGCUAAAGUCCAUUAUGGGAGAAUGACCCCAAAUUACCUCAGAUCAGCCUGAAUCUCUGGCCGUCAUCCAUCUAAAGGCAAAAAGGCCUUGAUUACAUGAUUGAUGGUCGUCUCUCCCCCUCCUCUCUUUAUUUUAUCCACUUUUUUCUGCUCUUUUUAUCCUCCUCUAUCCCUCCUCCCUCGUCAACAAUCACCUUACAUCCUUUCUUCCUGUCUUCUUUUUUGCCCUCUCUUCUCAGCUUUCCGCCCAUCUUAGUGGUGGCACGAUGUCACGUGACCACAGUGCAAUGAGUUUAGGUACCUGAGGACCGUUGCUAAUGGUGACAAAUGACUGGCUGUGCAGUAGAGAGAGUACAGCAGAGGAGAGAAUAGCUGCUUUACAUGCUAGGGGUCAGUGUUUAUGCACUGUGCAAGGAUUAAGAAAGAUAUAAGGGCCUAUAAACACUGCCACAUGAAAUAUAGGCUAGUAUCAGUUUAUUGUAAUUAAUAUAAUUUAUGUACAUCUCUACUUUGUUGAUUGUCUAAAGCUGGAGUAGUCCUAAGCCACCUGUCCUCUGGGGUAUUCUUAAAACUACUUCAGGAGAUUGACAAAUUUUUACAAUUACAUUGUUCCAAAUAAAUGUUUCAUGUUUACAAUGUGGUAAAAACUAGCAUUAUGGCAUCUUAAAUAUUCCUUCUCUGGAAACCUGAGAGAAAGAGUUGUUGAACCCUGAGGACCAAAACUCCCAUGAUACAACAUUUUUUUGGUCAUUAAAUAAUACACCUGUGGUUUGUUUUGUUUAAGAGAUUCCUUAGGGUUGGAAUUACAUGCUAUAUUUUUAAUAAACAUUUAUUCCUUGUUUAGCCAAAUUGGAGGUUCAAAAUCUAGAAUACUGUUAGCUAGGCAUAACAACAUUACACGAUAAAAUAAGAGGCCUGGGGUUUUGUUAUCACAAAGAAGCUUUCAAGUAAUGCAGAUGAAAGAAAGACAUAAACAAACUAAUAAACAAACAAACAAAGAAGAAAGAAAGAAAGAAACAAACAAAUACAAAAGGAAGGAAGGAAAACAGAAUAAAGAAACAAACAAACAAAGAAGGAAGAAAUAAAGAAAAGAGAAAAAAGGAACAAAAAGGAGGAAGAAGGAAAUAAGAAAAACAUACAAAUAAAGAAGAAAGAACAAGAGAAAAAAGAAACAAAGAAAGAAAAAGAGAAAAAAGAAACAAAGAAGGAAAAAAGAAAGAAAAAACAUUCAAAGAAGGAAGGAAAAGAAAGAAAGAAAGACAGAAAGAAAGAAAGAAAGAAAGAAAGAAAGAAAGAAAGAAAGAAAGAAAGAAAGAAAGAAAAAAAGAAAGAAAGAAGAGGUUAGAAAAAGAAGAGAAAGUAGGCAAAAAAAAGUAUAACCAAAAAAAGGAAAAGAAAAAAGAAUGGACGAGAAUGGAGAAGGAAAGGAGCAAAAAGAGCUAUAUGCCUAUUGAACAGAUUAUGCAUGUUUUAAGGUUUUUUUUUUUCAAUCUGAUGUGCCUGUUUGGAUUCUUAACCUUCCUGACAUGUAAAGCUGACUUUCUUUACUUGAAUCCUGUUUCCUGACUUCAGCUCUCUAAAGGCAGAUCUGAGUGAUCUUCACAUAAUUUUAGUCAAAAAUUCAGCCAAUAAACUUUUGGUUAACUUAGACAACAAGUCAGCUGCCAACAAGCUAAUGCUGGUUAAAGUAGGGCACCUCUGCCUACAGUAGAACAAUUUUAACCGGUGAGUUUGUGCUGAUACAAGCGUCAGAAGAGAAAUGAUUCAGUCAUAAAUCAACUCAGUCCACAUGAAGUGAGGAAUUUUUUGAGGGGUUGUAAUUACAGAGAUAAUAUUUGGUCAAAAUGUCAGAGGUAGUUAGCCCCUACGUACUCCAAGAACUGACAGAGUGGAGCUGAAUUGACACAGCAUCUCUCGUCUCGGUUUGCUGCUCCCCUUUGCUUUCAGCUUGAAUCAUGUCAGCCCAGUCUCCAUUCAACAAUCCAGCAGCUCCCGGUGUAGGAAUUGCCCAAAGGCACUGGUCACAGAUCGGUGUGUGUUUUUCUGAGAGUAUAUCUCAGUUGCCCGUGGGACUGGGAUCUCAGUUCAGCCAGACUUUUAUCUGGGGCUAUUCGCUGCAUGAGGGGGAUAAAGAUAUCUGAUUUAAGACUACUCUGAGAGGGGAAACCCAUAAUUAGAGCGCUUCAAGUUUUACACUGAAAGACAGAAAUCAUAUUUACAUAUAUUUGCAAUGGCAGUUUUCUUUGACAUUGUAUAAUUUGCCUAAUAAUAAAAAACAUCAGCCAUGUUCAGCCAGUGCUGUGAUUCUUUCAGUCAGCGUUAAGGGUAAAAAGACGGCAGACUUGUGAGUUGGCUUACCAGGGUGUCCUUGAGCAGAAACCUGAAUCCCUGAUGGUUUCUUUUUAUAUCUGUCUGGUGCUUCUUAACUCACUACGUCUGAGUAAAAAGAUGACUCAAUCUUUUGAAAAACCCAUGGUACAACUAGAAGUUCCUUUAUCCAUUCAUACUACUACUGAUAUAAUGAGCUGGAGAUUUACCUCUUAAAAACUAUGAAGAGUUACAGCUUCACACACAUGCAGCCUUGAUGAGCCGCUCACAGAAGCAAAGAGAGGAAAAAUGUUGGGUUUUUUCUGUGUCGUGAUUCAAAGAUGUUGGUUUACAGAAAAAGAUCAAUAAAAGCCAAUAAAGGUCACAGUGUUUGAAUUCUGAGGAAGCAAUUUGAGGUUAAGUUCGUGCUAAACUUGACAGCAUAGUUUUCAUUUCAACCCACAUAGAGAUAUUUAUACAUGUCCUGACAUACUCUCUCUUUACAGCCAUGCUUGCUACUGCUGUGAAAAGAAAGAGCUGGGGAGAAGUUUAAAUCACUCCAUAAAUGAAAGACAGAUUAUCAGUUUUAAGAGACUGAAAUUCACUUUAGCCAUUUUUAGCCAACAUUUUUGACAAGAAAUCAUGACCAACCAACUGAUGUGAUCUAACUUAAGGAUCAGAGUAGCCUAUGUGUAAACUGUACUGUUACUUUUUUAAAAUUUUCCAGAGAGCAUGUCCAAAAAAAAAAGUUAUUCUUUUUCUUAUUCUUAAAAAAGAGGUUCAAUCAAUUUUCACUUUAAUCAGCCAAGCUUUCAGCCCUCAUCAGAUAGCGCAUGACCAUCAAAACAGAAGAAAAGAGCAAAAAGAAAUCUAACAUAAUUUUAUAAACUCAGAAUAAUAAGGUCAGAAAACACUCAGUAGACUUGCAUGUUGUUCAAAAAAUGAUUCCUGCCUCAGUCUGAAGUGUUGCUAUUGAGCCAGGUAAUAAACAAAACCUCAACAGAUGAAAACAGGAUGUAUAAGAGAUGAAACCUCGCUAUCCUACAGACAAACGGUAAAGAGCUGUGAUGUGAGAGUUUGCAUUAUUCGACGUACAUACAUUUACCUGUUCCUCCCCUUUUUGACAACUGUUCUGAUACAUAAUAGGUCAACCGAGAAACAUCCUAAUAGUGACAAGCUGAAGGGGACAUGUCUAAACUGUAGACUGUAUAUACUAUGGACAACAUGGUUCCGCCUUCCGUCAUUAUACGAAUUUGAGGCCGAAUUGCUCACAGUAUUUCCAGGAUUUUCUCCACUUCCUGGAAUAAACACUGGAGCAGUAGCAUUGUAUGCAUUCGGUGGAAGAGUCACUGUGAUGACGCUCAGCUCAAACAGUGUAUCCCCCGGGUGAGCUACACAAUCUUCACAUGCUCAUAGGCUGUAUCAAGUGUCAAUCAUAGAAAACAUGAACCCCCUAAAAACUUUUAUAAAUGGAGCUGUACAGAAAAAAGAGGACUUGAGCACAAACCAGUCUUACAGUAACUACAUGUCAACAUCACAACCAGGCGGGAGAAAAAUGUAUAUUCUGUGUAAUAAAUUUCUAAAGUUUGUCCACAGCUCCAUAGGGAUUGCUGGAGGAGGCGGGAUUUAUGACCUAUACUGCAGUCCGUCACCAGAGGGUGCUGUUCUUGCGGUGGCUUCACCCAGUAAGGAGGCAGACAGCGUCUAUUUUAUAUACAGUCUAUGGACAUGUCACAAGCUAUGGUAAAAGAAGUGGACACAAAUCUGGCUAUAAGGACAGUAGUCAGUUAAAAUGCUAUGACUUACAUACAGACUGACGCAGAGGCUGAGAUUUUUAUGGGACAUUUACCCCACCAAUGAUGACAGUCAAUGCAGGGAGAUUUCUUGGACUGGAAAAGCUGGCAUGCCAGUUUUUCUGCAUAUCAGCACUAUCAGACAAUAUUCAGAUUUUGCAUCCCUGACAGUGACACAAGUAUCCUGAUUGAUGCUUAGAAUCAGGUUCAGGAUUCUGGUGUAGCAUCCAUCAGAGGAUCUCUUCAGUGUCCAGCACUCUGUUGCGCACUCACAUCCAUGUUGGAGAACUCCGCAGGGGAAGUUGGAUUCCACACACUGGCCAAACUGUCCAAAGACUUCCACGCAACAGCCUUCCUGACUCUAAUGUCCUGCUCUGACAGGCUAAACCCCUACCAAGACAUUUAAUAGUCACUGACCUCUUUCAGUGCAAUCAAGGAAGCCAGAGACCUCAAAUGACCCAAACAGUUGAACAAUUUUGACAAGAGAUACACACACACUGUAAAGUGUUCUGUCAACUUUUGACCAGAUUGGUUCAUUGUUUGAAAGUUUUUAUAGGACUGCAGCUCUUUGAAGAUUUAAGUUUCAAGCUGCUGAUAUGUUACUGAGCUACAAGAGUAAGAGGUGAAGAUUAAAAAAAAAACUCCAAAGGGUGGAAACAAAUUGAAACAGUAAAGACAGAGAGGAGACAUAAUGGUCAAAGGCAGUAUACCUGCUAUAACUGCAACCACACUACUCCCACACCCUUCCCCAUGAAAUGGAAAAAAGCAACAAAAAAAAAAAAAAGGGGGGGGGGGGGGGGGUCCACAAACAGGGAUUAAUUUUUCUCUCAGGAGGGGGGUGGAGUGUUAUGGAGAGACAUAAAAAAGAGAGAAAGAAACAGAGACAUAAAGAUAAAAAGUAAGAGAGGGAGAGAAUUUAAAUCUGCAUGAUGAAGGAGGUUCAAACCUCAUUGAGAGUCGAUGUGCGGCCCCUCAGAGUGACUCAGGGGGUGACUCACUGCAGCUGGCAUUGCCUACACUCACACACACACUUUUCCAUAUACCCUCAGGCUGUGCGUAUGUUAUGUGUCCCCUGUGCUUAGCCCUCUACUGGAUCCCACCUGUUAAUGAGAGAUGCAUAAGCUCUGCUGUAAUAGUUCUGAUGAUCUUCUUGUGAAUCAGCUUAUGAUGAGAUAUGAAUGCAGUCUGAGGGGCUGAGCCUUCCCACCAGCACGACUUAGAAGACAGAUGCUGUUAAACUUGGCUACGAGUGUGUGCGUGCGCUUGUGUCUGUGUGUGUGAUCCUUCUUACCACCCACUCAAGGGAUUAGUGUAAGGGUGGUCUGAUGACUCACUGGUCAAUGACUUUAGAGGAGAAAGAGAAACAACACAGCAUGGUCUGGAGUUGUUUGCUUGUAUUUGAAGUACGUGCCUGAAAACACAAACCCACAAACUGUUUGUGUGAGUGUGUGCCGUCUUUUAUAUAGAAGUGACACCAAUAGCAGACUGUGUCACAGUAACUUUGUACUCUUCACAAAGAGAAGCUGCUCUCAAGAGUAAGACCUCGCUCACUCCACGCAGGUGUACGAAUAUUGUGAUACUGUACAGAGUGAGUCAUUUACGAGACAUGACCAAAGCUCAUAAAAAAUGUGCCAAAACUGCUCAGUCUGGUUGUAAAGCAUGACUUUAUUCUACAUGUUGAGUAAAUUUAGAUCUGGGGCCUCAUUUAUAAAACCUGGCGUAGGAUCCAUACUAAAAGUGUACAUAAGUCGAAAAGCUGAAAAGUGCGUAGGCCAAAAAAAAAUCUGAUUCAUAAAACCCUGCCUACGCACACCUGCACGCACUUUCCCUUUAUAAAUCACAGACCAGCCGGAAAGUUGCUCAGCAGGGAUUUAAUUCAUGCCCCGCCCUCUCCACACCCAAAAUUCACCAUGUAUGGUCAUGCAAAUUACCUCAUGAAUGUGAUUUGCAUAUAAAUAAGCCUGAUGGAUCCACGGCAUUUCACGCUUAACCAUGGCAUCAGCAAGUCGUAGAAAAAGAAACUUUUCAGAGACCGAGGUGGAGGUUCUUUUUCUCUUAAAAAUCAAGAAGAAGUGGUCUGAUCUAAAGGUGGAGGCAAAGAAAAAAGUGGCUUUGCAUUGUCGGAGCGUGGCGACGACAGGUGAGGAUCAGAAAACACAAGCACGUGUGACACUCAUGCAUGUGUUAAAAAAAAAACUGCUCCGUUAUCCACCGCCGCUUAUGUGGUGAAAGUUCGUAAACCAAAAAGAUUUAGUCAUGUUAAUCUGAAAACAAAUGCAUGUCAAUAGAAUUUGUUUUUUUGCACAUUUGUAAAUUCAAAUUGGCAAACUAUCUACACCGCCACAGUGGGGUCUGUGCUUUCUGCAAGUAUCACUGCCUGGUACGGCAGCUGCAGCUCUCAGGACAGAAAGGCCCUGCAUCGAGUCAUCCGUUGUGCUGAACGCAUCACCUGGACUGCACUGCCCGGCCUCCAGGACAUCUACACCCAGCGGUGCAGGUCCAGGGCAAGACAGAUCAUCAAACACUCACCAUCGUUAUUGUACAUAGGAUGUGUAUAGGAGUGGAUAUUUAUCUUAUUUCUAUUUUUAUUUUAUCUCUUUCUAUAGAUUAUUUGAUUUUCUUAUUAUGAUUAUUCUGUUUUUUUGGCACAAUCGCAGACGUCACUUUCAUUUCACUGCCACUGUACCUGUACAUUUAGGUAUGUGACAAAUAAAACUUGAAACUUGAAACUUGAAACUUGUGCUGCAUUGCGCACGACUGUCACUGUAUGGCUUUUAAUAUGCGCGCUUUCCAUUCCGUUCCCACCUUGCUCCAAUUGUCUCCAAAAAGUGCGUAAGCAAGGUGUGGAGUUUUCUUAAAGUUGCGCACAUUCCUACACUAGUUUUUCUUUUAUAAAUCCCAACUCUUGUGUAAGAAGUGGCGUAAGCACUUCCAAGCCAGGUUUUGUGCAUAAGCAAGCUUUAUAAAUGAGGCCCCAGAGCUUUAAGAUGUUACCACCACUUCUAAAUGUAACCUCUUUUCCCCGUUAAUCUGUCUGCAUCAAUCGAGACAGUAACAGCACACUAUGAUCUUUGCAGUCCAUCUGUAGGAGAUUGUAGUUUUUACUCAGAUACAUCAGUAAAUGAGGUUAAGAGCAGGCAAACUCUCCAAACACUGUGCUGUCUGCCUCCGUGAGUGAAGCCACCAUGAGUAAAUUUAGAUCUGGGGCCUCAUUUAUAAAACCUGGCUACUCCAGCAAUCUCUAUGGGGCUGUGGACAAACUUUAUAAAUGAAUUACACAGAAUACAGAUUUUUCUCCCAACUGGUUGCGAUGUUGACGUGGUUACUGUAAGACCGAUUUGUGCUAGAGUCCUCUUGAGGGUAAGACACACACAUCUUCGUUACUUUUGGGGAUUUUUUCAAUAUACCCUUAGCCUGACUUUGACUCUGAAUCAGCACCAUAGUUAUGGAAGCUGGUGGCAGCUCAGCUGACAGCCCCUUUACAGAUACCCUUUAUCUGCCAAAGGUAGAUACAAACUGAAACAGCUUUAUUUAAUAUUUGAUUUUUUUUUCAAUCACCUUGUAUAUUUGUUUUGGAAAGAAAAGACUUUGUGAAGCAUCUGGUUUCUUACAGGUUCUUACGGUUUUCAGAGACUCCUCGAACUGGCUGCAUUAUCAGUCAAAUAUCAAAACUGUUCAUUCUGUUCAGUACAGAUUUGUCCCUGUUGUUGGAUUUUCAGUACACCUUUCUCUCAUUGCUUCUCAUGGUUGGAUCUAAAAAUGUCCAUUCAUGCAAGAAGACCAAAUUUUGAAUGUGAAUUCAUGUGCGAGUGUAAUUGUGUGUGUGUUUGUGUGUGUGUGUGUGUGUGUGUGUGUGUGUGUGUGUGUGUGUGUGUGUGUGUGUGUUUGUGUGUGUGUGUGUGUGGUGUUAAUGGUCGCCUAUGUCUCGACAGCAGUGGCAGACGUCUGAGCUUGGAACACAACCCAGGCACAGCGUUGAGCUGUUAGACCGUGCGUACGCUGCCUAACGAGCCAUGAGCGAUUGCUAUGAUCUCGCCACAAAUAAUUCAUGAGGAGUCCUGUAGAGGAGCUAUGGAGCUAAAAGGGGAGGAGAGGAGGGGGGAGAGGAAGCGAAGGAAGGAUGCAUCAAGUAGUGGACCACAGGCUAAGUGGAGAUGGAGUGGGGGGUGGGAGUGGGGUCCAUCUGAAAUGGAAAGGAAAUCCCCCAUUACCUGCAGCACUGACAAGCAUGUCUGUACUCGAGUCUGUGUGUGUGUUUAUUUUUAGACAGCCAUUUGUGAUACUACAUCAGAAAAAGGCACAGUGGGAGUGUUAACAGUGUGCAUCACAAUCCCAGGUUGUCUGUGAGACUGUGUGUGUGUGUGUGUGUGUGUGUGUGUGUGUGUGUGUGUGUGUGUGUGUGUGUGUGUGUGUGUGUGUGUGUGUGUGUGUGUGUGUGUGUGUGUUGGGUAUGUGAUAGAGUAGGUUCUGAUUUUUCAGACAGCUGGGAAACCCAAAGUGUUUAACUGUACAGAUUUUUUUUUAUUUUUGCUGAAUCCAAGAGAAUCUGAGCCAACAAAGUGUGUUACUGCGAUGAAAGGUGAAGAUGUGAAUGUGUACAGUGAAAACUUGUAAUCCCUGUUUUGUGCUUUAACAGCAGAGCUAUCAUUAGUUCAAAGUAGAUUCUAUUUUUAUUUCAUGCCCAAACCAUUAUCUUAUUCUUGAGCUUCUGACUUAACAGCAGAGCUAUCAUUAGUUCAAAGUAGAUACUAUUUUUAUUUCAUGAGUUACAUGCACAGAACUCAGAAUCUUGAGAGCACAAGUUGAUCUUGUGUGCACAAGUUACUUUUUCAUUUUGUCCACACAAUUCAAAUGUGCACAAGUUCAUUAUGUUGUGAUGGUAAUGGACUAACGUGGUUAUUUUAAGUUUCAAAAUUGAAUCUCCACUUAUUACUCCACCUCCUGUGUAUCCUCCAUAGAGUGUAUAUAGAAUGGAUGCCGUCUGCCAGAAUAUAAAUUUUUCUCUUCCCUGCUUGAGAUGUUGACAUGUAGUUACUGUAAGACUUGUUUGUGCCCAAAUCCUUUUUUUUUCUGUACAGCUCCAUUUAUUAAAAGUUAUUAGGGGGUUCGCGCUUUCUAUGAUUGGCAUUUGAGACAGCCUAUGGGCGUAGGAGAUUUCGUAGCUCACCAGGUGGAUACACUGUUUGAGCUGAGUGUCAUCACAGUGACUCUCCCACCGAUUGCGUACAACGCUACUGUGCCAGUGGUGGUUCCAGAAAGUGAAGAAAAUCCCAAAAUACCAAGAGCAAUUCGACUUGAAAGUUUUCAUCUUGUAUACAGUCCAUGGUAUCCUCAUUAAGACCUAAUGAUAGCAUGUACCUCAGUUUCCCAGCCUCUGUUUUCAGUGUUUCUUCUUUAUUGUGUUUUUUAUCUUAUGUAUGGAUUUUAGCGUGUGUGGGGGGUGAGAGGGUCUCUUUUUUCUGUACUUAGUUGUUUUAUCAUUCAUUUUUGUUCAUGUGUAGCCCUUUGUGUUACAGUGUGGUUGUAUGCUUUACAAAAUAAAUUAAAAAAAUAAAAAACAAUUGAUUGAUUGUCAAGUAGUUAUCUGGUGAGAACAAGAUAAAAGUUGUUAUCUUGUGGGAUUGCAGUAGCUCAAUAAAAUGUACUUUAAAGCUUUACCCACCAAACUUCACUUGUCUCAGUUGCCAAUUAACACAUUUCUCCCAUUUGAAUUGUUGUGCAUUUCUCCAAAUGAUUCAAAAAAUUUCUUGGUUGAAGACAAAAUAAACUUUACUCUUUUUUAUCACAACUGUACUUAAAGAACAUCACAGCCUUUUUGUAAUAUUGCAUAAAAUCCAUAAAAUAUCCAUGUCAGCAUGUUAUUGAUAGAAAAAUCAAUAACAUGCCAGAUUGUGACUCUAUAAUAUACAGGUUGCUGGUUUGGGGCUGAAACUUUCUUCAUAUUUUUCUGCACAUUAGAUCAAGUUCUAGAAAACUGUUGCCUUUUCUUUUUAACCACCUGCUCAAAAGCAUCAUUCUUAGCUGCACUUUACCUUUGGUGCUCACAUACAAAUGUGAAUAGUCUAAAACCUAAACCUGCAGCACAGUAGCAUUGUCAUUGAGAGAACGGUAGCAUGCUUCUCGUAGUAUUUUUCUGAAACACUGCUGUGCCUAAGUCGCCCCCUCAGAGCUGCUAGCACAGCCACAGAGUCAAGUUUUUCAAAGCGAUCCAGCUACGGAGGCCAUGAAGAUUACUGUUUCUGACGGAGGCUCUACAGACCAGUGAGACGUAUCAGUGGAACACAGACUAAUGGAAAUUGGGGGAUGGAGACAAAGGGCCUGUGUAGGUCUCCGUGGCAUGUCAUUAGUGCGGGAGACGGGUUGACUUGUUCCCUCUGACAUUUACCAGUCCGACUGAAAAUGUCACGGAAUGCCAGCCUUUACCGCUGGAUAUAAUGCUGCCUCUUACAGCCCAGAGCUAUUGAUCCCAAAAAAAACUUUGGUACAUUUUGCCCCCUCGCUUGUUCCCCAUGUCCACUGUCCCGAGAAAGACCACUGUCCCUGUGCUCCCAAAUUUACUCCCCAGCCAGAUCUUUCUCUCUUUUUGAUUGCUGUAAUGCAUUCGCAUGCUUGGCUCAGUAAGAGGAGGAGGCCAUAACAGGGCUCUGGACUGAGUAAGGGGAUAUUUGGUGCAUCUAUUGUUACUGUGUAGCAUAGAUUAUUGGUCAAAAUGUUUAUUUUUAUGCCUAGUACUGGAAAGGAGUGAAACAUUGGCCAUUGAGGUUCACACAUUUCAUUUGUCUGCUACAUCUUUAUGGGGUCUUUCUUUUUUAAUGCUCCUCCUGAGACGUAUGUGUGGCAACACAGCUGCUAAAACACGCCAUAUACCAGAGUUAUUUUCUCCGAACAAGUGCUGCAGCUUCAGACACCGUUUGUGUGGAUGUUUUUUGUUCCACUGUUUCAUUUCCUCUGUUGUUUUCUCACCUUUGGGAAACUGUCUGUCUCUUCAGGUUAGCUAAUUGACCGACUGAGUGACAGACUGCAGCGUGUUUGAGGUUUGCCAACUCUGUCAGAAAAAGAAAAGGCAAGCAGAAGGAGCUUUGUUGUGGGCAGACAAAAAGACUUGUCCAGUUUUUUUUACUCUUUCAGUAUUUUGAAGUCUUCCUCUUGUACGAUUGUUUAAUUUGUUUGUGCUUUUUUUACGAUCCCUCAUCAGACCAUGCUAAUUUUCAUAGCUGUGAAAAAAUCAUUAUCUGUACACAAAAAGAAAUUGUUAGUUGAAAAAUAAGCGAUUAUUCUGCAAACAUAACAACCUUGAACCAAUUUCCUCAAGAUCACAGGAAAUGUGGCAUCAGAGUGCAGAACAGAAAUUGCUCCACGGUUAUAAAAUAAUAUUUUUUGAUCCAAGGAAAAAUGAAACGAGUCAUUUUUAUGUGGCUUUUCACAUGUGACAAACAAAUUUCAUGUUCCUCUUAUUCGGUUAAACUAAAGGACUGGUUUGUUACAAAGACAUGUGGUGUUUUGCAUGUGACAAGCACUCCAAUCUUUGCCAAAACAAUAACCAAAAGCAAUCAGACCCUAUACUCGAAGAUGCUUGCUUUGAAGUGCACUGUUGUCAAGCUCAUUUCAAAUUAAACAGUAAUCUCUUCUCCAGCAGCUAAUUCAGAAGCUAAUUACUCCGAAAGCCACUCAUAAGCAUUGUUCUGGAUUCGUCUGUUAUGCUGCGGUGGAUUCGUGUCUCACUUAAAGAGGACUGAAUUUAGAUCCAUGGACUUUCAAUUUGUUUUAGGGAGUGCUACUGUCUAGUCUAUUUCUGUCCUUGCUACACUAUUGUCCUCGCUUGACUGCCUUCGCAUCAAGUGCUGGAUUUAUUUGGUCACUCUGGCAGCUCAGGCAGAUAGGCCCUGCAGCCACCACGCAAUAUGCAAUGAACUGAAGUCACUGUUAAGAUAACUAUAAGCUACUAUAGCUGUCAUAUUGGCUCCAGUGAUUGUUCUCCUACAGGCGGAAUGAGUUAACAUGUUGGAAGAGAUAAAGUUGUUUACAGAUUUGAGAGAUAGAAGCCAAACAGACUGCUGUUUUCUUUUUUUAGUUGAGUUGUCUUGAUAACUUUGGUUGGAUGGUCUGAUGUUUUUUUCAUGAGUAGAGCUUCAAUCUUUAAAUGUUUUCCUCAACGCUGCAAACUUUAAUUGGUGGUGCCAGCUGCAGCGCUCCAAUUCCAAGAUCCAUACCCAACAAAAGAUUAAGAUCUUAAUUAGCUAUAUCACACCACUGAGCAUAUUGCAUUUUUGCUCAGCAGUGCACACAAGCUUCUGUGUCUUGUCCUUUUAAGAAAAAAGCAGGGGUGCUGCUUUGAUUGCAACAGGGGCUUGAUUGAAUUAGCUGCUACUUCCCAGCUGCACGACCGAAAAUCUCUCAGCCUUCGCCACAGUCUACUCAACGUUAUGUAAUCUCUAUUUACAAAGGUCUGGGUCUGGAGUUACUACAUGAAAACAGUUCAGGUUUCCCAUGUGGUGUACCACUUUUUAAAGGGAUAUUCCGGUGUUCAUUUAAGUUAGGGUCAAACACACCGUAACACCGAGUUAGACACCCCCUCGAAAGAUGAAUGUUGCCAACUGCUUGCUUUUUUAGUUAUACCUUCAUGGCAAUGCAAUCAGACCAAGACGCUAAGGCAGAAAAACUACCACUUCUGCAGUGCAUAUACAAGAUACAAACGAACUCUGAUUGCAUUUCCAUGAAGUAAUAAUCAUAAAUGUUCUUCCUUGAGCUGCCAAACUCCGCUGCACUCAGUGAUUGACUCGUCAGGGCUCCCCCACAAACAAGUAGCUGCUGGAGGAGAGUUGGUGAGUUGUGUUUGGUCUCUUUGCUAAAGAAAUCAGGCAAAGCUAAAAAGCUAAAAAGAUGUUUGAUUGCUAGUACUCUUGCUGGGACUCGUGUAUUACUAUCCUGCGGUCGUUACUAAAGUUGGUAUAACUAGAGAAGCAAGCAGUCGGCAACAUUCAUCUCUCGAGGGGGUGUCUAACUCGGUGUUCCGGUCUGUUUGACCCUAACUUCACAUUACGUUGGAAUAUCACUUUAAGAGCCAAUCAGAAAAGUCAAUCAGAUUUUUAGAUUUACGAUAAUGCAUCGUAAAAUAAUCAAUCUGACAUCCUUUCAAGCACUUUAAAAGUAUUUUUUUAUUUUCUGACAAAGUUUGCUUUGUACAAAUCUAUAUUAUACUUGUGAAGCCUCUGAUUAACCAACUUGAAAUAGAUAAACUGGCACAACUACAACUUAUUCCUUAGUGUUGCUUGUUGCUGGUAAGACUGCAAAUAAUAAGCAAGAUAUAAAAAGGAGUCUUGGCCAGCAAAUCCCUGAUAUCUUGUCUGUAUUAGCAAAAGCCCCAAUGAUUACAUUAUAGCUUAGAGAGGCUAUAUGAUAAUCAUCAGAUGAAAGUCAAUGGGUCCUGAGAACACUGCUCAAGGCAAGGCAGUUGUUCUGUGUGGUUGAGAUGCUUGGAUAUGCCAGCCAAGAAAUUAAUUUCAGGGGAAGAUGUGACUUUGAUGAUGGCUCUGUUUCGGUGUCCUCUAGUUGGAGUUAUCUUUAUGUAUUUGUAAAGUUAAGCUUUCACUGGUGUCCUUCAUUUUCCUGUUUGUUUAAGGCGACAUAAUCCAGCUUCAUUUAUGAGGAUGCAUCCUUUGAACUGAGUCUAAAUGCAGAUUUUUAUAGUUCACUGAAGAGAAAACAUGUAGCUUAGUAUGCCCUCUAGUGUCACCAGAACUUCACCAUGUGCAGGUUUACUGAGCAAAGACUAGAUCCUUUUUUAGGGUUCUUGAAGUUUCUUUCUGUCUUUUCUGUAAAAACAGUAAACUGUGUUUAAUUGGAAACCAAAUGGAUUGACUUACUGUCCAUUCUCUUCUUCUCUGCAGGUAUAUCCGCACCAUGUACCUCGGUAUACAAAGUCACCGGCAGAAGGAGAACCAGCGGCGCUUUUACUGGGCCAUGAUGUAUGAGUACGCCGAUGUCAACAUGCUGCGACUGCUGGAGACCUUCUUGGAAAGUGCCCCUCAGCUGGUGCUGCAGCUCUGCAUCAUGAUCCAGAGCAACAAGGCUGAGUGGCUGCAGUGUAAGAGACUCCCUAAGGCUUCAUCAUGCAACAAGAAUGUCCAAUGAUGUUUCUGUACACUCUUUUUUAAGUGGGUCGUAGCGUUUUCAUCACUUGUCUUCGAUGUUGAGUUCAAAAUUUACAUUGAGUAGAAUCUCCCAAACUGUCUCCAUUUUCUAUCAUUUUUCACUCUUUUGGUUGGUUUUCUCAUCCAUACAGCUCCCACAGAAGCAAAGCAAUCGAAUCCUAACAAGUGAUCCCCCUUGGGUGUCUAUAGAAAUGACAUCAAUACGUUUUCUGAGAGGCACCAUGCUGCUGUUCUGCAGAUAACCCUGUAUCAUUUUUCAUGCAGCAGGUUGCAGCUCUGACAUAUCUGCUGUCUCCACUAUAACAGCAGUCUUAAGGAAACUGAAUUGUUGCAGUAAAUGGAGACUGUGUUGACUGAGUGACCUAUGAUGAUCUCUGUAAUAAUAUGCCUCUCAAAUAUGUGAUGGAUUGCUUGGCUGGAAUAAAAUGUACUGUAUAAAGCAAAUCAAGUAGCAGCCAAGUCAAGAUAAAACACUUUUUUCUCUCCACUUAAAGGAUGAACCUGAAUGUGGCUCUCUGAAUUUAGUAUCUUCCAUUCCUCCAAUUCUUCUCCCUCUGUCUGUAUUUCCAGGUUUCUCUGCCAUGUCCUCCCUCCUGUCCCUGGCCUGGGUGCUAGCCUCUUACCACAAACUAUUGCGUGACUCUCGGGAUGACAAGAAGAGCAUGAGUUAUCGAGGUGCUCUGGUGCACUUGUUCUGGCGCCUUUUCACCAUUUCCUCUCGGGUGCUCUCUCUCGCCCUGUUUGCCUCCGUUUUUCACAUCUACUUUGGAAUUUUUGUGGUGCUCCAUUGGUGCGCUAUGGCUUUCUGGGUCAUCCAUGGCGGCACCGACUUCUGCAUGUCCAAGUGGGAGGAGGUACUGUUCAACAUGGUGGUGGGCGUUGUUUAUGUCUUCUGUUGGUUCAAUGUACGUGAGGGCCGGACGCGGUGCAGAAUGGUGGCCUAUUAUGCGGUAGUACUGUUAGAGAAUGCCAUCCUCAGCUCCCUUUGGUAUGCUUACCGUGACCCAGCCACCACUGACGCCUAUGCCUCUUUAGCCCUCUGUGGCGUCUUCCUGUGCUUUGCUUCAGGUGUGGCCUGUAUGGUUCUUUACUAUGGGGUUCUACACCCAAUGGGCCCCCGGCUGAGGGUGCUGGCCAGCUCCUGCUGUGCAGAGCUGCUGUGGGGUCUUCCGUUACCCCCUGAAGCGGAGCCCAUGGCUCCCACACCUGGCCCUCGUGGCUCUCAGGCCACCCCCACACGUGGCCUGGCAGGGGAGCACGGGGAGUUGGAUGAAACAAUCGCGGACACCUGCCUUCCGGUUUUCCAGGUGAGGUCCACAGAACCAGUGGAUGCAGCUGGAAGGCCCAUCCGCCCUGAGGGUCCCCUCAUCAAGAUAGACAUGCCCAGAAAACGUUACCCAGCCUGGGAUGCACACUUUGUGGAUCGGCGCCUCCGCAGGACCAUUAAUGUGCUGCAGUACAUUAGCCCGAAUGCGGUGGGCAUCAGGUAUAGGGACGGUCCGCUUCUUUAUGAACUCCUGCAGUAUGAGUCCUCCCUCUGAAGGCAUCUUCUCUAUCACCUCCUCUUACACUACAAUGCACUUGAGUUUUCUUUCUUUCAUUCUGCUUACCUCCUCCCUUCAAGGAUUUAUCUCUCUUCAUUUGACACACUUCUCUCUUCUGUGAUCAUUCAGUUUUUCUGCAGGAGAUGUGUUUUGUCUUCUGAAAAAUCUUUUAAGACAGUCUAAACACAUAGUCACAAUUUAUUUUUGGAAGAAAAAAAAAACUACAGCACAGAGAGGAAGUAAUGAACCAACAGUAUCUUAUGUGAUAUAUACAAAGGUCUCAUAUAAAUCCCUCUACAUUGAUAGAGGAGGGUUCUGUAUGAGUAUGUAGAUAACAUAUGAAUGUUUCAUUAUGAAAUGUGUUUAAUACAUUAUACUGUAUUGGUGAUUCAACCUGUGAAUACUUGUGAAGGGCAUAUUGUAUGUCCCAGCGACACGGGACAAGUGCAAAGCCUGAUGGGAAUGAUGGAGGAAGUCUUUGCACAUCCUAACAUUUACUGCCAUUCCUUAUGUAAAUUACUGAGAUGUAUGGUCAUGUUUACCAAAUCCCCAGCCCUUGAAUUGCAAAAGCACUGAAACUUCUAUGAUGAUACCAGUACAGAAAGGACACAACCAUACGUGUUUGUAAGUGAGCCAGUUCAAAAUGGAUUUUCCUGCAAUGCGCUUACAUGGCUCAAUUGUAUCCUAACUGUACUAUUUUUGUUCAAAAUCCAAAGUGGUAAUCGCAUCAUGUAUGGAAGGAGAGGAAGCACACUGACCUUCAAUCAGUUCCACCCAUAUAUUAAAUUUGUACAGUGCAGAGAGCCCUCCAGUGGAGGCAAGCUGCAAUAACAUAUUGUAUUUGGUCAAUUUUGCCCAAAGAUGUAACAGCACAAAAAACAAAAGUACAUGUUAUAAAACACAAUGAAAGAAACAAAGAAUGUAGUUAAAAUGAGCACAACUUUUUCUAAAUUGGUUGUUAUAAAAGUCGUAGUAAAACAUUCCAAAGACUUUUUGAAAGAUUGUCAGUGUCUUGUAAAGGGUACGAAGACGGAAAGGUAGAAGAAAACGUGUGUUUACUCACACCUUUUUCUGAAGUGCAAAGACAGCCUUCAGGAAAUCCUCCACCAUUCCCCUCUGAAUCCCUGACAGAAAUCUCUUAUCAAACCUCCCUCGAUUUUUUCCUAUUGACAAAUGUUUUAGGUUCAUUGAUAUAUGCUUAUUGGGUGCAAAGACUCGUGCUAAGUUCUUGGGAAAAAAAGGCAAAUCUAAGCAGAAAAUUUCUAAGCUACUAUACUUCAGUGCGUAUUUGUGUCUACAUUUAUAGUCAUUAACAUAACUAUAUUUUGCCAGAACACACUUUUUUACAUAACAAAAAAAAUGUUGUGCCGUACAGUGUAAAAAGUGAAACUCCUCAAAAUCAGCGUGCCCUCAAAGAUGUUAUACCUUCACAUGGGUGUACAACUCUUCUGACUCCUACUGGUGCAGUUGAAACAAAGCCAAAUCACAUCUUCCAGUACUGUCUAUUGAAUUUAUCUGCCCCUUUUUGAAUGACUAGAACAAGUCCCUGCAGAGUGAGUGCCAUUUCUAGGCCUGUGCAACAGUUGUACACUGAUCUACAUCUGCCAGCUGAACCUGUGAGAGCUCUCAACCACAGGACAGCCAUUGUUUUCACUCAUCAUGGAAAAAAAGAAGAAAAAAACAUGCCUUCUAAAUCAAAGGAGCUUGACAAAAAAAUCCAGAGGGCUACUGAGAAUUCAACAAGAAAAAUGAAUGCAUUUCAUACUCCAACUUAUUUACUCAAUUCUUCACCUGAAUAUAUAAUGUGUGUUUUCUACAUUGCAGUGUUUGGCAUGUCGUUAGUGUGAGCAUCAGUGCAAAUACACCCAACAAGGGAUGCCCAAGGGCCCUGCACCAAACCGAGACUCCUUUUUCCUGGCUUACUGGCUUUCUGCUUAGCUGUGGCUACAUGUGCCUGCUAACAUCGUACUGUAAAAAGCAGAAACUAUUUAAGUCCAGGUUAAAGGGUGAGAGGGGGUUUUUGCCAGGGUUGGAAAUGAACAUGAGGACAGUUCAUGGUAAAGGGAGUGAAACUGAAAAAAAGAUUGAUUCUUUCCAAGUAUAAUUUGUUGGGGAAGAGGCCGCCUAAUCACAUGCUUUCCAACCAACAGUAUGGUUUGAAGAUAUUGUCUCUUUGUUACUUUCCCAUACUGAGGCAGAACCAUUGACUUCAUUUGCUGAUACCAAGUAACUCUCCAUUACUAUCAACGAAAGAUAGACCACUGGUGGAAACACCAGUUUUUGACCAACUUUGACCAACAUCAAACUCUCUCCUAGCAUUACAUUUCUGUUUUUCACAAUUGUCACACACUUCUAUAACUGAAACCAGCUGAUUUCUGAGGGCAAGUUGCUUAUGUUCAGAUGGAUUCACUGACUCCUCAUACUAUAGCCAACACCAAACCACCAGGUGAGGGUAUACUGCUACUGCUACUGGUAAUGGUCUUAUUCUACUCCAUUGACUGUAUAUUAUUGUAGGAGAAAUGCCUCCAUCUCCUCUUAAUGUGAUACAGUGAAGCCAAAAUACUGCUGUGAUGGGCACUGACAUAUAGGGAUGGGAGUCAAGACCCAGCUCCAGGGGAGAACCGGAUCCAACUAGUUCAUCAUUUGCCUUUGUGUUUAAUGGUUCCCUUGUCAACGCCUUACUCUUAGUCCCAUGUGCCUUGUAGAACAAUGAUGUGACCUAUUAGAGGAGACGGUCAACACCAAGAGUUCAAGGAGGUUAUUAUUGUCAGUAGAGGACUGUAACCAAUUCCUCAAAAACGAAGGUAAUCUAGGAUGAUUUCUAUGUUAAUUUUAGUUAAAUAUUCUUAUUUCUGUGGUUAGCUGACUAUGGUGGAAAGAGGCUGCCAUAUUUGUUCUGGUCUGCCGACCAAUCAAAAGCUUUAUCUGUGAUCAGAAGACUUGUAAAAGUGCAGACAGAAGGCCAGGUGUCCCAGUCUCAGUAGGGAAGUAAUGGUAACAGAACUUGUGAUGAAAUUUGUGUUGUAUAGGCUUACUUCUUUUUCUUUCUUAUUUUCUUCAAAAAAAAAAAAAAACACAAAUUAAUAAGGGAAUAGAAACAGAGCUGGAUUGAUAAGCAGAAUCAACAAUAGCAUCAGUACCAAUAAAACCUUAUCAAUCCCCAUUGCUAGUGACAUCCUGAUUAUUUGCCAUUCAUUUAAUUCUCUACAGCUGUUGCCCUUGUUUUGGCAUCCCUUUUGGGGGGCUGUGAGGUCCUCUGAUUAAUGGUCUUUGGUAUAUCCAUACCAGACAAACUCCUGUUGAGGGACCUAAAAGUGCUUUCACAGCGGUGAGUAGGCAUGUUGUUUGUGAGUCACUUCAGCUCUUUACCACAACACUGUUCUUUUGACUAUUGUUCGGCUCCAUCCUCGGUUGCUGCUCCACCCUCUUGCCUGUCUCAGCGGUGCUGGGCCUUGGUGCACUCCCCCCAAAAAAGAAAAACUCUCUCUGGUAACUGAACAAAGGGGUUGAGGCUGAACAACUGGAGAUCCUGACAUGAGAACAUGCAAUGAGGUACACUGCCAUAACCAAGAGCUUCAACAUCCAGGGUCUGCCACCUUUCAGCUUAAGAGCGAUGUUCAGCCCUGAGUAAUUGAGAACUGGUGGGUCAGCUAGGGUGGAACAACCAUCCAACACACCGUAUGUAUAGAAACACAUAAGUAUGCAAACAACCAACUCGUUCAUUGUUUACCAUAGUAGCCAGAGUAGUUUCUCUCUAUAGUAGUGAAUGAACAGCCAUGUUAAAAGUUAGUCGAUGAAUGAAUAAGUAUUGUUUAACUUUUUAAGAAAACCUAAGCAAAACAGCCAAUACAGGGGUUCCUCAGGACCAACAACCAAGACCACUGAACCAGCUGACUCAGGGGUGUCUCAAUGCAGUUCUCAUCCCCAGGCAUGUCCUCAAGGGUCUCCAUUUUUUUCCUUAACAUUCUGCAUCCAGGACCACUCCUGGCUGGGAUUGUACUGCUAAAUUAUGGUUUGCAAGUUUUGCAAGUUUUGUUUUUUCACGGGAGAGAUACUUCAACAUUCGUAUUCCUGGAGGAAGAGGAGCAGUGUUUUUGUGGUAGUUGGCUGCCUGGCGUACGGUGCAUCCUUUCCAAACACUGCUGAACCUUUUCCAGACGUGGACACAUGUCCAAAUCAGGUGCAAAUACACUGUGAUUCAUGCAUAUUUCUUUUUGUAUGUGUGUGGUAUUAUUAUACAGCAUUACAAACAAGAGUAUAUACAAGAGUAUGGCUGCAUUUCAUCUAGUGGUGCUUAAUGGUGUAAAAUGCAGAGUAUUUAUGCUUGCUUGACUGUGUCAUUAGAGAAGUAGUAAUGGCAGUUAAUUAAACUAAUUGAUUUUAAUUGAGUCUACAGAGAGUCUAUAUAUAUAUAAAUAUAUAUAAAUGUCUGGAUUUUUACGAAACAGCAGAAUAUUUUAUGUAUUUAACCUCUAUUUCGCCACAUUCUGUUUUCUGUAAAAUCAUUCAGCGUAAGCUGGUUGAAUAAUAGAUUUAACUUUUUGUGUUUUAUCCUUAAAUUUUACACGGGUUUCAAAGCUAGCUGUUCUCCUACUCUGAGUUAUUCCUAUUGGGUUACCUGCCCGUCUCCGCAGCUCAAUGGCCGCAGCACACAGCAAGAGCGUUUGAACAGAAGGCUUGUUCUUCUCAGUCCUUGUUGUGCCUUGUUACUUUGGAUGCUUCAAUCCAGCCAUGGCAGCCAGGUCCGCAAAUAACAAUGCCAAUGUCUUUAUUUCCUCGUUUCUCGUGCCAGCACAUUCACCAAGAUGAUGACAGCACCAGACAGUAUCUUCUCUGUCUGAUUUCCCAAACCAGAUCAAGCCAAGUUCUCGAUUCUGUCAGCUCACACCUCAAGUCAACAGCGCUGAUAAAUCCUACACUAGAUCCACGUUUUCAUCUACAGGACCGUACUGUUUCCAAGAGUUAAAAACAAACUGGCAGAACCAAGAGAUAGAAAAUGAAGGUGAUGGUUCUAUCAAAAAGACAAAAGAGAAAGAAAGGCAAUACUUAACAUCUUCUGUAUUCCAACACUGGAGUCCUUACCUGAAUUAUGUUUUAGUUUGCUGGAUCACAGCAGCCCUGGUAAUUCUGCAAGUUACAAAAAGAAGAUUGAACUUGAGUCAGACAAGUUUGUUUUGGACUGUUUGACUAGUAGUCUUAAUGGAUGCCAGCCACGAUACAGAACGAUUUAUUAAACAAUUGUUUUGUACUUUUGUCUAUGCCUUUACAUCUUCUUCUGUCUUGCAAUGAUGAAUGAUAUGUAGUGCCAAGACGUGAACUUUUUGUGUCGUUUGUCUCGUGUGAACAAUAUAUCCACCAGCCAAACAAUAGGGCCUGAAGCUGGAAUAAAACAAGGAAGGUGCCAGUGAUGAUAAAAUACGCAAAAAAAAAAAAAAAAGAAACAAAACAAAAACAAACAAACAAAAAAAACCUCUGUUGAGAUUUUCUUACAACGGAAAGAUGAUACAGGCCCCGGCAUUGAUUGGAUAACCUCACUUCCUGGUUUUCCCACCAUCUCCCAGCAUGCCUUUAGAACUCAGUGUGAGGGAACUCUUGACAUUUAGCAUGUAAGUGCUCUAAACUGCACAAGAAACACUCUGAUUUCUGCAUUAAUGUGUAGCAGCAGGUUUUUGUCCAGUCUGUCUUGGUUAAAUCUUUCAGUUACCACCAUCUGUUUGACCAUUGCAGCGGUGUGUUCAGAUGAUAAAAGGUGCAUUUUUCCCUCUUACUUUGAUCCUUCUUUGAUUUUUGUUAACAACCUGGUGCUGAUAUAUAUAAAUACAUUUAAAAGGUGCUACCACUGUGGGCUGCAGAGUCCACUUGUUGGCUUUCUGAGAGCAGAGCCUUUCUGUUGACUGAGAGAAACUUGCAGUCUUAAAAAUGCUCAAGAGCUUGCACCUCAAAUCCGCACAGUUUACAGCAGAACUCGACUCUCAAUGGUGCCAUUUUAAUUUCUGAUCCGCGCACACAAAAAUAACAUUACUGUUCUUAUAAGAAGUGUCAUACUGGUUUCAGCAUACAGUAUGUUUUUGUUGAUUUAUGAUUUUAACUGCACUAGGAUUCACUUUUCUUUCUGGAUUUUGUGAGAGAAUGAAACUGGCGGAUGACAAAAUGCAUCCUUUUGGCGCACAGGAGCACAGUUGUACUUCUGCUACUGGAAAAUGGGUAAAAUAUAUAUAUAUAGAACGUGAUUGCUGUGUUGUAAAUUCCUGUCAUCUAAAUGUCUUUAAUCUGUGUGUAUCUAUCUUUUGUUGUUAUUGUAGAAUUGGCUGUAAAAUUUUGUUUCAAAUGGAUUUGAUAUUCCGAUGAUGCGACUAUGGUUGUCAUAUUAAUUGCUGCUGAUUUUUUGAAAUUGUUUUCAAAGUCUUUGGGAAAUAUUGCUUUGUUUAUAUUCAAUCAAUUUCUAGAUUGUGUUAGCUUGUUGUUGUAUUUACACAAAUCUAUCAGGAUACUCCCUAAAACUGUAUGACUUAUCCGGGGUGGUCCAAAAGUUGGCACAAUGUCAGUAAGCAAAUCCGCUACAGUCUGUAGCAACUUUAUGAGAGUGUACUCAUACAACCUGUGUCAGAGAACAUGUAAGGAAUGACUCUUUCUUUGUUAUUGUUCAAUAUAAAAUGUGAGUAAAUUGUUCCAUGGGAUCCCCAUUCUUUAAAAAAGCAAAACUGAUGUCCUAUUUUUGGGAACAAUAUGAAUAUUAUUAAUAACAUAUGGUGCUAAAGUUCUUUUUGUAUGUUUUGGUUUUUAGAUGAAAAGAGAAAUAUUAUGCUGAAAAUGUAAUGUUAAGCCUUACUGUAGAUUCAUAUAUCAGACUGUUCAUCCCAGAAGAGAAAAAUAAAUCUAGUAUUUGAAAGUGAAAUUCUGUAGUACUUGUAUUUGUAUAAACACACAUUUCAUGCUUCAUUAACCAAAGCAGUCAAAUAUAUUAAAGAAAAAAACUAAACUACAGUAAAAACUGGAAGUAGGCAAAUUAGGGCUGUCAUGAUAUCAAGUUUUUACCUCAGGAUUAGCAUGGCCCUAAAAUUACACCAUAACAAUAUUAUCAUGAUAUUAAUGGAAAAAUUAAAACUAGUACAACACAGAAUUCUUUUAUGUUGAAGUAUCAGUUAUCACUGUUUCCUUAUUAUUAGCAUAUCAAUAUCUAAUUUCCAUUUAAGAUGGUGACCAUUAAUACUGGUAUGCUGCAAUAGCCUAAAUGCACAUAAAUCAGCGUGCUAAGAACUAACAACAAUAAAAAGACAGUAUUUUUGGAAAAAAAAAUUGUAAGAUGUGCAUUUUUAUUUUCUAGCUUGAGUCAUUUCCUGUCUCUUGAUGGAGGAGGUGGCUUUCUGAA